GGCGUGUUCCUUUAAUACGAAAAGGACAUCCCAUUAAAACAUGCAUUAGCCCCUCCUCUGAGAAGAGGAAACAUCCGUUUCUACUAAACUACACUCUCUGUAUUGUCACCCCAUCCAUUUAUUGAAACAAUACAUUUUUUAAAAAAAUGGUACGAAAACUCAAAUAUCAUGAACAGAAGUUACUGAAAAAGGUGGAUUUUAUCAAUUGGGAGGUUGACAACAAUAUCCAUGAAGUCAAGGUACUUCGAAAAUACCGCGUGGACAAAAGAGAAGAUUACACAAAGUAAGUAUGUUCUAUGUAUUUGAUUUUUUUUAAUUUUAUUUCUGACUUACAUAGCUUAUUAAAAAGCGUUUCUCUGAAAAGCACCUUUGGACGGUCGUUACGUUGCUUUAUAUUUCUUCUAAAUACACAAUGCUUUCACAGUGUCACAUUUCGCCAUUUGUCAAAUUAGUAUCGCUCAUUACGAGCCCCCGUUAAAAAAUAUUGCCCCUUUGAACACGUGUGCUCUGGGCGCCGCCAUGACACUUUCCACGGAAUCCAGUCCGACAUCUUCCGGGUGAAUGAUGCCUCUUUGAAGUUUGUACUCAAAUGUCUAUAAACAUCCUUUGCUAUAGCACUGCAAACCAUGCCUAGCUUUUACUUGUGCAAUGUAUAAUUUUACAAGCUGACUUCACCUGAAAGAAUUAUUUCCCUCAAUAAAUAAAUAAGAAAUAACGUUUAAUAGGGUUUCUAAUUGCUUUAGGUGUACUCUUUAAAGAUAAAGCUGAAACCUUAUAAUGGGCAAGAGGGACAAUCGCAAGUGAAUCGCUAAGAGACCGUCUCAAAUGAGUAGUAUUUUUACCAUUUAUACCAUUAUUUAUUUUUACCAGUUUUUAUACAUUUUCGGAUUUGCACAUUGCAACAUUUGCCUUACAUAAACUGAAAUUGCUGACCAUUUACUAAUACCAAUUUGGGUACCAUUUCCCCUGUUCUUUGAAUGUGUAGCUUUUGUUGGCUACAUAGAAGAGAAAUGACACCAUAUUUAAAUGCACUAUAUAUAUAUAUAGACAAAAUUUAUCCUUUUUAUAGUUUUCUCCAAAUGCAUUAUUUAGUACCUGAGCAUUGGUAUGACUGCUGUUUUUUUUUUUUUAGUUUUUUUUUUUAAAUGGAAGCCAAUCCAGUCCCCAUUCAUUUGCUGAUAGUGUCAGCUGACUUCUCUCAGCUAAAUAAUGGCACACUGUUUGCACAGAUGUGACAGCCAGCCAGGGAUCUCUUGUUUUGGGAUGGCUAAUGAUGUCCCAAUGAUGCUGCUGAAGAUUGUUACACCUCCAGCAAGAAAAAGUGUUAAACUUUUAAUAUUGUAAAGCGCUACGGAAUAUGCUGGUGCUAUAUAAAUACCAAUAAUAAUAACCAUGUAUGUACAGUAUUGUAUACUAUAUAUAACACAACCCCGUUAUUGACGGGGAAUUAGGGGAAAUAGUAUCAUGGGGUUUGGGUUGUACUGGUAGAUGCUUGCAAAAAAUCACACCAGUUCACAUAGCGAGCAUGCCUACCAACUCUACCCAGGUUACUGACUUACGGAUACCCUCUCAAUACCAGGAUCUAUAGGCAGUCUUUGAUAAAGGGAAGGCUGACACCUUACCCCCCAUAGGUCAUUUGACUGUACUAUUAAGCUUCUACCUGGCACGAUGCCUCCUAGAGAUACUGUGUAUCCAUUAUCCACUAAGGAGAACCUGGUACUAGAAGAGUACAUAAAGGAGAAUUUGGAAAGGGGCUUUAUUAGAAGGUCUUCAUCACCAGCGGGGGCUGGAUUUUUCUUUUUAGUUAAGAAGGAUGGCACUCUGAGGCCUUGCAUAGAUUACCGGGGUCUAAAUAAAAUAACUAUUAGGAAUGCUUAUCCUAUUCCCCUGAGCGUUAUUUGAUAGACUUAAAGGCUCCAGAAUUUUUACCAAAUUGGACUUAAGAGGAGCUUAUAACUUGGUAAGAAUCCAGCAAGGAGACAAGUGGAAAACCGCAUUCAAUACUCAUUACGGUCAUUAUGAAUAUACAGUAGUGCCAUUCAGGCUAUGUAAUGCUCCAGCUAUCUUUCAAGAUUUAAUCAAUGAGGUUUUGAGGGAGUUUCAACAAGAAUGCGUAAUAGUAUACCUGGACGAUAUACUAAUACAUUCCAGAGACAAAGAGAUUCAUCACAGACAAGUGAGAAGGGUGUUGUGUAAAUUUUUGCAAUAUGGGUUGUACAGCAAAUUGGAGAAAUGUUGUUUUGCCCAAUCUCAGAUAAAUUUUCUAGGUUAUGUCCUCUCCGGAGGUGGAUUUAAGAUGGACCUGAUUUAAACUUAGAUCCAUCAUACACUGGCCUUUACCCAGGGGAUUCAAAGCCAUACAGAGGUUUAUCGGAUUCUCCAAUUAUUAUAGGCGCUUCAUUAAAGGAUUCUCAUCUAUAAUAGCAUCCAUAAUUAAUAUGACGAAGAAGGGUGCUAACACCAGAAUGUGGACUACGGAGGCUUUAUCUGCCUUAAAGACUCUCAAGGAGAUUUUUGCCUCUGCCCCAAUAUAGGUUCAUCCAGACACUUCUUUGCCUUUUUUGCUUGAGGUAGAUGCUUCUGAAAUAGGGAUAGGAGCAGUAUUAUCGCAAAGACAAGGGUUGGAUAAACCAUUGCAUCCAUGUGGAUUCUUCUCUAAAAAAUUAUCUAUAACGGAGAGAGGUUAUGACAUUGGAGACCGGGAACUGUUAGCAGUAAUAAUGGCUUUGAAGGAAUGGAGGAAUCUAUUAGAGGGGACUUUACAACCAGUUACCAUUUUGACAGACCAUAAGAAUUUAUCUUGAAUAGGAGAGGUCAAAAGAUUAUCCGCCAGACAGACUUGUUUGUCUUUGUUUCUUACCCAUUUUAAUUACGUACUUACCUAUAGAUCGGGCUCCAAGAACACUAACGCAGACGCCCUCUCACGUCAACAUGAACCUGCUACAUUUACUGAAAUUCCUAUGUCUUCCAUCAUUCCCAAGCAGAAUAUUAUAGCCAAUACCAGUGUGAAAGUACACUCACCUUUACUCUUCAAUAUUUAGAAAGAGUAAUGUGUAGCGCCAGAACAUACUCCUGAGGGAAUGUAUUAUGUUCCUCCCCAUCGCUUUCAUAACAGUAAAGCUGCCGGCAUACACAAGACUCAGGCAUACACAAGACUUACUCUCUGAUUUCCCAAAGCUUUUGGUGGUCUACCUUAUGCAGGGAUAUAAGAGAUUAUGUCAUGGCUUGUGAAAUAUGUGCCAAAAAUAAACAACCUCACACCCUUCCAUGUGUGUUGCUUCAACCUUUAGAUAUACCAAAGAAACCAUGGUCCAGUUUAGCUAUGGACUUUAUUGUUGAAUUACCAGUAUCCAAUAAUCUAACAGUCAUUCUCACAGUUAUUGACAGAUUUACUAAAAUGGCUCAUUUUAUACCUUUACCUAAACUACCUUCUGCACCCGAAUUGGCUGAAAAUUUAGCGAAAUAAAUUUUUCGCCAACACAGUUUGUAUCUCGUUUUUGGAAGUUACAUUUCUCGUUGGCCUACCAUCCCCAAUCUAAUGGUGCAGCCGAACGUACUAACCAAAAGAUUGAACAAUAUUUGCGUUGUUUUGUGUCUGAAAACCAACAUAGUUGGGUUGGUUUGAUUCUUUGGGCGGAGUUUGCACACAACAAUCUUGUUUGUGAUUCUACUCGUAAUAGCCCCUUGUUCAUGAAUUAUGGCUUUCACCCUACCAUUCUUCUGUCGGCGCCAAUCUGAGGAAGUUAUGGGAUCAGAUUAAUCUUGUUCACACUUCCGCUUUAUUUAAACGGCAAGCGGAUAAACGCAGAAGGCCUGCCCCUGUUUUUUUACCAGGUGGAUAAAGUAUGGUUGAGUACCAGACACAUCCGUUUAAAGGACCACUAUAGGCACCCAGACCACUUCAGCUUAAUGAAGUGGUCUGGGUGCCUGGUCCAGCUAGGGUUAACCCUUUUUUAAAUUUAUUUUUUUAUAAACAUAGCAGUUUCAGAGAAACUGUUAUGUUUAUAAUAGGGUUAAUCCAGCCUCUAGUGACUGUCUCAUUGAGAGAAGACGAGAAGACGCCAGCGUCCAUAGGAAAGCAUUGUAAAUGCUUUUCUAUGAACUGGCUGAAUGCGCGCACAGCUCCUGCCGCGCAUGCGCAUUCAGCCGAUGACGUCGCUAUGAAGGAGGAGAGGAGGAGGAGAGCUCCCCGCCCGGCGCUGUAGAAAGGUAAGAUUUUAACCCCUUCCUCUCCCCAGAGCCCGGCGGGAGGGGGACCCUGGGGUUGGGGGCACUCUCAGGGCACUAUAGUGCCAGGAAAAUGAGUGUGUUUUCCUGGCACUAUAGUGGUCCUUUAAGGGUUCCAUCCAUGAAGUUCGCAUCUCGUUACAUAGGACCUUACAAGGUCUUACGGAAGAUCAACCCGGUUGCUUAUCAGCUUGCUCUUCCUCCUGGCCUACGCAUUCCUAAUUCUUCAUGUUUCGCUUAUUGAAACCUCUCGUUUGUAAUAAAUACACCUCGGCAUCGACUGCUCCCUCUUCUGUUCAGAUUGAAGGUCAGGAGGAAUAUGAGGUCAAAUUCAUUCUCGACUCUCGUAUUUCUCGUGGAAAGUUACAAUAUCUCGUUGACUGGAAAGGUUAUGGUCCUGAAGAAAGGUCCUGGGUAUCUCAUGUGGAUAUCCACGCUCCUCACCUUCUCCGGGCAUUCCAUUUUCGCUUUCCGUCUCGUCCUGGAUCCUUCCGCCCGCUGGACGUUCCUAAGAGGGGGGGUACUGUGUGGAAAUUGGGCAUCUUGAAGUCCAGUCUCAGGUGGGCACACAGGCACCCUUCUUCUCCAGCAAUUUCGGCAUUUUAGACGCCGGCCGCGAUAGCACCGCCCCCUUUUAUAACGCGGUGCAAUUUCGCCGAUGUCGUGACGUCGAUGGCGUCACGGCCCGCCGAAAGUCAAACAAGGACGUUUUUGGGGAGUGGACAUCAAUUAAGGUGGCAGGGUAUAAAGGGUACUCACUUACAGUGAAUCAUUGCCCUGUCGUGGUUUCAGCUUGUCUGUUCCCUCAGUGCGUUUUCUGUUAUUGGUUUGUGGUUAUUGACUUGGCUUGUAUUCUGACUUUGCUUCUCUCUCCUACCUUUGGACUCUGCUUGGCUUCCGCUUACCUGUCUUUUCGUUCCCUCGACCUCGGCUCGUUCCUGACCAUUCUUUGUUUGUGUGACGUUAGUCCGGCCACUCUAAGGUCCGGAAUACAUCUUUAUAGAUGUUAGUACUCUGCGUGUUGGAUCCCUGUAUCGAUCCUGACAUUCAGUGCUUGUAAUAUAAGCCCAACCCCAUAAAUAAACCCUAGUUGAGAUCAUCGCUAGUUUGCUAAUCCUAUGUUCGGGGAAUUUUCUCCGAACAUAGAUUCGUGGGAUUCCUUGAGCUGGUAAGCUAGUCUAUGUUCAGAGGAAUUCCCCCGAACGUAGACCUUCUUUCUUGUACAUGCUCCUGAAAAUAAGUCCUAGUGCGUUUUUUUUUUUUUAGUAAAAAUUAUAAGCCGCAGUCUUAUUUUCGGGUGAAAACGGUAUAUGUGGUAUAUGCUGGCUAGAUGGAUGUAGUGUGUGUGUUGAUUUUUGUAAUGUGUGAAAACUGCUUACCCACAACAUAACUUGUUUUAAGGUAUGUAACGGAACCGCUGGCACCCCGACCGGGUACCUUCCGAGGACUCCAAGCACUCUGCCAGACACCAUAACCACUGCAGACCCCACGAACCGCCGCAGCUUGGUUGGGAUCUCGCCGUCUCCACCCACUCUGGACCCAGGACCAGGGUCCAGCUUCCAGCAGGUCGACCUCUCUCCGAAUUCCAGAGAGCAGGAACAGGAACAAGCUCUUAGCAGAGCUUAGUGAUUAUACCCUGGGGAGUAUAGUGAUUAUAGCAAUCCCCAGAGUGUAGUUUCUCCAAUCCUCCAAACUUGAGCCGAAACUUCAUGAAGGUACAAGAUGAUCUGUUUAUUGGCACACAAAGAACCUUCUUUUAUGCAGGUCCCCACACAGUGGGACACAGUACAACCAAUCACACAAUGGUUACAUCUCACACAUCUCCUCCCCUUAGCCUGAGAGGUAACCCAAUUAUCCAUACAUUUUAAAACACACUUUUUACCCAACUUUCAUAACUCUAAAACUAUACAUCACAUUCACAUAAAACUACAUAUUCACAAUCAAUCCAUUCAGGGGAACAACAUAUUAAAAAAUGGCCUGAAUCAGACCAGGGGUUCAGAAGUUAGCACAAGUAUAUUUUGGGGCCUGGCUGGCAGCAUGGCUAUCUGGCCCAAACAGGUUUCAGAGUCUUCUAUUCUGGAGAUAAUUGAGAAGUAAUGCAAUUAUCUCCAAGGACAGAGGCAAAACUCCAUUAGCCACAUGUCAGACAAAGGACAACAAAAGACAUAAAAAUACAUACUGUUACAUUUAUCACAUAGAACCUACACAUUUCCAAUUUAUCGAACACAUAAUAGCAUAUAUAAUAUUGCAGACCGCCUGAAUGCAAUCUGCUACACAGUCUUAAAGGGACAUUGUUCCUAAAAGUCAUAAUAUGUCCAGGGAUGGUUUUUAAAGGGCCAGCAGCAGCACCAUACAAAUCCAAUAUGCCCAAAUAUUGUACUUGAAGGGCCAAAUAACCCAGGGCCAUAGUCAUGAGGCAAGAGGCUGGCAAUCAGGCUCCUCCAACAGCCAGGGGAAAAUCCGGUGACAAAAGGCGUUUCGUCACAAGGUAAAUGACCAAAACACAAAAACAAUAGUAUAAAAACAAGGAAAACAGGAUGAUAAAUAACUGCACAGCCUAAAAUGUAUAAGCUAAUGUCCCAGAAUGUAGCAAUAGUUUAUUGAUCACAUUAGAUACUAAUGUGACAAAUGUUAGUCUCACUUGCACAUCUAUCUAUUUCUAAUGUUCUAAGUCAAGAAAGCACACAGGAUGCGUUAUUAAAGGGAAACUUUCAUUCGUGCUCUGCUUGUCAAUGCAUACUGACCAAUUGGGCAUUAUACUUUAGGUUCCCCAUUUCCUAAUCAAUGCCAUCCGUCUGUGAUCUCUAAAAUAAAAUGAGCAAAAACAUAAUGCUUACUUAUAUAAAGAUUUAUUAAGCAAAAAUAAAAAUACUCUUACAGAAUCCAAAGAGAUGGGGGGAUGGGAGGGGGAAGAGAGAGGGAAGGGGAUGGGGGGGAAAGACAUACAGAGGGCUGGAGAAGAGUAAAAAGAGACACACAGGGGCUGGGAUGAAGUAAAAGAUACAAAGGGAUGUUGUAAGAAAGACAAGAUACACUAAAUGAGGUAUAAAAAAAAAAAAUCAAAAGAGGGUAUAAGAAACACAAAAAACAGCAAGAGAUUCAAAAGGGGGUUGCCUUUUUGCCUGUGCUGGCGCGACGCAUUAUUGGGCUGGUAUAUAAUUUUUUCCAGGGCUGCUUUUAGUUCUCAGUCCGGCCCUGUUGAUACCCUUUAGAAUGGAAAGUCAGAGGGUCAGAACACAGAUCUGCUCUGGAACACAGACUUAACCCCCAAUGGUAAGAAAGUGCUAGGGACCUUCUGACACCAUAACAACUUAAUUUUAAUUAAGUUAUGGUGUCCAAACUGUUCCUUUAAAUAGAUAUGUAUCCCAUUAUACUAAUAGCCUACCUAAUGGUAUUGAAUCAGACUACUGAAAACUCCAGGGUUUGAUUUAUAUUUUUGUGAAAGGAUGUCCUUUGAUUUUCUUUGGUUCCUUUGCCAUGAUUUGAACUUGAGUAAAUAGUCCUGUGUUUGUGUGUGUGUGUGUGAAUGUGUUAGUGUGUAUGUAUUUAUAUAUUAUAUAUAUAUAUAUAUAUAUAUAUAUAUUUAUUUAUUUAUUUUUCUAUUGGAUUAACAUGUAUAUUAAAAUGUAUCUCUACUUUUAGGUAUAAUAAGCUCAGCAGGAAUGUUAGAGAACUUGCACAAAAAAUUCGAGACCUAGAUGAAAAAGACACUUUUCGAAUCCAGAGUACUUCCAAGCUUCUAGAGAAACUGUAAGUAUAGAAGUUGGGUUCGUGGACUGUCUAUUUGUGAUCGUCAUUUUACAUUUUAGUGGUUUGUUUUAAAUACAAUUCUGCUCCCAUCCUCUUAAUGUAUAUUUUGUAAAUUUUAAAAUGACUAGCACUAAAAUAAGUACACUGUGGUCUUGAAUAUUCAAAAAAAGGUUUAGUUUUAAGCAGAUGUACUCAGCUUUUUUUAAGCAUAGUCGUGGAUUUAUAUAAUGCUUAGUUUUCCUUGUGGCAAUGUAUUUACAGUUUUCAGAUAAUGCUACUUUUACUUUUUUUUUUUAAUAUAUAUUUUACUCAACUGGCACUAUUUUUUCCCUUUUUUGUAAUUUUUAAACAAUUAAGUGGUUAUUGUACUGAAGACUUGCAGGCAGGUUAAUUAUGUUUUUCAAUCUCCAAUGGUCAUUAAGGAUGGCUAUAAUUACAGACUUGAUGUAAAGAACACUGCCAUCAUGGUAUUUGCUCAUUGUUAAAUUAGUUGACAGUAAUUUGUUAGAAUUUAGCAAUAUCAGAUGUUUCUUCCUCUUUCUGGAACAGAUGAGAUACACAUUUCGAAGGCAUGGCAGGUCAUAUUCAGCUAUUUGCAAACAGAUGGUUUUUGAGCCCAGCAAUGCUACCUACUAGAUGUAACAAUUUCCAUAUUUAUGGCAAACAUAACUAAAAGUUACAAUCGCCAAAUUUAUGGCAACUGUAACUCCUAUUGCUUGUCUAGAUUACUUUUCCAAGUUUUUGAGUAUGUGGUAAUAAAGACCUGUUUAUAGCAAUCACACCCAUGUUUAAUUAUGGGGAAGUGGGAGAUAAUUUGGACAUGUACAAAAAAUAUAAAUGUCAUGUGCAGUAAUCUAUUAACAUUGAUAAAGUUACAUUCUUGAAAAAAUAUAUUGCUCUCCUUUUAGAAAUUGGUUAAUGAUUUGUUUAGUAAUUAGUAUUCUGUUGUUGGUGCAUGUUUUUACUCUUAAUGCACAUUUUCUUAUUGUUUACCGUUUGGGUCAAUAGAAAUCCAUGAUUUAAAGAAAUAGAAAAUCAGUUUUUUUUUGUUUUUUUUAAAUGAUUUAUUUAAAUUGGAUUUAUUUUAAUACAAUGCUUUUGGAUGAAAAAUCUGUCUAGAAUAGCCUUCUAUUUAAGGGCUAUUACAAGGGUUAAUUACAUGAUUUUUCUAUUACAUGACGUAAAGUCAUGAUUUUAUUAAAGACACGGAGGCGAGUAUUACAUAUCCCUUUCUUUACUGUCCACCAAUAGCAGCAAAGAAUACAAAACGGAAUGAAAAAAUAAUGCAUACAUGGUAACAUAGGCCACUCCCAGCCAAGUCCCAGUAUAAUGGUAGGCACCACACCCUCAGAUCUCCCUCUUUAUUAAAAAAGCGACACACCACAACAGAAGUCUGCAAAACCGUAAACAAGCAGACAUAAUUCUUCAGCAAACGAAACGUAGCAGGUCAUCGUUGAGAACACAGGACCAUUUAAUCCACAACAGGAAACCAAUUCGAAACUGUAACUGCACCCUCAGGCAUAAAAGGGGUUAAAAGCAGUUUAGUAGAUCUUCCCUUCCAGAGACACAGGCAAAGCUACUGCAGAACACCAAACUCCCGAACUGGAUACAAGGGAAUGCUCCAAACUCCUGAAUUGGAACCAUACGAAUAGCUGCUACCAGACGAACAGGAAAAGCACCCAAGCGGCUUACACUCCUGGCAAUCAGUCUCUAACAGCAUACAGUAAAUCCCCCCCCCAAAGACGAGACAAGGCUCCGUGUUGGGGGGUCAAGCAGUAGUCUGGUUUAUUGAGGGCUACCUGCCCAGUAUUUAUGCAGGUCUCCCACCUGGUGGAUACUCACCUAGGGGACCAGAUGGAAGACUGUAACACAGACAGACAUGUAUCACAUUCAGACACACAGAAGUAAAACAUCCCCCCAAUGCAUCCUAAUUUCCCUCCCUUUAUCAUGGAGAUAAUUGGGAAGUAAUCCAAUUAUUUCCCAGGACAGAGGCAAAUCGCCAUUAUACACGUGGGGACACAGUCAGUAAAAUACAUUAAAACAUAUAAUAUUACAUUUAUUACACAAAAUCCAUACAUGUCACAUAUCCCCAGAUAGCUUAGAUCUGAGCGCAUAUAACUACCGAAUAGCGCUCAGAUCCCACACAUAGUUCAAUUGCCAUGGAGCCAAAGUCUUUAAUUACACGAAUAGGCUCCAUGGCAUAGCUAUCUGGGUUAAAACAUUCACUUAAGUAAAGUCCCGAUCAAUCCAGCGUUCGUUUAAACAACCGAAAUAGAAGCAGGGAAGGCUGGAGGCUCACCGGUGCCUGCACAUAAAAGUAUCCGCUUUUAGUGCACUGAUUCCGGGCUGAGCACCGCUGGCCGUCCGGGGAGCUCCAUAACACCGCCACCUAGCGGCUGCUAAGUGUAACCGCGGCCACCCAGUAAGUCAAUUAAGCUGCGGUUAACUGCAGCUACUGGGUGGUCAAUUGAUGGCCCACGGCUCUGGGGAGGCUAAUAGAAGGCUGUUUGUGCGGUAGACUAAAUCUACCGAACGGCUGUGCAGAAAGGCAUGAAUAAACCUUUCUGCAUAGUAAAAUUAACUGUUUAACUGCCGUCCAUAAAACAACGGCAGCAGGCAGGCAACCAGGCUCCUCCAAUGCAAUGUAGUGAGAUUGGUCUCGUCACAGGAACAUCCAAGGAACAGCGCCAACAAAAUAAUGCUCCUCCAAGGUAGAUGAAAGAGAAACAGGACUGGAUCAUCCUGUGAAAACAUAAAGAACAGGAGCCCAAGGGUUAAAUCGGUACCAUAGACCAACAACAAGGCCAGAAUUAUUAUAGGCAUUAAUCUACCGUAUAUACUCGAGUAUAAGCCGAGUUUUUCAGCACAUUUUUUGUGCUGAAAAACCCCAACUCGGCUUAUACUCGAGUCACUGUCUGUAUUAUGGCAACUUACAUUGCCAUAAUACAGACUGGGGGCUGGCAGAGCUGUUACUUACCUCUCCUGCAGCUCCUGUCAGCUCUCUCCUCCUCCGCGCCGGUCCGGUCAGCACCUCGGUCAGCUCCCAGUGUAAGUCUCGCGAGAGCCGCGGGGUCAUAGUGCGGCUCUCGCGAGACUUACAGUGUGAGCUGACAGAAGAGCUGCACGGACCGGCGCGGAGGAGGAGAGAGCUGACAGGAGCUGCAGGAGAGGUAAGUGCUUCCUGCCAGCCCCCUCCACUGAACAGUCAAUGCCACUGGACCACCAGGGAAGGAGAGCCCCCCUCCCUGCCAUGUAUCAAGCAGGGAGGGGGGACGAAAAAUAAAUAAAUUAAAAAUAUAUAAAUAUAAAUAAAAAAAAUAAAAUAAAUAUAACAAAAAAAAUAAAAUAAUACAUUUUUUUUAUAUAAAAAUGCCCACCCCCCACCAAGGCUCUGCAACACACACACACUGCAUCACACACACUGCAUUCAUACACACACACACUGCAUUCAUACACACACUGCAUUCAUACACACACUGCAUUCAUACACACUCUGCAUUCAUACACACUCUGCAUUCAUACACACACUGCAUUCAUACACACUCUGCAUUCAUACACACACUGCAUUCAUACACACUCUGCAUUCAUACACACACACUGCAUUCAUACACACACUCUGCACUCAUACACACACUGCACUCAUACACACACACUGCAUUCAUACACACACACUGCAUUCAUACACACACACUGCACUCAUACACACACACUGCAUUCAUACACACACUGCAUUCUUAUACACACACUGCAUUUAUACACACACACUGCACUCAUACACACACACUGCACUCAUACACACACACUGCAUUCAUACACACACACUGCGCUCAUACACACACACACUGUAAAUAAAUAUUCAAUUAAUAUUUUUUUAGGAUCUAAUUUUAUUUAGAAAUUUACCAGUAGCUGCUGCAUUUCCCACCCUAGUCUUAUACUCGAGUCAAUACGUUUUCCCAGUUUUUUGGUUUAAAAUUAGGGGCCUCGGCUUAUAUUCGGGUCGGCUUAUACUCGAGUAUAUACGGUACAUCCCAAAACUCUAAACCGGUAUAAUCAAAACCAAACAUCAUAAAUACAAUGCCCCACUUACCAUACCAACUAAUCCAAUCACCUAUAACAAACAAUACGGGUGGGAAAAACAGAAAGCAAAACUGAGAUAUUACUUCAUAACGGGUGGGACAAUACUCUCCUCCGUGUCUCUAAUAAAAUCAUGACUUUACGUCAUGUAAUGGGAAAAAACAUGGAGUUUCAUAUUGCAAGUUUAAAGCUGCAGAAAACAUAUGAGUAAUAGGCCGGAAAUUUUUUUCCCGAAAUGUAGAUUCCCGCGACCGAUUGGCCAUUCUCAUAAGGUCUUCCAAACGUGCGCCCGAUGCCAUAAUUGAUGAGGCAGAGGGUCCCCUAACAGAAUGCGCUCCAAAAACAAAUAUCGAUACCAGCUUGGUCCAGAAUCCACUUCAACCAUCAUGACAACGUAGCGCUCGCAACUGGGGCAAAAGGGGGAUGAAAAGACAAGAAAAGUUGAGGUGUAGAUGCAGGACGAUGCAGCCUGGUACGAUAGAAGUCUUAGUACGUCUGAAAAUAUUGAAAGUUACACCCUCUGGAGUGUAUGAUCUGGCAUCAAAAUCCAAAGCAUGUACAUCCAACACCCUUUUGCAAGAAAUGAAGCAAAAGAGACAAAUCAAUUUAGCCAACAACUGUAGUAAUGAGAGAUCCCGGUUAGAAGGCCAGGCAGAGAGAAAAAACAGAACAACCGAGGCAUCCCAAGUGGAUGAAUAACGCGGCCUAUGCGGAUGGGAAAGACUGGAGCCGCGUAGGAGUCUACUAAAGGAUACCAGCAAAACCAUGGUGGGUAUCCUUUACAGAUUGAUCGUUCCGUAAGCCCUGCCAGGGUAAAACAGAGAAGUCAGUCAGGAAUUCCAGAAUAGUUGUUACAGAGGCUGAAACGAGACUCGCGUCCCCAAGCUCGCCAAGCUGACCCAUAUGAUGGUCUAGUUCCGGGAGCCCAUGAGUCCGCCAAGAAUCGUAGAGUAGUCUCCGAAAUCCCCUGGAUUUCCCAGGGUCCCCUGAAAUCUGCCAUGCCAUGAGAAAGAGGGAUCCAUCCACCAACAGAGGGUGACAACCACCUGCCGGAUCGCGAAGCACGCCUGGGAAAGACUGUAAAAGCCUGGGACAAUCCACCGACAUAUACAGAAGUUGAGGGAACCAUGACUGCAUCCCCCAAAAAGGAGCCACAAGCACCAGUUCGGUUUGUUGGCGUUGAACCUGAAGGAGCGUGCGUGUAAUCAAGGAGAAGGGGGAAACGUGUACAGGAGAACCCCUUGCCAGUCUUACAGGAAAGUGUUCACUGCCUCUGCCAAUGGGUCUGGUCUCCAGCUGAAACACCAUGGGAGCAAUGUGUUGAGCCGUAAGGUGAAGAGGUCGAUAACAAAAUGACCCCAGAGAGACUAUACAGUUGAGAACACCUCUGCGUCCAAUUUCUAGUCACUGUUGUCCGGACUUCCAAGAGCUCUCCUCCAUCCGAGGAUCACACUGCGUCACUUGGCACAGCUUAUCGGCCUGCUGGCCUUGUCUAUUCAAGCGGUGUUCCUGGCCCCUUUCCAUUACAGGGCACUACAAUAUAGCUCCUCUGCAAGAGGGAGCUUCUUACGCAAAUUUGGUUACCCAGGAUGGAGAAACGAGGGACAAACUGAAGUGGUGGAUCAUGAACCUGGCUGAAUGGAACGGAAGGACGAUUUUUGUUUCGCAACUGGAGUUCAUCAUAGACUCUGACGCGAGUUGGGGUGCCCACUGCGAAGGUGUGUCGACUGGAGGUCGUUGGUCAGAUUCAGAAUCCCGGCUCCACAUCAACGAGUUGGAACUUCUGGCGGGUUCUUUCGCAAUCCGGAGUUUCGCAAGGGACAAGGCACAGGCGUGAAUUCGCCUCCGCAUGGACAACAUUUCGGCGGUGAGGUAUGUCAACCACAUCAGUGGCACCCAGUCUGCGGUCUUGGCCAGAUUUGGCGAGAUUUUGGGAGUUCUGUCUAGCUCUGAAUUUGGUGGUCCAAUCGGGAUAUCUACUGUGACGGUAGUAAUCAGUAUCACCGUCUAGUAUUCCCUUUUUUCCCAGUAGCAGAAUAAUCACAAUAAUCCACAGGGUAAAAUAUCGCUGGAAUCACCAAAUAAUCCACACAUGAGUCAAAGGUUAAUGCUGGAACAAGACUGAUUACUGGAAGCAACAGGUAUUCAAUUUAUACAGUAACAGACUCCUCCUCUGGGCCAGGCUAGACAAUUGAGUUUCAGCAACAUACUAAACUCAAUUAUCUGCUGGCCAGAAACAUUACAAUUUUCAAAAUUUUUAGAAAUAUACUUUCUACAUGACAUAUAAAUAUAAGAACUAGCUGAGGAUACUGGGAGUCACAUAUCCAAAUUGCACGAAAAUCCGUUUGGUAGUUUCUGUGUCACAUCGUGUGGAAGUUUGACCGGCUCGCCAUGUGGUGGUAUCCGAUUUAGAGUUCCAUGAACUCAGUAGUAAGAGCCGGUCUCCGUUCGUGCAGAAUUACACAAAAACUACCAUAGAUAUGUUGCAGCUGGUUACAUUAGAGUGCUCCCCUCGCUCGGUAGAUUAAAACUCCCGAACGCCGGUUUGAUACUAUGGGUGGAAAUAGGUCAGACGGGACUUCCAUAAUGACCGGGCGUUCGUGUGAUUGCCAUGCCGAAAACAGUUCCAGGCAAUCCACGAGUAAGUCCCGCUGGCCGCAUUCGGGAGAUUUGAGAUGGCCGCUAUCCUUUGUUCUCGCCACGUGUUCGUAUGGCAAAUGGCGGCCACCUAGGAGUACUCAAUUAAGUUGCGGUUUCGUGUGGUUACUCGGUGUUCUAAGUUCUGAUUGCUACCCAGGGUGGUCUCCGUUCGGUAGAACGAAGAAAAUGUCCUGAACACAGAAAUAACAAUGAAUACUUUACAGUCACUUAACUAGCAGGGAGAUAAAAUACCGAAUACAUGGAUGGUGAUUCUUCACGUCUACCAGGCCUACACAAUGUCCGAAGUUCCUUGCGAAUUCCUCCUCUGAAUCCACAAGGAAACCUAGAAAUUUCAUGCGUCUGGAUGGGUUCAGGCAGGAUUUUUCCCAGUUGAUGAACCCUAGACGACUGAGCAGGUUCACGGUCCAUUACAGAUGGAGCCAUGAUCAGGAUGCCAUCCAGGUAGACUAUUAGGCAAACGCCUUGACUGCGGAUCCAGGCCAUCGCCAGGUGCAGCAGCUUCACGAAGCACCAGGGCGCCGAGGAGAGACCAAAAGGAAGACCUGUAAAGCACCAAACUCUGUCUUUCCAACGGAAUCAAAGUAGAUCUUGAAGUUUCGUUUACCGGCACCGUCAGGUACACGUCCUUCAAAUCUAGUUUCGCCAGCCAAUCUUCAUGCAGAAGAUUAUAAAUAAUAAGCCCUGGGCGUCUCUACCAGCUUUAGGGAGGGUGAGAUUGGCCAUCUUGGGCUCUAUUAUAAACAGGAUGGCUUUACGCCGUUCCAUGGACAGGGAGGCAUUGACACUUCCGGCGAUGCAAAUCGCUCUCUGGACCCAACCACGGAGUUCCUCCGGGUCUACCAUCCGGUUUUCGUCUCUGGCAUCCUCCGCCAAGUCAAACAAUUUUUGACCAAAGACCAAGACCAAACACAUCAAGGUGUUUGUCGUGGCACGAUCUAAGUGCCGAAGCCAGUCCUCUGCGUGGGUUCCAACCCAAUUUAUCCAGAAACUGGGUCAUCCUAGGGUCUACCUCCGAGGUGUCACAUACUUUGUUGGGCACUACAGGCCUGGGACACUCUGCCCUAAGUUUGUUGUGGGCCACCUUACUGAGUGGGCACUGUAACGGAUCACCUGGCACCCCGACUGGGUACCUCCGUUGAAGGAUGCUCCUAGCGCUUCCUGAGGGCUCCAAGCACUCUAGCAGACACCACAACAGGUCAAACCUCUCUUCAAUCAGAGCUAAGCAGGAACAAGCUCUUAAAAGAGCUUAGGAGUGAUUAUAGCAAGGGAAUAUGCAGAGCAUAGCAAUCCCUUGUAGCAGAUCCCCCAAUAAGAGACAAGACUCCAAACUGAGGGUGAAGUAGAACUGACAGAACUGUGGGUUUAUUGUUCUUAUAUACACAUUCUUACACACUAGUACCACCCACAGGGUUUUGUAAAACAACCAAUAAACAUGUACAAUACACUCACACUCCCACACAAAAUCCUCCCCUCUGCCUGUGAUACAAUUAUCACAGGCAGGAAAUUACACAGUUAUACACAAUAUUCAUAACUUUAAAAGUAUGCAUCACAUUCACGUAAAACUUACGUUUUCAGCAUACUCAAAAUACCAACAUACGUCAAAAUCAUACAAAUUGGUCCAGUGGGUCAAAAGAUAGAUCGACGUCCUUUGUGACCAAAUGAAGCAUGGCUUUUCUGCCCAAAACCAGUUCCACAGAGUCUUCUAUCCUGGAGAUAAUUGGGAAGUAAUCCAAUUAUCUCCAAGGACAGAGGCAAAACUCCAUUGAACACAUGGUAGCAAAAGACCAUAAAAUACAUACACAUAUAUAACUCUGCAGCUAUUGCAUAAUACAGGUACAUUACUGAAUGGUGCUCAGAUCACAUACAUACAGUUCAAUUGCCAUGGAGCCAAAGUCUUUCACAUAGUCUUUCGUUAUACGAAUGGGCUCCAUGGCAUAGCUAUCUGGGGUAACACUGCUCACAUAGGGAAGCUCAUGGGGUAUCAAUCUCCCAAGUGGUAGGUGAACAGGCAGGCACCCUAUGUUUAGGCAUGAUACAAUGAUCCACACAAAAGAGAUAUAAAUACAUAGUUACAUAGCUGAAAAGAGACUUGCGUCCAUCAAGUUCAGCCUACCUCACAUUUGUUUUUUGCUGUUGAUACAAAAGAAGGCAAAAAAAAACAGUUUGAAGCACAAUUUUGCAACAAGCUAGGAAAAAAAUUCCUUAUUGACCCCAGAAUGGCAUUCAGAUUUAUCCUUGGAUCAAGCAGUUAUUACCCUACAUUGAAAGAUUGUAUCCUUGAAUAUUCUGUUCUUGCAAGUAUGCAUCUAGUAGCCGUUUGAACAUCUGUAUGGACUCUGAUAAAACCACUUUUUCAGGCAGAGAAUUCCACAUCCUGAUUGUUCUUACAGUAAAAAAACCUUUCCUUUGCCUUAGACGAAAUCUUCUUUCUUCCAGUCUAAACGCAUGGCCUCGUUUCCUAUGUAAAGUCCGGUUUGUGAAUAGAUUUCCACACAAUGGUUUGUAUUGGCCCCGAAUAUAUUUGUAUAAUGUUGUUAUAUCCCCUCUCAGGUGACGUUUUUCUAAACUAAAUAGGUUUAAAUUAGUUAACCUUUCUUCCAUUCCUUUCUUCAUAGCCGAUAUGUUCCAUUCCUUUUAUUAAUUUUGUAGCCCACCUCUGCACUUUUUCUAGUGCCAUAAUAUCCUUCUUUAGAACAGGUGCCCAAAAUUGCACAGCAUAUUCAAUAUGGGGUCUUACCAGUGAUUUAUAAAGAGGCAAAAUGAUAUUCUCGUCCCGAGAAUGAAUGCCCUUUUCAUGCAUGACAAUACCUUACUGGCCUUGGCCACUGCUGAUUGACAUUGCACAUUGUUGCAUAGUUUGUUGUCUAUAACAAUUCCCAAGUCCUUUUUGUGUGUUGUUAUCCCUAAUUCGCUUCCAUUAAGGGUAUACGUUGCAUGUGUAUUCUUUACGCCGAAGUGCAUAAUUUUGCAUUUUUCAACAUUAAAUUUCAUCUGCAAUUUGAGUGUUCAGUCCCCCAGUCUAUCUAAAUCCCUCUGCAGCAAAGUAAUAUCUUGCUCACAUUGUAUUGUUUUACAAAGUUUUGUGUCAUCUGCAAACACUGAAACAUGACUUUCAAUGCGGUCUUCAAGAUAAUUUAUAAACAUGUUAAAUAGAAGGGGUCCCAGAACAGACCCCUGAGGGACACCACUUGCCACCUCUGUCCAGCUUGAGAAUUUACCAUUAAUGACAACUCUUUGUACUCUGUUUUUAAGCCAAUGUUCUACCCAAGAACAAGCAUUUUCAUCUAGACCGAUUUCCUUGAGUUUGAACACUAAUCUAUUGUGUGGAACUCUAUCAAAUGCCUUGGCAAAAUCCAAAUAGAUCACAUCCACGGCAACACCCUGAUCUAUACUUCUACUUACUUCUUCGUAGAACGCAAUCAAGUUAGUUUGACAUGACCUGUGCUUCAUAAAACCAUGCUGAUUUUUGCUGAUAGCCAUGUUCUUCUCAAGGAAUUCUUGAAUAUUAUCCCUUAAUAACCUUUCAAAUAUUUUCCCAGCCACAGAAGUUAAGCUCACAGGUCUAUAAUUUCCAGUCAAGGAUUUUGAACCCUUUUGAAUAUAGGAACCACAUCUGCCUUCCUCCAAUCCUCCGGAACACUUCCUGAAAGAAAAGAAUCUUGAAAGAUUAAAAACAGAGGUUCACUUAUUUCUACACUUCCUUAAGUACACGUGGAUGGAUACCGUCAGGCCCUGGAGCUUUGUUUAUAUUAACUUUCUUUAGUUGCUGCAGCACCUUGUCUUGAGUUAACCAAUUACAAUUAUUCUGCAAGUUUUUAGUAGCAAUCAUUUGCACAUCUCUUGCCAUGGGUUCUUCCUUAAUAUAUACGGAGGAGAAAUAGUUAUUUAAAAUUCCUGCCUUUUCCUGGUCUUCAUUAACUAACACCCCCGUUUCAGUUUUUAGUGUACCUACACUUUCAUUUUGUUGUUUUGUUUUUUUUUUAGAAUUUAUGUACUUAAAAAUGCUUUGGGUUUGCUCUCUUUAGCUAUCAUUAUUUCAUUUUGAAGUUUAGCAAGUCUAAUUGCCCUUUUUCCACGCAUUAUUUGCUUCCUUAAAUCUUUUAUAAGAUGCAUCUGAUUUGUCCGAUUUUAAAUGCUUUAAAUGCCCUUUUCUUAGUUGUAAUCUCUUGUUUUACUUCUCUACUAAGCCACAUUGGUUUUAAUUUGUUUCUUUUAUAUUUAUUUCCCAACGGUACAUACUGAGAAAUGUACCUUUUUAAUAUUUGUUGGAAGAUGAUCCAUUUAUCCUCAGUGUUCUUUUCAGUCAAUAGAUUGUAAAGCUUCCCUUAACUUAUUGAAAUUGGCCUUUUUAAAAUUAUAUGUUUUAGUAUUCCCCAUGUGCUUUUGUUUUUUUGAGUUUAUUUCAAAGGACACUAUAUUGUGAUCACUAUUUCCCAAGUGCUCACCUACUUGAAUGUUGGUCAAAAGAUCAACGUUGUUUGUUAAAACCAGGUCCAGACAAGCGUCCAUUCUAGUUGCUGCUUGUACAAGUUGUGACAUGAAGGUGUCAUUUAACAAGUUUAAAAACCUAAUUCCCUUUGCUGAGGCACUAGUCCCUCUGUCCCAAUUUAUAUCCGGGUAAUUAAAAUCUCCAAUAAUUAAAGUGUUACCCAGAUUUGCAGCUUUCUCAAUUUGCUCAAACAGCUGUUGUUCCUCGUCAAUAUUAACAUUAGGUGGUUUAUAACAUAUCCCAACCAAUAGUUGGUUUUCCCCCAAGCAGAUAUUUACCCAUAAAGCUUCCACAUUAUCCUCCUCGCAUUCCAUUUCCUAAACAUUUGGCUUUAAAUCAUGGUUGACAUACAAACAUACCCCACCACCCUUCUUGUUUUUCCUAUCCUUCCUAAAUAACAUGUACCCAUUUAAGUUAGCUGCCCAGUCACGUGUCUCAUCCCACCAUGGGACUCCGAAUCUACCAUAAACAUAGCAAAUACAAACUGAAAUACAUGUAAUAUAACAGCAAAUACUAACAAAUGACCAAAUAGCAAAACGAACCCACAGAUCAGGGUCAAUUAGGUACUCCUCUGACUAGGGAGCAGCAAAGAAAGAGGAGGAUCUGAGGGUGUGGUGCCUACUAUUAUACUUGGACUUGGCUGGGAGUGGCCUAUGUUACUAUGUAUGCAUUAUUUUGUCAUUCUGCUUUGUAUUCUUUGCUGCUAUUGGUGGACAGUAAAGAAAGGAAUAUGCAUUUUAAAUAUAUAUUAACUGACACUCCAACAGCUGUAAAGUAAUCAGUACAGUAAGGGUUAAUCACCCAUACUAUGCAAAUCAGGGAAAAGGUCAAUCGAGAUCUCACCAGGGCCCAGGCCAGCAAUAAAUACACGAGGCAGGGAAGGUAAAACGAAGGAGGGGGACGAGAGACAAAACCGGAAGGAAAUACACUCCCAAAAACUGGUGAGACAUGCGGGCAGCUAAAAACUAUUACUGAACAGGCGCUAUUUGCUCGCGAAGGGUUGAACGCAUCCAGUAUGUAGAAAACCCGUGAACGGGUAAAAACAGCCCAGCGUACGGUUACAAGUCCGCGAACGUGAAAUAGCACUCGCGAACCGAACAUUGCCGCGAAACAAGCAGUUCAGGUGUUCGAUCAGGCAAACAGCCAAACGCCAGCCCCACACAGGGCGAACGGGGUCAAAAAGGGCGCCAAAACAGUACGGGACUCCAGGGAGCUCCAGAGACAGAGGGAAAACACAGGGGCACCAAGAGAAAACAGAGCAAGACAAGACAAAGGCAGAAAAAAAUUCAGACUGCAGGUACCAAAAACUGAAAAACCGCAAGUAUAGAUGAAAGAAAAAUAGAAAAGUGAGAAAGGAUAGGGGUACAACAAAUGACCACCGGAAAAAAAAAAAAGCCUUCAGCUGGUAUGGGACUCCGAAUCUACCAUAAACAUAGCAAAUACAAACUGACGUACAUGUAAUAUAACAGCAAAUACUAACAAAUGACCAAAUAGCAAAACGAACCCACAGAUCAGGGUCAAUUAGGUACUCCUCUGACUAGGGAGCAGCAAAGAAAGAGGAGGAUCUGAGGGUGUGGUGCCUACUAUUAUACUUGGACUUGGCUGGGAGUGGCCUAUGUUACUAUGUAUGCAUUAUUUUGUCAUUCUGCUUUGUAUUCUUUGCUGCUAUUGGUGGACAGUAAAGAAAGGAAUAUGCAUUAUGAGCCUCCGUGUCUUGUAACAAAAUCAGCAUGAAAUAAAGAUUAGUUGUAUAGCAUGAUGCUGUAAAUUUAUGCUCAACAUUUUUGGUACAUUAAAUCCAUUAACCAAAGUUAAUUGAACUUGUCUUCAAACAUUCACUUUGUCAAAGCAAAAAUGAAUAAAUUUCAGAAAAUUACCUAAAUCGCAUUAUCUGCAAAUCUAUGUAUACAGAAUGAACAGCUUAAGGGUUGUUCCAAGAACCAUAACCACUGGAACAAGUUCCCGGGUAUCUGUCAAUUCUAUGUAUAUUCUUUGCACAGUGGGUUGUUCAGCUUGACGCUCAGUAAGGACCCAAGUAAGAGGGCAAACCAUUGCAGUGAAAGGUUUUUUUUUUUUUUUUUUUAUUAUUUUUAAGAUAUUUGUUUAACCACUUCAUUUAACAAACAUUGAUGUUUAUUUAACCCCUUAAUGGUGGAGGCAAUUGUACACGUUCUGAUCAAAACAAAAUGUAAACAGAACUUUGAAUUUCUGCUAUGUCUGCUUAGUGCCUCCAAACUUUUAUAUAUAAUUUUGUUUAGAAGAAGCAGGGCUUUUAUUUCACAUCAAAUAUUUUAUAUUAAACAUAUGUUAACAUGAAUUAAAUAUAAAAAAGUUUGAGAAAUCCAAAAAAUAUUUUACAAGUUCUGCAUUUUAACUGUGAAUGUCAUAAUACUGUUGGUUUUUACUACAAUAAAAUACACAUUUUUGUGUUCGGCGAUGUUUCACAAGUACAAAAGUACCCCCAAUGUAGAGGUUUUAAUGGGGGUUUGAAAGUUACAGGGUCAAAUAAAGAGCUUGCAUCAUUUCAGUUUAUACACAUGGAAAUUUUCCAAAUUGGUUGUUAUCUGAGACUAUAUGGCAGCCCAGGAAUGAAAAUUAACCCCAUCGUGCCAUACCAUUUGCAAAAGUAUACAAUCCAAGGUAUUCAAAAUGGGUUAUGUCCAGUCUUUUUUUAAUAGCCACUUAGUCAAAAACUCUGGCAAAAGUUAGUGGUCAUAUUUGUGUUUCUUUUUCUUUUUUAAAUUUCUUUUUUAAUUUUUUUUUUUUUUAGAUUUUUCACACAAAAAAACUGCACGGUCACUGAUGACAAAAUUAUUAUGAUACAUUUUACUGUUUUAAAACAUUUGUGUUCAGCGAAGCUACAGGAUCAAUAUAGGUAUUUCCCAUUUCAUUCAGACAGAUUGGUUUGUUGCUUUUGAGACCAUAUAGCAGCCCAGGAAUGAGGAUUAUCUCCAUCAUGGCAUACUAUUUGCAAAAGUAUACAACCCAGUAUAGUUUUCAAGCGGGGGAUGUCCAGUAUGGGAACAGUGGACCAAAAAUGCAUACCCUAUUCAUACGUAUCUCAUAUUGUAUAUUUUGAUUCUUAUUGUUGGGCAUUUUUUCCACCAUUUUCUUUCAAAAUGUAUUAUUCACAAUAUUUAUUAUGACAUUUAUUAUCUUUACUUAAUUGUACAUGCACAUUGCAUUUUAGCUGUUUAUUUUGUAAAUCUGAUGUGAUAAAAAUCACUAAAUUGCUUAUCUGUAUCUCCUAUUUACAGAAUUAUUUAAGAUGGGUGCAUGUUGCGUUUUAGCAGCUCACAAAUUUCUCCAUAAAACCAUAUUGUUCGCAAAUGUGGAUGCUUGGUCUUUCACAUGCUAUAUUUCGAGCUUUAUUGAGAGGCCUGUUUAACAAUUUCAUUUCAACGUUUACCCCAACUGUAACCCGAAAUAUCAAAUGUAACCCAAACACUAAAAGUAGUGAGCAACCUUAACUUAGUGUUAAAGCGUUUCCCUCUGCUGAUGUCACUCCUAAAAUCUUCAGAGGGAUUCCAUUACACGUUAUCAUGAUAUGAUUUUAAGCCCCUUAACAAUGUAAUUACACACACAGUGAUCAGCUCUGGGCAGCAUGCAGAGCCCGGUGCUCAUCACUCUCUGCAGUGGUUAAUAGCAUUGUAGGGAGACACAAUCAUGGUAUUCUUAGAACCCUUGCUUCUUCCUCUCUCUGCAGGAAACCGUAAUGUCACCAGCCCAUGACUUAAUGUACAUGCUCGGCAACGAUCCAGUGUCGUUAUUUGUGAUUCCCUCUGAGAGACUAUAUUGGAGUCUAGAUCAUCAAUUUUGAUAAUCUCAGCCAUUCCAAUGCUUCGCCAUAGGAAAGCAUUGGGAAACAAUUGCACAUACACAACAAAAUGCCACUGCGCCAUUUUAACUUCUCACAGAGAUGCAUUGAAUCAAUGCAAUCUAUAGGGAACAUUAACAGUGUGAAGCACUGACCUAGGAAGCACCUCUAAAGGCCGUCUGAGUGACUGUUGCUAGAGGUGUCACCAGGCAGCAAUAUAAACGGUGCCUUUUGUCAGAAAGGUCAGUGUUUACAUUGAAAAGCAUUCAGGGAAAGGAUAUAGACUUCAGAACAACUACAUUAAGCUGUAGUGGUUCUGGUGACUAUAGUGUCCCUUUAAAGGACCACUAUUGGUAACCAGACCACUUCAGCUUAAUGAAGUGGUCUGGGUGCCAGGUCCAGCUAGGUUUAACCCUUUUUGCUGUAAACAUAGCAGUUUCAGAGAAACUGCUAUGUUUACCUUAGGGUUAAUCCAGCCUCUAGUGACAGCCGCUAGAGGCGCUUCCGCACUUCUCACUGUGAUUAGCACGGUGAGAAGACGCCAGUGUCCAUAGGAAAGCAUUGAGAAUGCUUUCCUAUGGACUGGCUGAAUGCGUGCACGGUUCUUGCCACGCAUGCGCAUUCAGCCAGGGACGUCAGAAGAGGGAGGAGAGUCUCCAGCGCCGAGGGAGCCCGGCGCUGGAAAAAAGGUAUGGUAUUAACCCCUUCAGCUCCACGGGAGUGGGACUCUGAGGGUGGGGGCACCCUCAGGGCACUAUAGUGCCAGGAAAACGAGUAUGUUUUCCUGGCACUAUAGUGGUCCUUUAAGAAUUUUAUUUUUGGCGUUAAUUUCUCUGGCUCCUCACUUUUCUUAUUGUGAUAUUAUUCAGCUCCUCUUUAUUUAUUUAUUUUUUUGGUUGUGCACAGAUAACCGUCCUGCAUUACCCCGAAAGCAGUAGCAAUAUCUGCAAAAUACACCUAGUAUAACAGUGUGGCUAUAAAUAUAACGGUACAUUUUUUGUUGAAAUAUGUAGGUGAGAAGAAACACAGUUUGAGAUAUGUCGGUGUACCUGAAUGAAUUAACGAGCGAAGGUCUGGUUUUUGUAGCUGACAUUAGACAGGAAAAUGGUCAGAGGUCGUAGCGAUCGACGCCAGUCCAUUGUGUCCCUGGACAGGUCGGGAUAGGUCAGGGAAUGGCACUCAAAAUGUAGGUUAUAUCCCUCCCCUUGUCCGGGGUGUGUGUGUUCAGUCUAGAAAGUGUGUACCAGACAUCCAGCGGCAUAGCUUUAGCUUGUUUAGAGGUAAAUAGUGUGCCAAAUAGUCUGCGUAACAGAUGUGGUAUUUCAGUAGACUCUAUAUUUUCAGGCAGUCCGCACACUAUAACGUUUUUCUAGUGCCUUUUAUCUACCAGGGAUGCCAUGCUUUUCCGGUUUUGUGCUUGGGCCCUCUUGAGGGUCGUGAGUUGUCUGGUCUCAUGCGCAUCAGUGUUGAGCUCUGUAUUUUGCAGACGCGCCUACACUCUGCUGAUUUCUUCCCGGAACAAGCCAAUGUCAGCUGCAAUAUUGCGGCGCAGCUCAUCAAGCAUGUCCCUUUGCUUCUCUUCCGACACCGGAGGUUUCUCCACGCGUUUAGCAGGUGAGUGUGCAGGUCGGGAUGGGGCCCUUGUGUCGUAGUCCCCUGCGUCUGAGACAGAUGCCUCACUGGAUGAGCGGUACAACCUUUCUGUCAGCGACACCAUUGCGGCCCUUCUGAGAGUUUGGAAUUCCUCCGCAGAAGUUAACUGAUCUCGGCUGUAGUUGGGUGUUGAUCCACCUUAUAUUUUUUGCUGUGGCGUCCCCUACCCUCAGGAAGUUAAGCUGUGGAAAUUUGCGCUGAAAUAUUAGAUUUUUCUUUGUUUUUAGUUGAUUUUUGCCAAGUUCUGCUUGGAGAUCCACUGAGAUGCGUCCUCUCGGUAUGGCUGCUAGCUCCGCCCCCUCAGCUCCUCUUUUUUUUAUUUUUAUAUAGCUAUAUUUUAUUUAUCAUUAAAUAGUAUUUUUAUGCAACCAGUUUGUAGAUAUCCUAUAUUCCUCAAAAUACAAUCAUUGCCUGUGAAGUGGGCAACUAAAGGUGCUUAAGAGUGCCUAAUAUGGCCUUGGGCCAUGUGAGUUGGCUUGAUUCAUAAUUUUUGUUUUACAUAUUAUGUUGGCUUUGUGUAGAUACAUUCCCCUCUUUUUUGCUUUCUGUAGAUAGUUAUUAAUUGGAAAUACCUAUAUCUACCAGGGAUGCCAUGCUUUUCCGGUUUCGUGAUUGGGCCCAAAGCACAAAACCGGAAAAGCAUGGCAUAUAUAUAUAUAAUACUGCGGUGUAACUCUUGCGGGAGGUUUGGGGGUGACAAUAAACUUGAUUGCAAAAAACCUGUUAAAUAAUUUAAAAAAGAAAAAUACAGACUCAAAAACUGGUAUGUGGCCUUUAGUUUUAAAAAUAUAUUUAUUUUCACUUUUAUAAUGUGGUGGCUGACCAGCUUCCAUAAAAUGUAAUUCUGAAUACAAGCCUAGUUCCCAGCCAAUUAAACAGAACAAAUCCCAGCACCGUUCACAAUUGUCUGGGGACAGGUAUGUCUUCAUAAAGCUGCCUGCUCCCCCGAAAAACCAUGGCUAAGUGAUCGGAUUCAUGAAUGAGUUAUAAAAGGACUUUGCGCUGCACAGAGCUCAUUGGUCAGUCUGGGGGCACUAAAAAUCGCUGAUUAACAGGAGCCCCAGGUAUCUUUGAUUGGUUAGUGAUGUGAGCAGGAAAUUAAAGGAUCACUAUAGGGUCAGGAACGCAAACAUGUAUUCCUGACCCUACAGUGAAAACCCACUGUGUCAAAAACACAUUAAAAUACAUAACUUAUGUUUCACAGAACUGAACACCACAUGUGACAUAUCCCCAAAUAGCUUGGAUCUGAGCGCUCAAUAUAUCCGAACAGCGCUCAGAUCCCAUGAACAUAGUCAAAUUGCCAUGGGGUUCAAUUGUCUAUGGAGGUCUCUUUUGACCAACCGCAGCAUGGCUUUCCUGCCCAAAACAGCUCCAUAGAAUUUGGCUGUGUGGCCGGUCUAUUUCCCAUGUUAAAGUCACUUCAAAUAGACGAACGGCAACCAUUUGUGCAAAUGUCAGUGAUAAAGUGGCGUUCGAAUUGUCGAACGCCGUUAGACACCCGUUAAAGUUUAGAGAAGGCAAAGUUCAGCAGUGUUCCUGCUGUAGCGUGUCCGAUUUGAGUUCCAUGAACUCUACAGCCAAACACCGCUGAACGUGUUCGACUAUACUAACUGCGACAACCCAGCCGUUCGUCAAUUAGCGGCGGUCUCUAUCUCAGUCUAAUAUAUGGGCCAUAGUCCUGGGGCAAGAGGCUGGCAAGCAGGCCCCUUCAAACACCAGUGACGAAGGUGCUUUCGUCACACCCACCAUUUAGGUAGUUUGCCAGAUGACAGACUGCCCAUCAGGAUAACUAUACACAAAGUGUUGCUGUAGCACUUUCAAUCUUGUCCUUACACUACAGUUCUCCUUAGUCGUCCUGGCACCGACUAGGUGAUCUGUGACUGUAGCAAAACUGGGUGUCACAUAUUUUAUACAUCUAUCAAAGAAAGAUCACUCAUAGGAUUUUCAUUGGAAAGUAUAUUACAAAAUCAUAGAUGUCUCAAUCUAUCAUGGUCUUUGUUAAGAUAUAUAUAUAAAUAUAGUGAAAUAGAUCUUUUGGUUAAUAAAAAAAAAAAAAAACAAGCACAAUGAAUGUUACAGAAAGAAAAACCUUUGGCAUAACAAUAUUUUUUUAAUAUGAUUUAAAAGGUGAAAUCGAUGUGGAGAAGUGUAACUAGAUACGCUGUCCCUCGAACACCUAUCUUUUAUUUCCAUAAAACAUUCCGUUACAUGAUAGAUAUCAUUGUCCGAUAAAAUAAACUUACUUUAUUAGUGCAGUGAUAUUUAUGUGCAUGAUUUAUCGUUUUCCAUUCUGUUUUAAAACUACUUUAACGAAACAUCAAAACUUCUCGCAUUUUGCAACUCUGUUAUACGUAGUUUUUAUGAUUUAAAAUUAGACCAUCUAUCUUAACUGCCAUACAAAGAAAUAAUUAUUAAAACUGAGACCAGUUUUUCCUGUUUUUUACUUGAAACUAUUUUGAGACUAGAUACUUUCUACUUCUAGAAUUACAGGUUUAGCAGACACAGGAAAUGUGGAAAGAAGGUUAUGCUGCAUUUUAUAUAUGAAGCAUGCUAUUCAUCUUGUGAGUCAUCACUGCUGGUUCUGCUCCAAAACCUAAAUCUGCUUUCUACAUCUUUUAUAAGUGUUCUCACCCCACCCCCACCUCACAUUUUAUGCUACUUUAUGUCUUAUAAUAAGGCAAUAUUAUUUUGUAUGAAAGUUAUUGAAAACAAAUGUACUUCAAGAAAUAGUGGGCUUAAUUUUCUUGUGUAGUGGAUUUGUUUUUCACGACUGCUAUUGUCACUUCCCUGGAUUUUUAAUUAUGUAUAAUUACCUCGAUAUUUAAAGGAAACUUCCAAGCAACAUAACCAUCACAGUACAGUUUUUAGAAUAGUUGUACUUCUUACCUGGUUUCUGCUGAGCUCCGCUUCCUAUCUUCACUACUUCCAUCGGAGAGUGAUCUAGUCCUAACUCCUGCUUUCAUUCCUUGAAAGUUGAGGAGGGGAGAUGUGCCUGGUGGGCCUCAUAUACUUACAAUGAUGGGUCUCUUGGGCCCUCCUGACACCAUAACGAGUAUGUUGUGAUUAUCAUAUGUAAGAUUAUUCCUUUAACAAAUGUGAAUCGGAAUGCAGGUUUCUAUUCCUAAUGCUGUAGUGUUCCUUUAAGAGAAAACAGAGUAUCACAUGAACCGUUGUAGGUGAUCUACUUUUUUUUUUUUUUUAUUGUCCAAUAUCCCGAGAAACAAACCUAUUUAAAACCUCUCUGUCUCAUUGAUAUACAUUCUGAUUAUUCAUAAAAUCACUAUCUUUAUGAAGUACUCAUAAAUACUCAGAAUACUAACAAAAAAAAAAAAAAUCUUUAAGAAGUGGGGAUGUGCUAGUAAACACACACACACACCCACCCACCCACCCACCUCUUGUCCACUCUCUAAGCUGCCUUUUGCAAUGGGGAUGACAAAAAUGUAAAAUGUUAACACCACUGAUAUUGAUGUAGGCCUCAUUUUCCUCUCCACACCACCAAUAAGUGUGUUAGGGAUAGCUGGGUUAUGACUCAUAUUUGUGUUCCUGGGGUGAACUGACUCUAAUUGGAAUUGUCUAGCACUGCUAAACAGUUAUAAAAGUAGCUUUUAAAAGGAACACUAUAGUCAACCAGAUCACCUCAUCUCAUUGAAGUGGCAUGGGCACAGUGUCCCUGUCUUAUUAACCUUGCAAUGUAAAAUAUUGCCGUUUUUGAGAAACUGCAAUGUUUACAUUGCAAGGUUAAAUCCACCAUGAGUGGCUGUUAGUAUGACAGUCGCCAUAUAAUCUUACUCUGCAAUGACAGAGUAAAACGCAAGUGAAACAGAAGCCCCAUAGUAAAGCAUUAUUUUGGUGCUUCCCUAAGGGGAAGUUGGAAUGAAAGGCUCAUGCACAUUUAGGUCCCCAAUGCUUCACUAUAAGGAGCAUUGGAUUGGACAUUGGCGGUGGUUGCCAUGCUUCCUCCAUGACAUAGCAGGAGGCAGAGAGUUAAGCAGCACAGAGGGAGCCUCAGCCCUGGAAAUGUAAAGUAAAACUUUUUUUUUUAAUUUCAUUUUUGUUUUAUUGCACUGGAGAAGGGGACCUGAAAAAAAAGUAGGGAUACUAUAUCAUUAGGAAUACAGACAUGCAUUCUUAAUGCUGUACUGUUCAUUCUUUAAACUUUAAUUGGGAGUAUUUCAUUUACAGGACCUAGAAACACAUUUAGAUAUUAUGAUCUUAUGUCGAGUUUUGGAAAUACUUGGAAAAUUAAAAACACCUGGAGAAUAUCUUGUGGCUUUCAUAGAUUUUUCCUUGUAGUUAGAUCCAAGUUCAAGGAAAUCUUGUGUUGAAUUUGGCUUUCUAAUGCAAUUUAAAGAUAUUGCAUCUUUAAUACUGGUUAUACAAUGGAAGCAUUGAACGAUCUGUGAUCUGCAUGUUGAGUAAUGUUAUAAUAAAAAUUGUUUAUUUGGCCUAUGACUCAACACAUUGAUAUAACAGUGUAUAAAGAACUGUUUUUUUAAGGCAUACCUCUUAAAGGACCAGACCACUUCCUCUCAAUGCGGUGCUGUGCCCCUUUUAGUUUUAACCUUGCAGUCUUUAUUAAAACAUUGCCAUUGACGGUCUUCCUGACAGCUACUAAAAUAACCAUGUCAGACUCUGUUAUCCAAUCAGUGAAGUAUUUCAUUGGUGCUGCGUGGCGAUUUGCUACACUGUGGGGAAGCAUUGGGUUGGCUAAGGUGAUCAAUCUGGGCAGCUGUGGCGAGACCAGCACAGCGAGGAAGUAAAGGUAAGUAAAAAAUGAUUUGGGACGGUAGACGAAUAAAUAUGUUGGGUAACACUGUUUGUUCCAUUAAAGAAGCAGUUCAACCAAAAUAUAAAUAGAACACAAAAUGCAAGCUAUCUGUGAAUACAUCCAGGUUUUGUGGAUGAUUUGAAAUUUAAAAAGGAAAAAUAAUCUACAUAUUCUGCUAUUCUUUUGCAUUAAUAACUGGAUCUGUUCCUUCAUUUUAAAGAAAAAUCAUGUGCUUUAAUAAAGUAAGAAUGGAAAACUGCUUAUAUAUAUGUUUCACUUUAUUUACAUUUCCAACUGCUUUGUCCUAUUAAAUCUAGCAGUAAAAAUAUAUGAAUACAAUGUAAAAAAAAAUCUAAAGGUAUACCGUAUAUACUCGAGUAUAAGCCGACCCGAAUAUAAGCCGAGGCCCCUAAUUUUACCACAAAAAAACUGUGAAAACUUAUUGACUCGAGUAUAAGCCUAGGGUGGGAAAUGCAGCAGCUACUGGUAAAUUUCUAAAUAAAAUUACCGGUAGAUCCCAAUAAAAUUACAUUAAUUGAAUAUUUAUAUGCAGGGGGCGUGGCCUGAGCUCUGACCGGGAUGGACGCCUGAGCUGUGAGCUCCGUACUGCCGGCAACCUAAAUAGCCUGCUAAUCAGCUUUUACCAGCUCCUAUGGGGCGCCACCGACGCACGGAUACCCCCCAGACACCGAGGGGCCCCCAAACGGGUCAGCCUCACGGCCCGAUGGACGGAUUCCUCCAGUCCCAGACGGACGCGAGCGGGGAGGCAAGUGGAUCCAAUAUGGCGCCGACAGCCCUGCCCCCCAGGGAACCGCAUGGCGCUGCGUUGGAGAGGAUAGGCGAAGAACUCCGUAAUAUGACUGCAGCCAUGGCCACAAAAACGGACCUCCUAGUCCUCACAACCACCAUACAGGAUGCACUGCGUGCCGAAAUGGCGGGAAUUAGGGCGGAGGUGACAGCACAGACAGGCCGCAUCCAGGACCUGGAACGCUCCCACGAAGCCCAUGCCACGAGGCAGCAAGCAACGGAUACAGCCCUAACACGCCAAGGUGAGCUGCUCCUGCAAAUGAGAAGGUCGGUCGAGGACCUAGAUAACAGGGGGCGCAGAUGCAAUAUUAGGGUCCGUGGGGUCCCCGAAAGUGGAGGAGAAGCAGAAAAUGCUGAGGAUAUUUUACUUGGCUUAUUCCGCCUGAUACUUGGAGAGGCCGCACCCCACACUCUUAAAUUUGAACGAGCUCAUAGAGCCCUUCGCGCCAGGUCCCUGGACGAAGGCCCACGAGACCUGAUAUGCUGCCUUCACUCCUUCCGGGACAAGGAUGCCAUAAUGAGAGCAGCCCGCUCACGCCCAACCUGGGAUUACAGGGGUGCUGCGGUCUCCCUGUAUAAUGACCUCUCCCCGAUUACACUAGAGGCCAGGAGGGCACUGAAGCCAAUCACAGCUGCCCUACAGGAAAGGAACAUACCUUAUAAAUGGGGCUUUCCCUUCGCCCUACUAGCCCGCACUCAGAAUGGCUGGACAUCAGUCCGCUGGCCCGAGGAGAUCCCAAGAUUCCUGGAGGAGCUGGACCUGCCUCCAAUUACGGUUCAAGACUGGAUUCUGAGCCCACUGGGAGGGGGACCACGCCAACAACGGGCACCCCGGAGACGGGGGGACAACCCACCAAGAGGUCCGGCACCCCGCAGACGUAACAACCCGGAGGUGCCGGAGUAACAGAUAAGCCCUCGGCCAUCUACUCUCUACCCAUGACUAAUCCCCUCAGAGGAGCACUAUGCCCUGCGCGGACACUGGACUUGGAACUGCAACCCCUCAAACCCAAACCACGGAGUGGAAUGCUGCGUAGAUAACCCUCCUGCUUCACCCUCACUCGGGAUCCUCCCAAUGCCAACAAGAAGUAACGGAGAGGUUCUCGUUCCCCUACCCCCACGGAGUUUUGGGUGGGAGUGACGGGUGAUGUUUCUUCUUUUGACCGGGUGGGAAAUUGGGAGGAAGGCUGCCCGCCAUUCAAGCCCAGGAGACACAUAUCACCAUGGACUUCAGUUGGGGAGGGGAGGUCGAUGCGGGGAACUUUUUGCAUUACCUGGGGGGGCCCUACUUCCGACCCUAAGCUGGGAACCUCCAUCUGUGACACUGUGGAACUCACCUGUGCAUUGCGGAGCACAGGUUGGCGAGACAUUGAUGCUGCAAACAAGCACCAACUCUCUUGGAGAUCUAUGCACUGGACUCACGGUAUUGUGCAGCACCCACAGUAUAUAUAACAGAUCACAUAUCUCACCCAGUGACCUCACCUCCUCUACCAGAUGUCUGUUACACAUAUUGUAUCGUACAUAUAAUACGUAUUGCAUAUAGCUGUUAUAUAUAUAUUAGGGUGGCAUUUGUAUGACACAACUGCUGGACAUGCCGACCCCCCCAGGCCUGCGGACGGGCUGGUUCACGUGUCCGGAAUGCAUACACCGGGGACUGGGCGGUCUGGUGGCUGGAGGGGUCGGCAUAUCGCGCAGAGGGAGGUCGGGACUCCUAACACAAUCAACAUUGAGGGGUAGACACCCGGGAGGAAAUGGGGGAGGGGGGGGGCCCCACCGGAGCAGAUAAUCAACUGACCUUCUCUUAUUUGUGGGAGGGCGGGGAGGGAAAUGUAAGUUUUCCACGGUUGCAGACCACUCACGGGGGACACGCUGGGGCCGAGAGGUCAGGGGUGGAGGGAGAUGGGGAGAGAAUACAGGUUGAUAACAAACGCAUAAUCAUCCAGGCUGUUCUAUCGCUCGCCUAAUUUUGCAAUGUUAAUCUAUUUAAGUUAUCCUAUACCACAUCUGUCGGGUGGCGCCCUAUCUAUGGUUCAAAUGGCACUAGGCUAUGGUGCUGGCGGGUGGGACACACGGAUAUUAUUCUGACACCACACUUAUUUUCCAUAUCCAUUCUGGUUUGGAGCGGAGCCAUUGACUCCAUUGACUCGUGCGUUUUUCUGGACGGCGGAGCCCCCAGAGAUCCACAUCCCGGUCUGGUUACCGGAGUGGCCUCUGGCGACCCCUGCUGUCGCACGACUUACACCUCCUUAAAACUGAGGUGACAUUGAGGUGCAUUCUCUUUAACUUACCCAUCCCCCACUACAGGGCACCUCCAUCUGGGGAAUAUCGCACUUUCCCCAUUUUUUUACUCUAUUCUUUCCUACUCACUAUACUUGACACCACUCAUAUUUUCCUAGUAGUCCGUCCUGGGCUCUAACACAGGUGCGCAAUAUAGCCACAUCUCGCACCCUCCUCACACCGGCACCACACCUCGCCGACUACACAACCUCACGCACCACACUGGGUAUACGGGAACGGUGAGAGGGGCAAAAUCUACACACAACGCCACUACCUUAGUGAUCUCGCCACUUGACUGGGAAAGCUUCUACUGGCCCUCCGCUCCCGCAGCUACACAGACCACUAACUCCUAGUGGCCACACCAACGGGAGGGGGCUAGCCGGGACUAUAUAGCCACCCAGGGAGGGGGGGAUCGGGCGCCGGGCUCUCCGCGUGCCCUGAGCCGAGUGCCGGGAUGUCAGCACCUUAUCAUAAUGCCCCGUUGCAAGUCCUAACCCUUAACUGCAGAGGUCUGAACGUUCCUGAACGCCGCACCCAUCUCCUGCGAGAACUGCGGAAAUCGCAAGUAUCUGUAGCUAUGCUUCAAGAAACCCACUUCCUAGAGGGAUGUGCACCAAAACUACGGAACCGAUAUUACCCCAACAAUUUCUUUAGCAACCACAACACGGCACGUAGAGCCGGUGUUGCCAUCGUCCUGUCCGCUAACCUAGACUUCAGGGAACUGGACAGGAUGAUUGACACACAGGGGAGGUUUAUCUUCCUAAAAGGCACCAUUGCCGAUAAACUCUACACAUUGGUGUCGAUCUAUGUGCCCAACACAAACCAGGCAAGAUUCCUUAGGGGAACAUUGAAUAAGCUACGAGGAUUCUCGGAAGGAGCGCUUAUUAUAGGAGGCGACUUUAACACCCCACUAGACCCCCAGAAGGAUACAUCGACAGGCAGUAGCUGUCUACCACACUCUAGUAUUCGCUCGAUCCGCAAAUCAAUGAGCGAGAUGGGUCUAGUGGACAGCUGGAGAGCGCUUAACCCGGACUCCAAGAACUACACCCACUACUCGGCACUUCAUCAACGCUACUCGCGAAUCGACUACAUACUGCUCCCACAGGAGGGCCUGACACGACUUAGGGCAGCUACUAUAGGCCCUGCCACCUGGUCAGACCAUGGCCCGAUGAUGGUUGAACUGGAAUCACCGCUAUUCAAACCAGCCCGUUGGACCUGGCGACUGAAUGAGUCCUUGCUCCAAGACCCAGAGGUUUUAGGGGAAGUAACACAAGCCCUUGAAUUAUAUUUCAGAGAAAAUGAUGUGGAAGGAAUAUCGCCUAUAUCGAUCUGGGAAGCACACAAAAGUGUAAUUCGUGGAAAUCUCAUAAGGAUAGCCUCCCGCAAGAGGAAAGCGGCGAUGCGGGAGAUGGCAGAAGUUUAUGAGACCAUCGCAAAGCUGGAACUCCAACACAAACGGACUCAACACGUUGACACACAAACGGAACUAUUAAAUGCCCGACGACGACUCCGAGACCUCAUCACGCGAAAGUACUACCGCUCCUUACAAUAUUCGAAGAAUUUCUUCUAUAUACACGCGAACAAAGGCGGCAAAUUCCUGGCACGCCUUCUGAAAGGCGACACACCGCGAACAAGGGUACACAAACUCCGCCUCCCCUCUGGGACAUCAACCUCCUUCCCAGACGAGAUCGCAAACGAAUUUCGCCGAUACUACCAUGCUUUAUAUAAUCUCCCCGCCCUGGAUGGGACAACGCCGGGACCUGUAGCCCUCACGCCCACCCAGGCCUUCCUACGGGAUAAUGUCUGCAAACGAGUGAACCCAGACGCGACAACCAUGCUAGAUGAACUGAUUAGCACCGAGGAACUAACCGCAGCUCUGAAGGCAACGAAGGUGGGUAAAGCACCGGGCCCGGACGGAUUCCCCACAGGGUAUUACAAACAUUUCUCCGCACUACUCCUGCCCUGGCUGACGAAGGCACUCAACGCCAUCACGGAAGGAGGACGAUUUGGCAUGGAAUCACUAGCAGCUACAAUCGCGGUCCUGCUCAAACCUGGGAAGGAACCCGAGCAUUGCGGCAACUACCGACCGAUUUCCUUACUGAAUGUGGACACAAAACUCCUUACGAAAGUGCUGGCGACCAGGCUACAACGCGCGCUACCGAGUAUAAUUCACGCAGACCAAACGGGAUUUAUCCCAGGUAGAGAAGCUCGGGACAGCACACUACGACUUUUCUCCAUACAACACCGAGCGCGAACCUCACGGGAACCCCUCUUACUGCUCUCUACAGACGCCGAAAAGGCCUUUGACCGGGUCAACUGGUCGUACAUGAUGCACACGCUAAGGGCCAUGGGAUUGGGAUGUAAGAUGAUGUCGUGGAUAUCCGCCUUAUACGAUAAACCGCACGCGGCGGUCAGGGUGAAUGGAGCACUGACCGCCAACUUUGAAAUUAACAACGGGACCAGACAGGGAUGCCCCCUAUCCCCUCUUUUGUUCGCCAUGACCCUGGAACCGCUUCUACAGGCUAUAAGACAGAACCCGGACAUUCACGGUUUUAUUUGGAAGGGGUCAGAACAUAAGGUGGCGGCCUAUGCGGACGACCUUCUCUUUUUCAUAUCUAACCCACGAAUCACAAUGCCCUGUCUACUCCUAGAAUUUGAACGCUUUGGACGGAUCUCAGGAUUCAAGCUUAACCUUACGAAAUGUGAGGUCCUUAAUGUUACCCUCCCACAGAAUGAAUAUGCCACACUGAGCUCUGCUUUUCCAUUCCGAUGGUGCGAAGGGAAAAUGAAAUACCUAGGAAUAUGGAUCACUACCGAUCCGCGAGACGUUUAUCGACAUAAUUUUACCACCAUGUUACAACAAUUAACGUCAGACCUUGAUCGCUGGGCAUACCCACACAUCACCUGGCACGGACGGAUCGCGGUCCUCAAGAUGAACGUACUACCACGGAUCCUAUAUCUAUUUCAAACCAUCCCAAUAUCGCUACCGGCAACCUUCUUCUCAACUCUGAAAACGGUGGUCAUCCGAUAUGUCUGGAGAGGGGAGAGAUCCCGACUACGAUAUGAAACGCUGUGCUUACCCAGAUACAGGGGUGGCCUGUCACUCCCGGAUUUUAAAAAGUACCACCAAGCUACCACAAUGCAGCGUAUCCUGGAGUGGCACGCAGCCGAAAACCCGAAACAAUGGGUAACCCUGGACAGAGCUGACUCAGGGACCAAACUUAAGGCUGAUGUGUGGCGAGAAGGGACGGGUCGCUGUGGGAAAGAAGAGGAUGGGAACCCAGUAGCACAGACAUUGAAAACGUGGAAGACAACUAGGAGAAUGACACAGGUCUCCCCAACCCCUAGCCCUAUGCUCCCGGUUACCCAUAACCCCGACAUCGGAGGAGGACUCCCAUAUGGGAGCUGGGCGUUUCUGGGGGAAAGGGACUAUGUCCCGUUCUGCACAAUUUUGGAAGGAGGAACCAUACGACCACUCAACUCAUUGCUGUCUGACAGACCACAGACGCCCUUACUAACCCUACACUACCUCCAAUUGACACAUUACUACGACUCCUUACCUCAAAAACAGCUGCUACACAGGGACCUUACGUGGUUCGAGGGACUAUGCCGCCGAGGCACCGCACUUGAGAAGGCAGUAUCUCUCCUUUACCAACACUUGUUGAUAGGAGCCUCCUCGGACAAUAAUACCUUUCAAAGACGGUGGGAAGCACAACUAGAGAUACAAAUCACACCAACACAAUGGGGAACAGCUCUGCUAUGGCAAUAUAAAAGUUCCUCAAGUUCCUACUACCAGGAGGUCAACUAUAAAUUGAUCUCCAUGUGGUACAGGACCCCAGUCGUAUUACAGAAGAUUUUCCCGGAGGCAUCCCCAACCUGCUGGAGAUGUCAGGAGGCAAGGGGCACCUUGUUACACCUGUGGUGGGAAUGCCGAACUAUCUCGCACUACUGGGAUCGCAUUCACACAGAGAUAAUGGCAAUCCUGGGGAACGACACAGAAUGGUCCCGAGAACUGGCCCUACUACAUAUCACCUCGCAAUCCAUCCCCGGAUACAAGAGAUCGAUCCUACGCCAUUUACUGAACGCAGCCAAAUCCUUGAUCCCCGUCUAUUGGAAGAGAUCAGAAGUCCCCACUAUGGAAGAGUGGCUCCAAAGGAUUGGAGAUAUACAGGCGGCAGAGGCGUUACGGGCAUCCCAGGCGGGACGUUCAGCAAGGCACGCGGAGAUGUGGCAAUCCUGGUUCUCAUACCAAGCGGGUAGAUAGCGGGCUUACAUCACGCACACGAGGAGUGGAGGGCCGGCGGGCGGACCCCAGAUCCUUCAUAGCACUGGCUAUGACCUCCCCGUGGGACGACUUGCCCCGAUGGGAGACAAAACACAAGGACUCACACACUCCCUUGUUAACGCUGACUUUUUACAGGACACACAAGGGCUGAACGAACGUCAACACGGCGAUACAUAGCCAUACUAAAUAACCACAUGGACGGUUAACACGUACCUGGAAUCCCAAGGUACAGUCUGGGACACUGCACACUGACGGGUAACCAAGGAACUGACACAACAUACUAGUUCAGACCCCUGACAUGCCUAUAACGGGUGACAGUACCUGACAGAGACCUACGCUACAGUACCUUACACGCGCAACACGUUCCAUCACAAAACGACUAGAUAAUCCCCGAAUACCACGUACCGACCACUCAUCUACUCCGAGGUGAGGAGAAAAAGAGGAGCCCAAGGGCGGACUCUUCUAAACCUACUAAACCUUUCUCCCUCUUUCAUUUCUCUUUAUACUACAAUUACCUACCCCCCCACUUAACUGACCCAUGGCAUAGGAACACGGGAUCCACACUGAAUGACUAAAUGCGGUACAUACAAUCACACAGGAGGUCGAGAUAAGAGCAUGAAGUGUAACUAAUGGAUACAUGUUGGGCUCCAUCCCAAAUCUAACCAGUGGGAAAACACCUACAUACCACCUUCUUACAUACCGCAUAUCCACUAGCCAUGUCUUAGGCUAAUAUUUUUAUGCAUGACCGUAAAGCCGUAAAUGCUAUAUAUUACUAUAACUUGUUGAACACUCUGGAAUGCUGUAUAAUACAUGUUAUGUUAUUUCACAACGUUAUACAUGGAGGCCUGCGAGCCUCGCUUUCUACGUCUCCUUUUUCUUUACCGAACUUUCCUCAAUAAAAACAGAUUUACAAUAUUUAUAUGCAGAGUGUGUGUUUGUGUGUGUAUAUAAUGAAUGCAGAGUGUGUGUUUGUGUGUGUGUGUGUGUGUGUAUAUAAUGAAUAUAGAGUGUGUUUGUGUGUGUGUGUAUAUAUAAUGAAUGCAGUGUGUAUAUAAUGCAGUGUGUGUAAACUGGGUGAGGGGAGGGCAUUUUUAUUUUAAUUUUUUUAUUUUAAUAUUAUUUUAAUAACAUUAUUUUAUUAUUAUAUUAUUUUAAUAUUUGUAUUCUUUUUUGUCCCCCCUCCCUGCUAGUUGCCUGGCCAGGGAGGGGGGACAAAAAAAAUAAAAAAAUAAUGCAAAUAUUAAAAUAAUAUUAAAAUAAUAUAUUUAAAAUAAUAUUAUUAUUUUAUUAUUAUAGUAUUAUUAUUUUAAUAUUUGCAUAAUUUAAAAAAUAAAAUAAAAAAAAAUUAAUGCAAAUAUUAAAAUAAUAUAAAAUAAUAUUUUUUAAUAUUAUAUUAUUUUAUUAUUAUUAAAAUAAAAUAAUAUUAAAAUAAUAAUACUGAAUCCCUGGUGGUCCAGUGGCAUUGGUUGUUCAGUGGGGGGCUGGCAGCGAGCUAUUACUUACCUUCCUGCAGCUCCUGUCAGCUCCCUUCUCCUCCGUGCAGCUCCUCUGUCAGCUCCGUUCUGCUUACAGUGUAAGUCGCGGGUCUUGUAAUGAGCCCGGCGGUCCUGGUCUGUAUUGUGGCAAUGUAAAUUGCCAUAAUACAGAUUGACUCGAGUAUAAGCCGAAUGGGGGUUUUUCAGCACAAAAAAUGUGCCGAAAAACUCUGCUUAUACUCGCGUAUAUACGGUAUGUUUGCCACCAAUUAUGCAUUGUAGAAGACUAAGAGAAGUGUGCAUUGUAGGAAAUCUUUCACCAUAAGUUGUAUUGUUUUAUGAUUUCUGAAAGUGGUACUGAUUAAAAGUCUGAAAAUCUGCUCUCUAAGUAUCAAGAUAUCUGUCUUUAUAAAUCAAAUAAGAGGAAGGUGACUUUUGUAAAUAACGUAGACUGUAGCACAAGUGUAUUCAAAAUAUUUAUGGGAGGAUGUAAAAGUAACAUACAGCAUCAGGUAAGUAUAUAUCGCCUGCAUUGCAUCCCCAAGCCACCGCACACCAAGCAGGAAAGACACAAUGGAAGGUGACAGUGAUGCUAUAAAUUUUUUAUUUUUUUUCAAAAGACCAUGCAAGAAAGGGAAACUCAUUUCCCCCUCCCCUCUGGAUCUAUAAUGUAUAAACCAGAGAAUCUGUUCAGUCAAUCUGUGAGGAGUCAUUUGAAUAGAUUCAUAGAGCUAUGGAUGGCUUUUUGAUAUGGGCUGUUGACAACUUCAAAACUGGAAUAUUCAGAGGCAUGACGUAUGUGGUGCGACGGGGGCAAAAACCCAGCGCCGUGCCUUCAAGGAUACUGCUGCGUGCUUUCAUGAGUGGGAAGCCCUCACCAUCCUUAUUCAGCCUUAUAUUGCAGGAAGAUUCUAGCGCCUCCUUUCGUAAGCUCCAGCCAUUCAGAGCUGGUUACCUUGGCAACACUGAUUCUCAGAGUCCUGGAGCUCGCGAGAGGACUUCUAGCAGUCUAUACAGCGCUGUAUUUAGAGCGAGGCUGUCAAGGCAUUUGCCUUGGCUGGCACUUUCAGGGGGUCGGCAAAAAAAGCCGUCCCAAUUGUCCUGGCAAAUACCUUGCCAACCUCUUGUCCCGGGGAGUGCAGGAGUUGGCCGGCUGGUCACCUUAGGACCCCCCUGAGGCUGGCAUGCUGAUGUAGGAGGCAGGGGGCAAGGGAGCACUCUCUAAUAACCGUAGAAAAAAAUUAUAAUUAUACUUACCAUCAGAGGUUUCCUUUUUUUUUUUUUUUUUUUGUCAGACCUAUAAAAGGCCAAAAUAAGAUGCAUAACUCCAAGUCAUACCUUCCUUAUAGCAAUAUUGCCCCCCCCCCCCAUAAUCUCCUAAAUAACUUAUAGUUUUGAUGAGAGAUUUCCAUUAAUUUUAUCAACAGUGAUGAGCGCUAUUUAACUAUUUGCAGCAACAGCCAGUGGGCUGUAAAGAUUAAAAGAACACUAUAGUGUUAGGGAUAUAAACCUGUGUUCCUAAUGCUAUAGUGUACUUGUCUAUAAUUAGGUUAGCGCCCCUCACAUGAGAAAUAUAAAUAAAUAUAAAUAUUUUACUUGCAUAUUUUAGUGCUGUUUGGACCUCUUGGCACUACCUGUACAGGUGAAGUGAGGUAGGUUUCCGCAUUCCAUGCAUGUUGUGUCACUCUGUUGUAGUCAGCAACUUAGCAGAGUGUGAAGAAAAACUGGAACGUCCAAUUAACCCUUCUCUUUAACAAUGUUCCUCCUCUUCUCUAGAAAAGGCACGUAACAUGUUUAAGGUAGAGACAUUAUAUUGAGGUGGCAUGGGAAACGUCAUGAAAGAAGGUUAACGUGUUAGACUCAAAGUCAAAGUGAAGUUUAUCUCGCAUAACUGACAGAAUUAUCCCAUUUGCAAACACUGAAACAGAACAUCAAUAGCUGAGUGUCCAGCAGGGCCAGGUGCUCUUGGAUGGAGAUACUGAAUACACUUCCUAUUUUACUGUAGUAGCUCCCAAUCCCCAUCACAGAUCUGUUCUGGUGCAGUUUGAAGACGAAAGGAAACCUGAUUUUUUUAUUACAUAGAAAAGCAGGUAAUAUAAAAGACACAUAAUUGUAAAGAAUGCAUUAAAGAGGAACUGUCACUUCCAGAGCAGUAAUAGUUCCUUGUGUCUUCACCCCAGUAAAUGCUAUUGUGCGCUCAGGCAUAAAAUGGAGAAAUUAUGUAUGCACAAUCAGCAUUUUCCCAGCUGUGCCAUACGUGUGCAUGUAACACGUGAAGAGCACUGAAGGGUUAACUUAUUUACAUACUUUGCCUGGGGUUGCUUGGCAAAUGUUCUAAAUAUAAUAUAUCUCUAUAAAGAAUUAAAAUAAAAAGUAACAUCACUAAUUUCCAGUUAGACAUGCUAAAAUGUGGGAAGUGGCAGUUGUUUUUUAAAAGACUGCCUUGGUGUUGCUUCCAUUUGUCAGUGGUACAAUCCAAUGCUCCUCAUAAAGUUCUACGUGGUCGUUGGAGUCAAAGCGCCUCUAGUAGCUGUCAGUAUGAAAAGUGGCCAUGUUUUACCUUGAAGAAAACCAUAGGACCACUGCAUCCAGACCACUUAUAUGAAAUAGUGAUCUGGGUGACUUUAGUUGUCAUUUUAACGGUUGGCUGACAUUCCGUAGACUGAAUAUUUGAAGAACCAAAAAGAAUAAAACUAAAAGAAUGACCAAAAAAAAUUAUUUCUAUGCACAUCUCCAUAAAAAGAAAUCUAUAACAAAAAUAAAAAAUAAUUUUGUGAUAAAUCUUGUUAUAGUGAUAAGAUGUCAUGUAAUAUGUGUGUAAAUAGUAUAUUCAUUGUGCAUAGCUGCAAUAAGUAAAUAUAUGAGCACCUUAUUAAUAAUUUCAUUUUUAUUUUAACAUUUUUAGCUAUGCCAUGGGUUUGAUACCGACCAAACAGAGUCUUCAGCUGUGUGAAAUGGUUUCCGCCUCUUCUUUUUGCAGGUAUGAUAUUAAGCAAAAUAUAUUGCCGUACUGUAACUUGUAAUUCAUCUGUGGAUUGUUUUUAUCAACAUUGGGUAUAUGAAGACAUUAAUACACACAGCCUGGAUCUGUGUUUAAGAAAAAUAAUCUGACUUGAGGAGCCAAUUUAAAGGGACAUGCAUCACUUUGAGACAACUGGGUCAUACAAAAGCUUUAAAUGAGAUGGUUACUUCACUCUGGGGAUGAGUGCUAGCAAGAUUGCAAGUUUUACUCUGUGUACAUCAUGCUGCAUGUAUGCAUGCCUGGAUAAAUCUGUCCAGGGUCCAUACCUCUGAUGUGGGUGUGAGCGAGUGGCUUUUCUGGAAGCUUAGAUUGGAGAUCUGGACAGGCAAAUUGCAACACUGAGGGAAAUUGACAAUCUUGAGAGGAAUAUGCUGCUCACUGAGCAGAGUUUAGUGGGAGCAGGUAGUGGAGUAGGAUGAGUUGAGACAGCUGGGGAACAGGCACAUAGCUGAGUAACAGUGGGGCGAGGAAGCAGAGGGGAAGGGAAGAGGAAUGGUUUAGCUAGUCCUGAUCUUGUGCAGCCUAACAGAUUUGCCCGUUUGAGUGAAGAUGUUGGGAGCAUCAGCUCAGGAGUAGCUGUACUGCAGGAAGCUGUUCCUUCUAACAGCCGUGGGAACACCCCCUCUAGUACGGGUGGGGUUGAGAGGGUAAGGAAGUCUAGACAGGCUGUGGUGGUAGGGGACUCUAUUAUUAAGAGAGUAGAUAGGGUAAUCGUCCACUCUGAUCGACUCAACCGUACAGUUUCCUGUCACCCGGGUGCUCAGGUCCGGUAUGUUGCCGACAGAGUGGAGGGAUUAUUGGGAGGGGCUGGGGAUGACCCAGCUGUCAUGGUCCAUAUAUGUACCAAUGACAAAGUCAGAGGAAAAUGGAAGGUCCUAAAGAAUGAGUUCAGGGAACUAGGAAGUAAGCUAAAGAAAAGGACCUCCAAGGUAAUAUUUUCAGAAAUACUACCUGUGCCGCACUCUACAGCAAAAAGGCAGCGGGAGAUUAGAGAGGUCAAUGCGUGGCUGAAGUCUUGGUGCAGGAAAGAGGGUUUUGGGUUUUUAAAGCACUGGGCCGAUUUUGCGCUUGUAUAGUCGUGAUGGAUUGCACCUAAACGGAAGAGGGUCUGCUGUGCUGGGGGAUAGGAUGGCUAGAAGGCUGGAGGAGAUUUUAAACUAGUAGUAGGAGGGAGGGUCAAAGCAAUCUAGAAAAUGGAGAUGGAGAUGGACUUUAGCUCAGAACAAAGGGGGUGAAGAUAGGGGGGGAGGGGAAAGCUCGGAACAGAGGAGGUAUGUAAUAUUGAUAAUUCACAAAAAGUACAAGUGACUCAUGAUAUUAAAUGGAUGCUUACUAAUGCAAGGAGCCUAUAUAACAAAAUGGGGGAACUAGAGGCAAUAGCAUAAACUAAAAAAUAUGAUAUAAUCGGCAUAACUGAAACAUGGUGGUAUGAGACACAUGACUGGGCAGUUAACUUGGGUACAUGUUAUUUAGGAAGGCUAGGAAGAACAAGAAGGGUGGUGGGGUAUGUUUGUAUGUCAACCAUGAGUUAAAGUCAAAUCUUAGGCAUGUGGAGUGUGACGAGGAAAAUGUGGAAGCUUUAUGGGUAGAUAUCUGCUUGGGGCAAACAAAAGGAAAUCAGUUAUUGGUUGGAAUAUGUUAUAAACCAUCUAAUGUAAAUAUUAAUGUGGAAGAACAGCUGUUAAAGAAAAUUGGGAAAGCUGCAAAUCGGGAUAACACGUUAAUUAUUGGAGAUUUUAAUUACCUGGACAUAAAUUGGGAUAGAGGGACUAGUACUUCAGCAAGGGGAAUCAGGUUUUUAAAUGUGUAAAAUGACACCUUUAUGUCACAACUGGUACAAGCACCAACUAGAAAGGAUGCUUGUCUGGAUCUCGUUAUAACAAACAAUGUUGAUCUUUUAACCAACAUUCAAGUAGGGGAGCAUUUGGGAAAUAUUGAUCACAAUAUGGUAAUUUUUUAAAAUAAACUCAAAAAAGCAAAAGCACGUGGGGUAUACUAAAACGUGUAAUUAAAAAAAAAAAAAAAGCCAAUUUCAAUAAGAUUAGGGCAGCUCUACAACAUAUUGACUGGCAUUAACUCCUUAGUGAUAAAAACACUGAGGAUAAAUGGAAACUAUUCAAACAAAUAUUAGAAAGGUACAUUUCUCAGUAUGUACCACUGGGUAAUAAAUAUAAAAGAAACAAAUUAAAACCAAUGUGGCUUAGUAGAGAAGUAAAACAAGAGAUUAAAAAUAAGAAAAGAGCAUUUAAAGCAUUUAAAUCGGACAAAUCAGAGGCAUCCUAUAUAAGAUAAAAGGAAGCCAAUAAUGCUUUCAAAAAGGCAAUUAAAGUGGCUAAACUAAAAAAUGAGAAAUUGAUAGCCAAAGAAAGCACAACCAAUCCCAAUUUUUUUUUCAAGUACAUCAAUUCUAAAAAAACAAAAAUUGAAAGUGUAGGUACACUGGAAACAGAGAUGGGUUUGUUAGCUAAUGAAGACCAGGAAAAAGCAGAAAUUUUAAUUAACUAUCUUUCUUCAGUAUAUAUUAAUGAGGAUCCUAAGGCAAGAGAUAUGCAAAUGAUUGCUGCAAAAAACUUGCAGAUAACUUGUGAUUGGAUAACUCGAGACAAGGUGCUACAGCUAUUAAAGAAAAUUUAUGUAAAUAAAGCUCCGGGGCCUGAGGGUAUUCACCCAUGAGUACUUAAGGAGCUAAGUGGGGAAAUAAGUGAACCUCUGUAUUUAAUUUUUCAAGAUUAUUUUGUUUCAGGUGUUGUACCGGAGGAUUGGAGGAAGGCAGAUGUUGUUUCUAUAUUUAGAAAGGGUUCAAAAUCCUUGCCUGGAAAUUAUAGACCCGUGAGCUUAACUUCUGCGACUGGGAAAAUAUUUGAAGAGCUAUUAAGGGAUAAUAUUCAGGAAUUCAUUGGGAAGAACUGUGUUAUUAGCAAUAAUCAGCAUGGUUUUAUGAAACAUAGGUCAUGUCAAACUAACCUAAUUGCAUUUUACGAAGAAGUAAGUAGAAGUAUAGAUCAGGGUGUUGCAGUGGAUGUGAUCUACUUGGAUUUUGCCAAGGCAUUUGAUAUGGUUCCUCACAAUAGGUUAGUCUUCAAACUAAAAGAAAUUAGUCUGGAUGGAUAUUCUUUUUGUCGGGUAAAACAUUGGCUUAAGGAUAGAGUACAACGAGUUGUCAUGAAUGGUAAAUUUUCAGGCUGGACAAAAGUGGUAAGUGGUGUCCCUCAGGGUUCUGUUUUGGGACCGCUUUUAUUUAACAUAUUUAUAAAUGAUCUUAAAUUAGGCAUUGAAAGCCAUGUAUCAGUGUUUGCAGAUGACACAAAACUUUGUAAAGUAAUAAAAUGUGAUCAGGAUAUUGCUUUGAUGCAGAGGGAUUUGGAUGGAUUGGGGGAUUUAAAGUACAGAAAUGCAAAGUUAUGCACUUCGGGGUUAAGAAUGCACAAGCAAUUUACACCCUAAAGGGUAGUGAAUUAGGGAUAACCACACACGAGAAGGAUUUUGGAAUGUGGGGGAGGAGCUAAAUGCAGCGUCAUACUGCUGCACACAGAGGGGAAGAAGGAAGGAGUCCCUGCUUCCCCAACUACAACACAGCAUGGACUGAAUCCAUUCCUCCUCCAGCCCAAGCUGACUGUAAGUGAGAGAGUGUGUGUAACUGUGAUUGUGACUGCCUUUGACUGUGUGUGUGCUGUGUGUAACUGUGAUUGUGACUGUCUUUGACUGUGUGUGUGUGUGACUGCCUGUGAUUGUCUGUGUGACUGUGUGUGAGAUUGUCUGCCUCUGUGUGUGUGUGUGACUGCCUGUGAUUGUGUGUGUAUGUGACUGCCUCUGAUUGUGUGUCUGCGUGUGACUGCCUGCCUGUGAUUGUGUGUGUGACUGUCUGUGACUGUCUGUGACUGUGUUGUGUGUAUGUGUGACUGUCUGUGAAUCUGUGUGUGUAUGUGUGAUUGCCUGCGUGUUUGACUGUCUGCCUGUAACUGUGUGUGGGACUGUGUGCAUCUGACUGUGUCUCAUGGUCUUCGCUCUGCAGUGAGCCGGCAGCCAGGAUAUGAUGUCAUCGCGGCCUCUGCGUCAUUACAGGGCGUGCGAUGGACCUGUGCAGAAAGAGCACAAAAAUCCCAGCAGCAACCACUGAGCACCAGGGACUGAGGCUCCACUCCAGCCCUUCUAGAGCAAGGUAGGGAGGCUGGGUGGACCUCUUAAUUAUUAAAUGUGUGUAUGUAUGUAAUGUUUGUGUGUGUAUGUGAUUGUGUGUCUGUGAUUGUAUGUGUAUGGGUCAGUGUUUGUGUAUAUCUGUGAUUGUGUGUAUCUCUGCGUAUGUGUUUAGUAGAUAGCUCUCUUAUUUCCUGUCCUUAAAUAUUGCAAUCCCACAUAAGGAUAACAAAUAAGGGAUUUAUCUACUAAACAACUGAAAAUAAGAAAAGGGCGUUUUUUUAAAAUCCUUUAGCUGUUUAGUAGAUCAUUCCCUGAAUUGGUGACCGUAUGUGAGAUUUCCAUAUUUAAAGAUACCAAAUGAGGGUGCUGUUUAGCAGAUAGCACCUUAUUUGGUGUCCUUAAAUAUAGCAAUCCCACAAAGGAUAGCAAAAAGAGAAGUUAUCUGCUAAACAAAGAUUGAAAUUAAAGGACCACUCUAGGCACCCAGACUACUUCAGCUUAAUGAAGUGGUCUGGGUGCCAGGUCCAGCUAGGGUUAACCCAUUUCUUAAUAAAUAUAUUUAUGAAUGGGUUAAGCCUUCCCCUAUUUCCUCUAGUGCCUGUCUCAUUGACAGCCACUAGAGGCGCUUGCGUGCUUCUCACUGUGAUUUUCACAGUGAGAGCACGCCAGCGUCCAUAGGAAAGCAUUAUGAGUGCUUUCCUAUGUGACCGGCUGAAUGCGCGCGCAGCUCUUGCCGCGCGUGCGCAUUCAGCCGACUGGGAGGAGAAGAGGAGGAUCGGAGGAGGAGAGCUCCCCGCCCAGCGCUGGAAAAAGGUAAGUUUUAACCCCUUUCCCCCUUCCAGAACCUGGCGGGAGGGGGACCCUGAGGGUGGGGGCACCCUCAGGGCACUAUAGUGCAAGGAAAACGAGUAUGUUUUCCUGGCACUAUAGUGGUCCUUUAAGAGGUGUCAGCCAGCCCACAACAAGAAAUCUGGGUGGCUAAUGUGAAUUAUAUGCAAAUGUAUAGUCAGAUGCCAGCAUGCAGAACACAGCAUGCUUGCAUCAGACAGCCAAUGGCUGCAUAUUACCCCAUCCCCUAGUGAGAAGUUUUACUGCUCCCCAUCCCCCUCCUGUUUUGACUGUGGUAUCUUAUGUGCCCCCCCGCCCCCCUGUAUAUAUUGUUCCUAGAGUCGCCACAAUGUCUGCAUGUGUGUCAAUGUGCAUCUGUGUGUGACUGUGUUUGUGUGUGUAUAUGUAUCUGGAUGUAUGUAUGUGUAUAUGUGCAGACAUCUAAAAAUAUCGCCAACACUACACACAAAUACACUCAUGCAUUUCAACGUCAACACUACAUACAAACCCCACCAUUAUAUAUAACCAUACCACUGCAUUUAAAUACCACACAACACACAAAUGCAUGCUUGCAUUCAAACGCCAACACUACAUGCAAACACACCGACCGCUACAUUCACUCACAUAUACUCCAUACAAAAACAUGCAUACAUUCAAACACACAAACACUGCUAAGUGCUAAAUACAUAAAAACAUUUUUUGGUUGUUUUUAAAUUUAAAGUUGAGGGUGGGGGGGGGCAAGGGGGAGUGCCAAAAAUAGGACCCGCCCCGGGUGCCAAAUGCUCUAGGUAUGCCCCUGCAAUGUAGAUAUUAGAUUUUUUUUAUUUUUUUUACAGUUCUCUAUCAAAUCUGAACCUGUAUUCAGCCAGACUUAGAAGAGACAUCCAGGGAGAUGGUAAAUAGUCAGGAGUGUUACAGGACCACUAUAGUGCCAGGAAAACAAACUCGUUUUCCUGGCUCUAUAGGGUCUUUAGGUCUCCUCCCACCCUCAGGGUCCCACUCCCGCCGGGCUGAAGGGGGAGGAAGGGGUUAAUCACUUACCUUUCUCCAGCGCCGGGCUCCCUUGGCGCUAAGGAAAUCUUCUUCCUCUUCCGACGUCAGUGCUGAAUGCGCAUGUGCGGCUCUCAUUCAAUCAGUCCAUAGGAAAGAAUUUCUCAAUGCUUUCCUAUGGACGGCAGCGUCUUCUCACUGUGAUUUUCACAGACAACUACUAGAGGCUGGAUUAACUCUGUUUCUCUGAAACUGCUAUGUUUACAGCUGCAGGGUUAAACCUAGAUGGACCUUGCACCCAGACCACUUAAUUGAGCUGAAGUGGUCUGGGUGCCUAUAGGGGUCCUUUAACCACUUAACUAACCAACGUUUUUGAUUGGGGAAAUAAAUAAUGUUAUUUCUACUACUGAAUAUAUAUCUGUUGAGCAUCUGGUUACUCCCCAAGUCUGUGCUGGCAAUAUUUUUUGUUGUACAUCCUUACUUCAUUUGAUAUGAAUAGUACUAAAACUUAAGUUUAGCAUACUGAAAACAACAGAAGUCACCAAAACUAGGCCUUUGUUUUGGAAUAUACACUGCUCAAAAAAAAUUAAGGGAACACUUAAACAACACAAUGUAACUCCAAGUCAAUCACACUUCUGUGAAAUCAAACUGUCCAGGAAACAACACUGAGUGACAAUCAAUUUCACAUGUAAUUGUGCAAAUGGAAUAGACAACAGGUGGUUAUUAUAGGCAAUUAGCAAGACACCCCCAAUAAAGGAGUGGUUCUGCAGGUGGUGACCACAGACCACUUCUCAGUUCCUAUGCUUCCUGGCUGAUGUUUUGGUCACUUUUGAAUGCUGGCAGUGCUUUCACUCUAGUGGUAGCAUGAGACGGAGUCUACAACCCACACAAGUGGCUCAGGUAGUGCAGCUCAUCCAGGAUGGCACAUCAAUGCGAGCUGUGGCAAGAAGGUUUGCUGUGUCUGUCAGCGUAGUGUCCAGAGCAUUGAGGCACUACCAGGAGACAGGCCAGUACAUCAGGAGACGUGGAGGAGGCCGUAGGAGGGCAAUAACCCAGCAGCAGGACCGCUACCUCUGCUUUUGUGCAAGGAGGAAGAAGAGGAGCACUGCCAGAGUCCUGCAAAAUGACCUCCAGCAGGCCACAAAUGUGCAUGUGUCUGCUCAAACAGUCAGAAACAGACUCCAUGAGGGUGGUAUGAGGGCCCGACGUCCACAGGUGGGGGUUUUGCUUACAGCCCAACACCGUGCAGGACGUUUGGCAUUUGCCAGAAAACUAAGAUUGGCAAAUUCGCCACUGGCGCCCUGUGCUCUUCACAGAUGAAAGCAGGUUCACACUGAGCACAUGUGACUGACGUGACAGAGUCUGGAGAUGCCGUGGAGAACGUUCUGCUGCCUGCAACAUCCUCCUUCAUGACCGGUUUGGCAGUGGGUCAGUAAUGGUGUGGGGUGGCAUUUCUUUGGGGGGCCGCACAGCCCUCCAUGUGCUUGCCAGAGGUAGCCUGACUGCCAUUAGGUACCGAGAUGAGAUCCUCAGACCCCUUGUAAGGCCAUUUGCUGGUGCGGUUGGCCCUGGGUUCCUCCUAAUGCAAGACAAUGCUAGACCUCGUGUGGCUGGAGUGUCUCAGCAGUUCCUGCAAGACAAAGGCAUUGAUACCAUGGACUGGCCCACCCGUUCACCAGGCCUGAAUCCAAUUAAGCACAUCUGGUACAUCAUGUCUCGCUCCAUCCACCAACGUCACGUUGCACCACAGACUGUCCAGGAGUUGGCAGAUGCUUUAGUCUAGGUCUGGGAGGAGAUCCCUCAGGAGACCAUCCGCCACCUCAUCAAGAGCAUGCACAAACGUUGUAGGGAGGUCAUACAGGCACCUGGAGGCCACACACACUACUGAGCCUCAUUUUGACUUGUUUUAAGGACAUUACAUCAAAUUUGGAUCAGCCUGUAGUGUGUUUUUCCACUUUAAUUUUGAGUGUGACUCCAAAUCCAGACCUCCAUGGGCUGAAAAAUGUGAUUUCCAUUUUUUUCAUUUUUGUGUGAUUUUGUUGUCCGCACAUUCAACUAUGUAAAGAACAAAGUAUUUCAGAAGAAUAGGAUGUAAAUGUUAUUUUUGUGUUCCCUUUAUUUUUUUGAGCAGUGUAUUAACCCCUUAAGGACUGGACUGUUUUUGCGAUGUUGUACAUUUGCGACCAGGAAUAUUUUUACACUUUUGUGGUGUUUGUGUUUGGCUGUAAUUUUCCGCUUUCUCAUUUACUGUUCCCAUACAAAUUAUAUAUUGUUUUUUUCAGGACAAAAUGGGCUUUCUUUACAUACCAUUAUUUAUAUAAUCUCAUGUAUUUUAAUUUAAAAAAAAUACAAAAAUCUGAUGAAAAAUUGAAAAAAUACAUGUUUUUUGACUUUUACUUGAAAAAUCUUUUACUCAUCUACAAAAGCGAAUGAAAAAAACUGCUAAAUAGAUUCAAAAUUUUGUCCUGAGUUUAAAAAUACCUAGUGUUUACGUGCUUUUUUGCUUUUUUUUGCAUGUUAUAGGGCUAUAGGUACAAGUAGGAUAUUGCGGUUUCAAAACAUACAUUUUUAAAAUUUAUCAAUAGUGACAUUGUAACACUAUUAUCUGUCAUAAAUCUCUGAAUAACACCCCACAUGUACAUAUUUUUUUUAAAGUAGACAACCCAGGGUAUUCAAUAUGGGGUAUGUCCAGUCUUUUUUAGUAGCCACUUAGUCGAAAACACUGGCCAAAGUAAGCAUUCAUAUUUGUUUGUGUGUGAAAAAAGUAAAAAAACUAAAUUGAACGCUAAUUUUGGCCAGUGUUUGUGACCAAGUGGUUACUAAAAAAGACUGGACAUACCCCAUUUGCAAUACCUUGGGUUGUCUUCUUUUGCAAAUGGUAUGCCAUCAUGGGGUAAUUCUCAUUCCUGGGCUACCAUACGCUCUCAAAGGCAACGUAACCAACCUGGCCAUUUUCAAUGUAAAAAUAUUUGACCCAUAUAUUUGACCUUGUAACUUUCAAAAAUGCUAUAAAACCUGUACAUGGGGGGUACUGUUUUACUCGGGAGACAUCGCUGAACACAAAUAUUAGUGUUUAAAAACUGGAAAACGUAUCACAACAAUUAUAUCAUCAGUAAAAGUGCUGUUUGUGUGUGAAAAAUGCAAAAAAAGUAACUUUCACUGACAAUAUCAUCGCUGUGAUAUGUUUUACUGUUGUGAAUCACUAAUAUUUGUGUUCAGCGAAGUCUCCCGAGUAAAACAGUACCCCCCAUGUACAGGUUUUAGGGUGUCGUAGAACGUUACAGGGUAAAAUACAGUGCUAACAAAUUAAAUUCUCUGGAAUUUCGGCCUGGGUUGGCAGGCAGGUCCCUCAAAUUGCAAUCAAUAAAAUUACUGAAUUAUGUAAAAAUAUUACAUAAAUACGCACGUAGAAUUUAAAUAUAUAUGCAUAUUUAUAUAUUUGAAGUCUACGUGUAUAUUUAUAUAAUUAUUUAUGUAAUUUUGUAUAUGGGCAUAUGUAUAUUUCUUAUUAUUUUUAUUUAUUUUUAUAUACAUAGAUAUAUAUACAAAUUCAUUCUAAGUGUAUUUUGAUAUAAAUAUAUAUAUAUUAAUUUUAAAAUACAGUUAGAAUAAAAUUUCAUAUAGCUAUAUAAUUUUUUUUAAAUUUUUUAUUAUUAUUUAAAAAAAAUUUAUUUAAUUUAAAUUACUUAUUAUUUAUAUUUUAUAAUAAUAUAUAUAUACAAUAUAUAUAGUUAUUAUAUAUAUUAUAUAUAUACGUGUGUAAUUUAAUUAUAAGUGUAUUUUUAUAUUAAUAUAAGUACAUAUUAAUAUAAAAAUACACUUAGUAUGGCAUUAUAUAUAUGAUAUAUAGACAUAUAUUAUAUAGAUAUAAUAUAUGUCUAUAUAUCAUAUUUAUACAUAUAUAAUUAUUAUUAUUUUUUUUAUUACCAUUAACUUUAAUUUUUUUUCUGAUUUUACAGUUGCAGGGAGACUGCCUGUCAGCACAGGCAGUCCCCCUGCAGGCAGCACUAUGGACACCUAUGUGACCAUGUGAUCACUGUGUUAAGCGAUCACAUGGCCACAGGGGUCCUAAUCUGCCGUGGGGAGACUGUCUGGGCUGCAGGCAGUCUCCCCACAACCGGAGGAACACUGAUCGCCGCCGGGGGAACGACGGCGAUCAGGUAAGUACCCCCAGACCGUUUGGACGGUUCAGGACCGUCAUCGGUCGGCAAGGGAAAAAUGCCGAUGACGGUCCUGAACCGUCCUCGGUCCUUAAGGGGUUAAUGAAUGUAUUAAUUUUCUUUACUUAAGUUCAAAGUGAACAAGUGAUAAUAUUCAAUAUAAAUACAGCACUCUUUAUAAUUGAGGUUUAGAUUGUUUUUGCGGCAGAUUUAAGUAAAAAUCUGCUGUGAUUUAACCCAUUAACGCCGUUACGGCGUUCUAUGCAGUCCCGCAUUAAGUGGGCUCUAAAGCCGUUGCGGCAUAGAACGCAGUAACGGCUUUGAGCCCCUGGAGGUCCGCAGGUACUCUCCUCCGCCGCGAUCCUCUUCUGGAGGGCUGCCUGAAAGCCCAGGCAGCCCUCCCCUGGCAAAUCAGGCCCCCUAUAGCUGGCUGUAGAUCUGCCAGCAGGGGGACUGUCUGAAAUGUCAGACAGUCCCCCUGCUGGUGGGAAAGUAAAAAAAAUCAUUAAACGUGUUCUAAAAUAAAAUAGAAAUGUGUAUGUGUGUGUGUGUGUGUGUAUGUAUGUAUAUAUAUAUAUAUAUGUAUAUAUAUAUAUAUAUAGUCAUGCAAAGUGUAUUUUAAUAAUAUAAGUACAUAUAUUAGUAUUAAAAUACACUUAGAAUGAUGUUACAUAUAUAAUAUAUAUAUAUUCUAUAUAUAAUAUAUACACAUAUUAUAUAUAUAUACUUAUUACAAUAAUAAAUGAAAUAAAAUAUUGAAACUAAAUUUAAUAUAAAUUAUAUAUCCAUAUGUAAUUUCAUUUUAACUGUAUUUGUUAACUUUGUUAAUAUAUAUAUAUAUAUGUAAAAAACAGAUAAAAUUCUUAUCUUGUAAUAUCUGUUUUUUAUAUAUAUAUAUAUAUAUGUAACAAAUACACUUAGAAUGACUCUCUCUCUCUCUCUCUCUCUCUCUCUCUCUCUCUCUCUCUCUCUCUCUCUCUCUCUCUCAUAUAAUUACAUUAGUAUACAUGUAGAAUUUAAAUACCUAUAAAUACAUAUAUAUUAAAAUUCUACAUGUAUAUUUAAGUAAUCUUUUAACAUAAUUAUGUGAUUUGAUUAAUUAAAAUUUGAUUGGCAUGCCUGACAACACAGGGAGAAAGUGCAGAGAAUUUAAUUCGCAAGCACUAUAUUUGACCCUGUAACUCUCCAAGACACCAUAAAACCUGUACAUAGGGGGUACUGUUUUAUUCAGGAGACUUCGCUGAACUAAAAUAUUAGUGUUUCAAACUGGUAAAUUGUAUUACAAACGAUGAUAUUUUAAGUAAAAGUUACGUUUUUUGAAUUUUUUUUACAAACGAACGGCACCUUUAUGGACUAUAUUGUUGUAAUAUGUUUUACUGUUUUAAAACACUAAUAUUUGUGUUUAUUGAAGUCUCCCGAGAAUAACAGUACCCCCCAUGUACAGGUUUUAUGGAGUUUUGGAAAGUUAGAGAGUCACAUAUAAGGCUUGCAUUUCAUUUUUUUUUACAUUGAAAUUUGCCAGAUUGGUUAUGUUGUCUUUGAGAGCGUAUGGUAGCCCAGGAAUGAGAAUUACCCCCAUGAUGGCAUACCAUUUGCAAAAGUAGACAACCCAAGGUAUUGUAAGUGGGGUAUGUCCAGUCUUUCUUAGUAGCCACUUAGUCACAAACACUGGCCAAAUAUUAGUUUUUUGCUUUUUUCACACAAAAACAAAUAUGAACGCUAACUUUGGCCAGUGUUUGUGACUAAGUGGCUACUAAAAAAAGACUAAACAUACCCCACUUUCAAUACCUUGGGUUGUCUACUUUUUCAAAUGGUAUGCCAUUAUGGGGGUAAUUCUCAUUCCUGGGCUACCACACCGUCUCAAAGGUAAUAUUACUAAUCUGGCAAAUUUCAAUUUGAAAAUGGAACGUUCUAUAUUUGACCCUGUAACUUUCCAAACAUCAUAAAAUCUGUUAAUGGGUGGUACUGUUGUACUCGUGAGACAUCGCUGAUUACAAAUAUGUGCAUUUUUUUGCAGUAAAACCGUAUUAUGACAUUCACAGCUAAAAUGUCAGACGGAAAUACAAAUUUAAAAAUAAAUCUUAUUUUCUCACUUUUUUUUAAAAUUUUAUUCAUAAUAAAUUAUGUUCCAUAUAUGAAUAGUUAAUGAUAAAUUAAACCCUUGUUUCUCCUGAACAAAAUUAUAUAUAGGUAAUAGGAGUAGGUGAUGUGUAGAGUCUCACAAGGGGAAACCAACGUCAGGAGAGCUGUCCCUACUGAUUUAUUUAUAACUUUAGUAGGGACAGUUGGUUCAGGUAGACACUAGUGGUUAGACCACGGUGUAGAGGUAACUUUUAGGGUGAAUUGAGAGAUUUAUUUAAUUAUUUUUUGUGAGAGGCUUUUCAUCUGCGUUUAGACCUGAUUACCCGGUCCCUUGUUCUCCGGGGACCCUGUGCUUCUUCUCUCUCCCUAACCUCGUUUCCACUAUCUUCCUGUCAGUCAGACACUAGGGGAACUGGAACUUAGAUGCUAGCUAGUACUCCAGACAAUUGAUCCCCUGGGCACCGUUUAGUAGAUCUCCCUUUUUUUCAAGUUAUACUUUGUUUGCAGAUCCUUUUUAUCCUUAGAUUGAUUAAAGGUAGGGCCUCCCUUCCUCAUUUCUUAUACUAUGGAGGUCUCCUGAUGUUGGUUUCCCCUUGUGGGACUCUACACAUCACCUACUCCUAUUACCUACAUAUUUUGGAGGGUUACCCCCUCAUCCGAGCUCCCUAUUAGGUGGUUACAGUGGUGCAGCUCAUGAGCCCUUGACUUGUAUCCGUACUCCUGACCUGCACUCUGUUUACUUUAUUUCUCCAUUUUGUGUUUCAAAAUGAUAUAUAAUAAGUGUGGGUGCACUUAAUGUGACACCGGUGAAUUACGGUUGAACAGACAUAUAGCGCAAAUUCCAGUUUUUGUUUAAGUUUUGAACGUGCACUAUUGACUCCGUCCUGAAGGGGUUAAAAUACUUCAAAUUUUGUUGUGUUUAAUACACACCAUGGGAAAGACUAUACCUAACAAAUGUCUUUUUAUUCUUACAGGAGACGUCUCCCCACCAUUGUAGUCAAGCUAAGAAUGGCACAAAACCUAAAGACUGCUAUCACAUUUAUUGAACAAGGACGUAUCCUUUUUAUUUUUUGUUUUCCAACGUGCUAUUCAAAAGUUAUUGCUGAACAAUGUUUCUCUUUAGUUCCCCUGCUUUGGUAUAGUUAUUACGGUUUAGUUAUAAUUGUGGUUCUGAUAUAGACAAAGUACACACCCCGAUAGUGAAUUAGGGAUCUCCGGGGUGACUAGGACUGGAUGAGUGUGAUAGGGCAAGGAAAUGAAUGAGACAGGGUUAGGGGGGUGAGUGUGGCAGAAUGAGGAAGGGCAAGCGUAACACAGUUGGAUGAGGGAGUGUUACAGGGUGAGGGGAGGUAAGUGUGACAGCAUUAGGGGGUAAAUGUGACAGGGUGAAUGUGGUAUGGUUGGAGGCCACAAGGCCUUAGGCGGCCGCCUAAAUUGCCUAAUUAGACAGCCACCUCUGGGCUGGGCCGCCAAAACAUUCAUUGUGGGCUGCAAGUUUGACAUGCUUGUUAUAGACUGUUGCUAAGGUUCGUAAGGUUAAUGUUGUGCAUAAAAAGGGUUAUUCAUUAUUGGGAUAAAAAUGUAAUUUUGCCUCUUUAUAAAUCAAUGGUAAGACCACACCUUGAAUAUGUGGUGCUAUUUUUGGCACCUUAUCUUAGGAAGGGUAUUAUGGCACUAGAAAAAGUGGGCCUAAAAAUUAAUAAAAUUGUAGUAAUGGGGAAAAAAAAUCAUUGCUUACUUUAUACAAUCUGCAGAGGGGAUAUAAUAUUUUACAAAUAUUUUUGGGGCCAAUACAAACCAUUGUUUGGAAGUUUACUCAUAAGCAGGACUAUACAUAAGACACAAGGUCACGCAUUUAGAAAGGAGAUGUAGUCCAAAGCAAAUAGACUAAAGGACUUCUUGUCCGCUAAUGGAUGCUGGACCAACUCAUGCUCUGCAUGAUGACAUCCAGCGUUUGCUAUUUUCCCCAUUGGAAAGCAUUGAUUCAGUGCUUUCAUAUGGGGAGGCCUAAUGCGCUUGCUGAGGCAGAGCGGCGACCCAGUGCUGCGGGACAUCAGCGCAGGGGUAAGGUAAGUAAAGUGUUUUUAACCCCUUGUUCACGUUAUAGGUGGGAGGGGUGGGUGGGCGGAGGCCGAGGGAGCUAUAGUGCCAGGAAUACAGCUUUGUAUUCCUGGUACUUCUAGUAUGCCUUUAACCUGUCCUUUGAUUGUCUCACAGCCAUGUCCUUAUGUGCCAACAGUAAUCAAGUCCAGGAGAAAUUUGCUCACAGUUAGUAUAAUCAGGAGACUGGCCCAGUGAACUUGAACCUACUGUGGCCGGUGCCCUCGCUGUACAAUGGACAUUUUAUAUUUACUCUGCUGUAUCCCAGCUAGGGAAAUAUGUUUUACCCUGACCAAUCAAAGAGUGAAAGUCACAAGUACUCUGCACCGCCAUGGGCUCUUAUUAUUACCAUAAGUGCAGCACUUAUUAAAUAAACUUUAGUAUAGGCUACGUUUUAAUAUCAUAUGCUACCCAGCACUUAGAAUUAGGUACACCUUUCCUGUUAAAACCUCAUAUACAUUUGUUCUCAUUCCAGAUGACUGCUGGAAAAAUAGGAGGAAAAAAACAUGGAGUCAAAAUAUUAGAGAUGAAAUAUUAAUCUAUAUGAAAGUGCCAGAAAAUUGUGCCAGAGUUAUUAAUACUUCUUGUUAAGCUUCUUGGUUACCUUUAAUAUCUUGAAAUGUAAUUUAAAUAGUGAGGAAAGCAACCUUCAUGCAUAACUGAUAUUUGAUGAAAGAAGAAAUCUGAACCUAGAUUAGACCAUGCCAUUGCUGUGAUGAAUGAAUCCUUUCAGUGCCAAUCUGUUAUUUCACAGUAAGCUUUUAUGAAAGGCUAACAUUUUCUUUUCAUAAUAACUUUAACUCUCUUUUACACAAAAAAAAAUAUUUCUGUGGUAUUUAGUUUGUGAACAAAAAGAGAAAAAUCUCCCUCAAUCACUUUAGGAGCAAGGCCUAACUUAAAACCAGUUGUCCAAUAUACUCUCUUAUACGUUGAGUGGUAAAGGACUCUUUCACAAAUAGCCAUCUCACCUAGACCUCAGUACCCUCCUAAAAAUCCUGCUCCCUACCUUCAGUAAAGUAUAUUCCACAUUCCUCUCAUAAAAUUCUCCGUUUGCCUAUAGUCAUCCUUAAUUACAGUCAAGCCAUCGAACUCCUCAAAGUGGUACUGUCAAGGUACUACAACUGCGUCAUAACAUUUAAGCGGUUUCAGUGCGUGGAGUCUGCUGGUGAUGUCCUUCUAUACAGUGUUAAACCAUUUUUAAUGGUUUUAUUCUAAACGAGAGUAUAAACCAAAACCCACUGUGCUGCUUGAGGAAGCAUUAGCAGUGGUGAUUGGUUGAGUGUCAGCUGACUGUUGGGCCUAACACAGCUGGUUUUGAAUUGGCAUGACUAAGGGAGCAUGUAUUCUCUGUCUUAACCCUACCUUCAUUGGGAACAAGGCUGUGGGUAACAAGGGGACCCAUAUUUAGUAUUAAACUUCUCAAAAAUAGUUUAUUACUGAAUGGAGGGACUGCACCAGUGGACUCUAGGCAGCAUAACCAAUUUAAUUAUAUGAAUUGGUUAUAGUGCCUAUGGUAUCCUUUUCAUAAACUGUAACCCUGAGGUACUCUACCACUUUAUUGUCCAAUUUUCUAUCCUAUACAAGAAGAAUAUUUUCAUCUAAACCAACUGCUUUCAGUUUGCUAAUGCAACAUUGUGAUUUAUGUUUCAACUAAAUUCUUUAUAGAAAGCUGCGCCAAUCAGCAUCUCCUCAUAGAGAUGCAUUGAAUCAGUGCAUCUCCAUGCAGAGCAUCGGGAGACACUGAACGUCAGUGCUGCACACUGUGCAGCACGAACACAGGAAGCACCUCUAGUGGCUGAGUUCUCUGGCAGUGUUUACAUUGACUCUUGCAGGGACAUGAUGUAGGCACCAGAACAACUACAUUAAGCUGGUGACUAUAGUGACCCUUUAAAAAAAGGUUCAAAAUCUUAAACUUAAAGACAGGUGCCACAACUGCUUGAUUACUAAAAGAUUAAAACCUGUGGUUUGAAUAUUUCUACUCUUAGCUCCCUAAGUUCUCAUGGGAAUACCAUCUUGCUCACAAGCUUUGCUUACAUUAACAAGACCCUGUAGUCGCCAAAACAACUUUAGCUUAAAGGACCACUAUAGUGCCAGGAAAACAUACUUGUUUUCCUGGCACUAUAGUGCCCUGAGGGUGCCCCCACCCUCAGGGUCCCCCUCCCGCCCGGCUCUGGAAAGGGGUUAAAACUUACCUUUUUCCAGUGCUGGGCGGGGAGCUCUCCUCCUCCGUUGCUCCUCCUGGGCUGAAUGCGCACGCGCGGCAAGAGCUGCAUGCGCAUUCAGCCGGUCACAUAGGAAAGCAUUCAUAAUGCUUUCCUAUGGACGCUGGCGUGCUCUCACUGUGAAAAUCACAGUGAGAAGCACGCAAGCGCCUCUAGUGGCUGUCAAUGAGACAGCCACUAGAGGAAAUAGGGGGAAGGCUUAACCCAUUCAUAAACAUAGCAGUUUCUCUGAAACUGCUAUGUUUAUGAAAAAAUGGGUUAAACCUAGCUGGACCUGGCACCCAGACCACUUCAUUAAGCUGAAGUGGUCUGGGUGCCUAGAGUGGUCCUUUAAUGAAGCAUUUUCUGUGUAUAGAGCAUGCCCCUGAAGUCCCACUGCUCAAUGCUAUGCCAUUUAAGAGUUAAAUUACUUCUGUUUCUGUUUAUGCAGCCCUAGCCACAUAGCCUGUAUUAAAAAAAUAUAUAUAUUUUUUGAUAUUCACUUACUUUAGUUUUUUUCUCCUGCUCUGUAAAUUGAACUUUAAUCACACACAGGAGGAUCCUGCAAGGUCUAGCAAGCUAUUAACCGUGCACAAAAUAAGAAAUUCUAAAUAAAACUGAAUUUGCAAUAUUGGAAGAGUAAAUAUUAGAUCUCCAUUUACAGGAAGUGUUUAAGAAGACUGUACAAGUCAUAUAUAAAAAAUGACUUGGGAGUGUGGACUCCCAAGUGUAUUUGUAAACUGCUCAAACUGGCGAUUUUUGGGAUUUUUUCUGAGUGAUUUAUCUCUAUUAGUGUUAUUUAGAGUAUAACUAGAGUAAGAUGUGUGAGGGUUAUAUAAUGUUGCUUCCUUAUAAGAUAGUAUCCUUGACUCUCUCUAUAAAAUAUGUAACCAAUAGCAAGUUGGAAGGAAAGCGCAAACAUUCUUUAUAUAUAUAUAUAUAUAUAUAUAUAUAGUUCUUACACAUAAAUAUGAAAAAAAUAACACAUGUAUUCUUGUUGUAUCACAAAAUGUCUAUACACAAACUAGAGGGUAAUUGAUAAAACAUAUUUUUAAAAGAAAAUAAAUUAAUUGCUGGUACCGUUGUAAUAAAGUUCAGAGUGUGCACACUUAUGUUAUAAAAAAUAAAAGUCCGACUUAUGAAGAAAGAGAAUAUGAAGAAAGGGGCUAUGUGCCCAGUGGUUUUGUUGUUCUCUGGUACUUAUGUAGGUUUGUAGGUAGAUAGCCCGGUAUGUAUGCAAGUCUUCUAUGGCUGGAACAAUAAAAUGUGGACUAGAUGUCCACUAAGUCCGUUGGCGUGUAAACGUACAGAUAGUCUGGGUGUGGAAUAAAGAUUUCUCUAUAUAGGAUGGUAUAGUUACUGUGGAGAUGCUGGUAUACAGGUACAUGAGCUACUAGGGAGCACCUCCCUUUGUCUAAACGUCACCUUGAUCGGGCACGCUCGGGCAGCUAGAGCAAAUACGGUGGCUUUCUGGAUAUCCCUAUUUUGGUAUGUAGUUCGGUAUUCAUUCAAAUCCUAUACGUUUCUGAAUUCUGAGCUUACUUUCUCAGGGAAUAUUGAUGAAUAGCGAGUAGUGAGAAGCAUUUCUUAUAUAUGUCUCCGGUCUUGAUUUUCAUUUGUUGCAUCUGUGGAGGUGAACUAGAUUCCAAGUAUACAGCAAUCAUAUUGUGUAUUACAAAAAGUAUCACUAACUUUGUGUAUAACCAUUUUUUGAUACAAUAAGACCAAUAAAUGUUAUUUGUUAAAAUUUAUGUGUAAGGACUAAGUAUAUCUAUAUAUAUUACGUUUGCGCUUUCUUUCCAGCUUGCUAUUGUGCAAGUCAUAUGCAGGAAGUUGCAGCUAGAUUUGUAUAAACAAAGGGAUUUAACUUGAGCUGUGAGACUGCAGUGGCACUAUCUCUACUCAAACUUAAAAACUGCUUCUUUAACCCCAUGUCAUAAUUCCCUUUUAUUCCAGAAGUUUGCUCCUUAAGGGGUUAAGUUAGUUAUUUUGGUGACUAUAGUGUCCUUUUAAUUUUAUUUAUUUGAUGUAGCACUUUGUCCUGUAUCAACCUACCUCCUGUCAUGUUUAAUACAGCAUGGAAGAACAUAAAAUAAGAGAUUGGGCAGUUUAAUGGCAUAUGUGGUUGCGCAAAGAAUAUUGCUAAUUACAUUUUUGAGGAAGUACAAUAAACAUUGUAUCUGCUAGAUAAUUUUAGGAGUGGAAGCAUACUAAAGCACACCAGGCACACAUUUUUUGGCUGAUUAGUUAGGGACUGCCUCAGUAAAGUACUCUUAUCGUACAUUUCAUGUGACUUAUAACCAUUACAGUUGUUUACUAUGUAUUGAUAUCCAUAUUCUCCCUAAAGUUAUCUGAAAUAGUCCAGUGGGAGUGAUGUUUUUUUUAUGUGUUUAUAAUGAUUUACUACAUCUAAAAAAUACAAUUAAAGGGACUCUAUAGUCACCAGAACAACUACAGCUUAAUGUAGUUGUUCUGGUGAGUAUAAUGGCUCCCUUCAGCCAUUUUCAUGUAAACAUUGCCCCUAGGGACACCUCCAGUGGCCACUCUUUAGAUGGCUCAGGGCUGCUGAAUUUUCCCUCAUAGAGAUGCAUUGAUUUAAUGCAUCUCUAUGAGGAGGUGCUGAUUGGCCAAAACGGUGUUUGGCCCCCACCCCCUUGCUGAUUUUAGCCAAUCCAAUGCUUCCCCAUGGGAAAGCAUUGGAUUGGCAAAAAAUCUGCAAUUUUGAUGUCACGAAGGGGGUGGAGCCAGCAGCAGCAGACCCGUGGAGAGCUGUAAAUAAGGUGAGUUUAAACCGGGCUGAGGGGGAGGGGGCAAGCCACCUAAAUGGUGGGUUUUCACUAUAGGGUCAGGAAUACAUGUUUGUGUUCCUGACCCUAUAGUGAUUCUUUAAAGGGACACUAUAGUCACCAGAACAAGUACAGUUCAAUGUAGUUGUGCUGGUGAGCAUAACCUGUCCCUGCAGGCUUUAAGUAAACACUGCCUUUUCAGUAUUUACAUUGCUGCCUAGGAUCACCUCUAGUGAAAGUCACUCAGAUAGCCACUAGAGGGACUUCCUGGGGCAGUGCUGCACAGUGUGCAGCACUGACGUUCAACGUCUCCACGCUCUGCAUAGAGGAGCUGAACACUCUCUUGAUACAAUGCAUCUCUAAGAGGAGAUGUUGAUUGGCGCAGUGCUGUGUUUUGCUGCGCAUGUGCAAUAGCCUCCAUAUGCUUUCCUAUGGGAAAGCAUUGAAUUGGCUGAGAUUGUCAAAUUUGAUGAUCUCAGCCAAGGAGAAGGGGCUAACUGCGAAAAGACUGUCACGGCGCUGGGAAAAAAAGGAAAGUAAAAAUCACCUUUUUACAGGGGCAAGGGAGAUGGAUACCUAAAUAGCGCAUUUAAAACUAUUGUAUCACUGACACUAUAGUGUUCCUUUAAUAAGCCUGAAUCCGCAUUUGAUAUGUGCCACAUAUGACCAUGUGCCAUAAACUCUGGCAAGCAGAGAUUUGAAAUAUUUGCUUCAGCAACAUUGUAUGAAUUAAAUCUGAUGAGUAGAGCUGUCAAAUAAGCACACAUGUGAUUGCUUUCUUGUAUCAUAUCCUACAAAAUGAGCAUAGGUUUAGGUGCAAGAUUGGAAAUUAGACCAAAAUAGAUUAUGUGGGAAAAAGUACUCAGCUGAAACAUAGUUACAGCUUAUUUUAGCCAGAAAGCCUUGGGUAUUCACUUGACCAUAAUUUACAGUAAAGUGAAAAAACUCUACUGAAUUAUUGAAAAAAUUGUUAACUAUCUGGACUUCAAUGGAAAAUUGCAGGUUUUAUGCUUACUAGUUGAUUUCUGUCUGUUAUAUUUGUGUUUAAGCUAGUUUGCCCCCCCCCCUUUUUUUUUUUUUUUUUACAAUUACAAAGUAAAAUCACAAGAAUUCACAAUUCAGUGAAAAACCCUCAUAGCCAUUCACAAAUUACAGUCAUACCUUUUAAACAUUACAUGCAGGUGCUAAGAUAGAACUGCUACUAUGCCACCUAUUAAUAACUCCAGGGCCUAUAACCUGCCUGUGUACCUCCGUGACACUGCAAAAAAUGCUAAGUUUUCACAAGUGACAAAGACUCCCCCAGGUGACAUGUCAUCAUGCAUGUUUUCAUUUAAAAGAAGAGUAAAAAAAGGGAGAUCAACAUUUCUUCCUUCCUUUUUUUUUUGCUUGUGGGCUUGUUAUUUAGCUCCUGGUAGAUGCAUUUUCUUUGUAUUCUUGCAUAUAAGCAAUAAUACGAAACACAACAUAUAGGUUUUCAUUUAAAAUAAAUAAAUAAAUAAAUAAAGGAGGCACUGCUCCUUCAGUAUUGGGGAGACAAAGGCGUGAUUUCUUUAUUUUUAAUACACCUUCCAACCCUACAUGGAAUGUGGCUAUUAAGACUGAUGGAUAGUAACGCCUUCAUGACUAGCAAUGUACAGGGUAUGUCAUGGUGAAUAAGUGAUCAAUAACGUACACUGCACGUAGGAGGUUAAAGGUGAGACAUAGCAGAAAGAUCUCUCUGGAGAUGCCCUCAAGCAAGCCUUUUGUUGGCAGUCAAACUGUUGGGUUUUCAAUUUAAGCAAUUGUGACAUGUACUGUUUCUGGAAGUCUUAGUACUUAGGCUGUCAAGUAAAAGUAUCUGGUUUUCACAGUUAACCUAUGCCAGUUUCAAUCACAGCAUUCUAUGUCAUGAUUGAAGGCUUAGGCUUUAUAUGUGCAUCCCUGGGUCAAUUGUCAAAGGACUGUCAGCUAAAGCUAUAUGAUGACUGGUAAAUGUGUAAAUAUGGUUUAAAAUAAAAUACAACCAAACAAAUGUAUCCAAUAAAACACUAAUAACACAUACUAUAAAUGAAAAUACACAAACUAAACCCACCAGUCAAAGCAAGUGUGUAUAUAAUGCAAUGAACAUUGAUACCAGGAGAACAAAUGUGCCUGCAAUAACACUCUGAACUAAAUUCCAAAUUGUGUACAUUUCAGAUACGUUUAGUAAUAUUUUUCGGUUAAAGUCCUUUAAACACAAACUUUUCCUUCAGGUUCUCCUUGCUAUCCUCCUUCAAAAUGUAGCAAAAAGCAUUUGAACAUUUAACACACAAUAGAUACAAUUAUAAACGCACGUUUUUACACUUUGCUUCACCGGAAUCUCAGGGAGUUGUUCUCAGACAGCUAGUGAUAUUCUGCUGUGCCAAUGAAAUUACCCAUCCACUUAGGCUUUUAGGCAGUCAUGAAGAAACUGUACCAUUAAAAAACUAAACAAGUUUUUUUUGCCAUUUCUAUAAAAAAAAAGAAAAUAGUACGCAAUAAAAAAACAUAAAUUAGGGAAUAUUCUUCUUGAUAUUUUAGAAUGGCUUUUAUGAUUUAUUAUCCUAUUAGAUAAUGUUUUUUUGUCCAUGUAGUACAUCUUGAAAAUCCAGCAUAUAUAGACAUUUUCCAGUUGUAUAAAAUCUUUAUUUCUAUCUCUUAGUGACAUAUGUUCUUCAACACUUUCUUUACAGAUGGUUACUUUUUGUUAUCUGCAUUGUGGAGAACAGUCAUACACCUAAUUUACUUUUCUGUAAAGCAUUACAAGGAAGGAUCAGAUUAUAGGAUCUCUAACAUUUGAUGUCACACACAGUGAGGAAGUUUGCCGAGAGGCACUGGCGCUAAUUCAUUGUUAAAUGCAAACAUGUCUUCACGUAAUUUGUGAGGGUAACUUGCUGAAAAAUACCGUAUAUACUCGAAUAAAAGACGAGUUUUUCGGCACAUUUUUUGUGCUGAAAACCCCCCACUCGUCUUAUACUCGAGUCAAUGUCUGUAUUAUGGCAACUUACUUUGCCAUAAUACAGACCAGGACCGCCGGCCGUCCUGUUGGGGGCUGGCAGCGAGCUGUAACUUACCUUUCCUGCAGAUCCUGUCAGCUCCCUUCUCUCUCCUCUGGUCCGGUCAGCUCCCCUGCAAGUCUCGCAAGAGCCGCGGGGUCAGAGCGUUGCCACGCGUUACCGUGGCAACGCUCCGCGCGGCAUUGGAGCUGACCGGACCGGAGGAGAGAGAAGGGAGCUGCAGGUAAACACUUCCUGCCAGCCCCCAUCCUACACAGCCCAUCCUCUGGAACACCAGGGAAUGAGAGCCCCACCACCCUGGCCAGGUAUUAAGCAGGGAGGGGGGGACAAAAAAAUUACAUAAUAAUUUAAAUAAUACAAAAUAACAUAAAAAUAUUAAUAAUAUUUUAAAAAAAAAUUAAAUAUUAAAAAAAAAAUUAAAAUAAUAAUAAAAAUGCCCACCCCCCACCAAGGCUCUGUAUCACAUACACAUACACACACUGCACUCAUACACACACACACACACACACACUGCAUUCAUUAUAUACAUACACUGUAAAUAAAUAUUAAAUUAAUAUAAUUUUUUGUGGAUCUAAUUUUAUUUAGAAAUUUACCAGAAGCUGCUGCAUUUCCCACCCUAGUCAAAAAGUUUUCCCAGUUUUUUGUGUGUAAAAUUAGGGGUCUCGACUUAUAUUUGGGUCGACUUAUACUCGGGUAUAUACGGUACAUUUAUAUGCAAUCAGUACAAAAGCAUAUAUGUGCAGGUGUGAAACAACCUAGUACCUAAGCAAUUCCUAUAGUUUCUAUUGGUUACCUUAACUUCUCUUACCAGAUAUUCGUGUAGGCCCAGAAGUAAUAACAGAUCCAGCAUUCCUGGUGACAAGGUAAGGGUAAUUUAUGUGCAUGUAUAAAUGAAUCACUGUCUAAUGAAUUAAUCUAAUAACAGUACAAAAAGGAAAGUGUGUGUGUUUUGUUAUACAUUAUCUAUCCAUCCAUCCAUCCAUCCAUCCAAUGUCGUCUUCUUCAAACAUCUUUUUGUACUAGAUUAGUUGUUACCCCCUCAGUAUUAUCAUUAGGAAGCGGGGCUGACCAGAGACUUGAGGACACCUAGCCACCUGUGGGGAAGUGGGCAUACUUUUUUGGGAAGGUGGAUAGUGGCAUGUAAAUGGCUCUGUCACAUCACUUACCUUCUAUUGUUUCCUUUUUUUUUUUUCUUCAUUUAUGAUCGAAUUCUCUUUAAAAGCUAAGACAAAAUAAGGACUACUUACUGUUGUAUGCAUUUUUUUCUACACUUGAUAAUCUUCACAUAGGGUAGAGCUUAAGGGAAGUUCCACACCCCUGGUCAAUAUGUGUCUGUAGUAGGAAAAAUUAAUACGACAAAGUAGUCCUUACUUUGUGUUUUAUUUUAAAGAGAAACAGAUGAGACAUGUAUGCUUUGCUCUGUCCUUCUUUUCCAUCAGCCCUGCAAUCUUCUGAUGCAGAGAGGCAGCGCAGGGGAGGUGAGGCUGCAGUAUGUCUCACAACUUUGAGAGGGUAGAGCCCAGGCCGACCUUCAUGCCUGAAGCCACCAUGUAGAAAGGGAGGUAGUUACUAAAUGUGUGUGUUUACAGACCCACUCUCCACAUAAAGCUAUAUAUAGGCACUUCCACAUGCAUAUCUUUAGAAAGAAGCAACACACCACACACAUUUACAUAUGACUUGGCACAAACAAAGACAUGAAAUUUAAAAAAAAAGCUGCUCUCCUCUCACCCCACACAACACUGAACCCCUAUCCUAACCCACAACUCUCACACACACACACACUUCUUAUAUCCCUUAAACACAGGGCCAGACUGGGAACUAAAAGCAGCCCUGGAAAAAAAUUAUUUACUAGCCCAAUAAUGCAUCACAUCAGCAUAGUGUGCUGAUACAGAGUUAGCAAAGAUAAUUUUUUAAUUUUAAGUUAUUACUCCAAUGUGAAAAAAAGCACUCGUGGGCUUCAAAAUGAACAAAAGUGCAGAUUUAUUUUAAGCAGAUGUGCCUUUGCAUGUAAUCAAUGUUUCAGUCCAACUACCUUGACGUAUUAAGGAAAGUUUGGUAAUGGGAUUGAAAUGGUGAAUGUGUGUAGUGCACAACUGUAAAAAAAAAUUACGUUAUCUUGUUUAUUUGUCCUGUGGGUGCACUCUUCAUUUUAAAUAUGUUAUUGUGCUGGAGUAUGCACCUAGCAACAAGACUGGGCCAAUGUCUGCUCAUUACAGUUGCAAGAAAAAGUAUGAGAACCCUUUGGAAUGAUAUGGAUUUCUGCACAAAUUGGUCAUAAAAUGUGAUCAUCAUCUAAGUCACAACAAUAGACAAUCACAGUCUACUUAAACUAAUAACACAUAAAGAAUGAAAUGUUGCCAUGUUUUUAUUGAACACACCAUGUAAACAUUCACAGUGCAGGUGGAAAAAGUAUGUGAACCCCUAGACUAAUGACAUCUCCAAGAGCUAAUUGGAGUGAGAUGUUAGCCAACUGGAGUCCAAUCAAUGAGAUGAGAUUGGAGGUGUUGGUUACAGCUGCCCUGCCCUAUAAAAAACACACACCGGUUCUGGGUUUGCUUUUCACAAGAAGCAUUGCCUGAUGUGAAUGAUGCCUCGCACAAAAGAGCUCUCAGAAGACCUACGAUUAAGAAUUGUUGACUUGCAUAAAGCUGGAAAGGGUUAUAAAAGUAUCUCCAAAAGCCUUGCUGUUCAUCAGUCCACGGUAAGACAAAUGGUCUAUAAAUGGAGAAAGUUCAGCACUGCUGCUACUCUCCCUAGGAGUGGCCAUCCUGUAAAGAUGACUGCAAGAGCUCAGCGCAGACUGCUCAAUGAGGUGAAGAAGAAUCCUAGAGCGUCAGCUAAAGACUUACAAAAGUCACUGGCUAAUGCUAACAUCCCUGUUAGCAAAUCUACAAUACGUAAAACACUAAACAAGAAUGGAUUUCAUGGGAGGAUACCACAGAGGAAGCCACUGCUGUCCAAACAAAACAUUGCUGCAUGUUUACAGUUUGCACAAGAGCACCUGGAUGUUCCACAGCAGUACCAGCAGUACUGGCAAAAUAUUCUGUGGACAGAUGAAACCAAAGUUGAGUUGUUUGGAAGAAACACACAACACUAUGUGUGGCGAAAAAAAGGCACAGCACACCAACAUCAAAACCUCAUCCCAGCUGUGAAGUAUGGUGGUGGGGGCAUCAUAGUUUGGGGCUGCUUUGCUGCUUCAGGGCCUGGAUGGAUUGCUAUCAUCGAAGGAAAAAUUAAUUCUCAAGUUUAUCAAGACAUUUUGCAGGAGAACUUAAGGCCAUCUGUCUACCAGCUGAAGCUCAACAGAAGAUGGGUGUUGCAACAGGACAAUGGCCCAAAGCAUAGAAGUAAAUCAACAGAAUGGCUUAAACAGAAGAAAAUACUUCUUCUGAAGUGCCCCAGUCAGAGUCCUGACCUCAACCCGAUUGAGAUGCUGUGGCAUGACCUCAAGAAAGCGAUUCACACCAGACAUCCCAAGAAUAUUGCUUAACUGAAACAGUUCUGUAUAGAGGAAUUGUCAAGAAUUACUCCUGACCGUUGUGCACGUCUGAUCUGCAACUACAGGAAACGUUUGGUUGAAGUUAAUGCUGCCAAAGGAGGUUCAACCAGUUAUUAAAUCCAAGAGUUCACAUACUUUUUCCACCUGCACUGUGAAUGUUUACAUGGUGUGUUCAAUAAAAACAUGGCAACAUUUCAUUCUUUGUGUGUUAUUAGUUUAAGUAGACUGUGAUUGUCUAUUGUUGUGACUUAGAUGAUCAGAUCACAUUUUAUGACCAAUUUGUGCAGAAAUCCAUAUCAUUCCAAAGGGUUCACAUACUUUUUCUUGCAACUGCACAUAUGUUGCAUAUUAAUGACAUUACCCUGUGUAUUAUGCAUAUAUAAAUGUACAUUGAUAUGUGUAAAUAUACGCAUAAUUAUAUAUAUAUAUAUAUAUAUAUAUAUAUAUAUAUAUAUAUCCCAUAUGUGUCUCCUUCUACCCCCAGCCCCUCUGUGUGCCUCUUUGUCUCUCCCCAGUCCCUCUGUAUGUUUUUCUCACCCUCACUGCUCCUCUGUGUCCAUGUCUCUCCUCUCCUUCCCAGUCUCUCUCUUUUUCCCUUCCCCCCUGUUUUUCCCCCCCUCUGCCUCUCUCCUGUCUUCCCCUCCUCUGUCUGUCUCUUUCCCUCUGUCUUUCUCCCUCCUUUCCCUGUUUCUCUUCCCCUCUGACUUUCUCCUCCCACCACCUUCUCUCUAUUCCACCUCUUUCUCCCCGUGUCUCACUCUUCCCCCUCUGUCUCUUUCUCCCUCCUUUCCUUGUCACCCUCUCUCCCCCUUCUGUCUCUUUCCUUCAUCUCUGUCUCUCUCUAUUCUCCCACUGUCUUUCUUCCCUCUUCCCCGUGUGUCUCUAUUCCCUCUCUCUGUCUUUCUCCCCCUUCCCUUGUGUCUCUCUAUUGCCUUUCUGUCUCUUUCUUCCCCUUCACCAAAAGAAGUCAGAGGGGCCGGCCGCAAUCCACGCUGGUGCCUCCGGGCAGGUGGUCGGUCGCCUUGCCGGUCCGGCGGCACACUAAUGCUGACAACAGCGAGCUGUCCGCAUAGGAGAACUGAAGGAGGGAGCAUGUCUCUCUAUCAUGCUCACUCGCGGUUCCCACAACUCCCAGCACAGUAAGAUGUGGCUGUGCUGGGAAUUGUGGGAACCGCAAGGCAGGGGCAGAUCCAGAGCCAGAUGUCAGGAGGGGACAUAAUCCAGGCACAAUAACCACUAUAGCUCAACUGCAAGCUGAGCUCCCGGGUACUCGCUCCCUCCCCUGCCAGCAACAAAAAAGAACAAGGUUAAGAUUUUAUUUCUACGUUGGCUUCAUUGUAAAAAAUUUACAGAAAAAGAUAUAGCAGAUGCAACUGUGUAGCUGCCACAUAUUGCAUAUCAACUUUAACUUUGAGAAAGUUUCAAGAAGAGUUGCUAAAAUUAUAGAUCUGCAUAUGGGAGUUCAGAGUUUGUGUAUGUGUGUAUAAAUAUUAGGCUGACCAAGGAGGCAUUCGUGGGGUAUGUUUCACAACUUUGAAACAAGGUAGCCUUCAUACCUCCUAGCUUUAAGGGGUUAUGUAAGCAAAAUGGGAAACCAUUUUUAAAAACAUUUUAACACCAGUGGCUUCACCAGCAAUGCCCAUAAUGGGGUUCUACCCGGAAAAGGGUAUCCACUGAAGUUGCAUGACAACUUGUGUGGCUGGCCCCUUAUCAAAUGGACCAUGUAAAGUGCUGCUGAAACACACUCUACAUGUUCCUGGCACACUUCACAACGCGUCUAAUGAUGCACUCAUACUGUGCUGCCCAAGGACAAUAUCCAGUUGGAAAUCUGGACUGUUGGAUGGCAUAAAGUGCCAUUUUGUUGUGAUAAGUGGUUAGUAAGAACAUAAAGAAUAAAAUAUUAAAGCAAGGUUAGUUUAUGGCUAUAUUAUUUUAUAUAUUUAUUAUUUUUAUAUUUACAAACUUUCGUUCUAUUCUCCUUUUUCUUUUAAUCACUCACUGCUUGUUGUUAUUGAGGUGAUCUAUAUCUAUAUAUAUAUAUAUAUAUAUAUAUAUAUAUAUAUAUAUAUCUUGUUAGAUGAUUUGAAGGGUUUUGAAUUUUUAACCAAUUUAAUAAAACUAAAACUUUAACUUGGAGACAUUGCUAUAUCCCCCAAACAAACCCCAUACUCCAAUUUUUCUUUUUGUGUUAGUUUAUGGCAAAGUUCGGACCCGAACACUGACAUAUCACUGUAUGUUCGGGUUGGAGUUCGGUGUUCGGCGAUUUAACGCACGUUUUCAAAGGCUGCAGGGCAGCCAAUCAACAAGCGUUUGACUCGUGUGCCCUUAGAAGACACCACAGCCAUGCGUACUAAUGGCAUGGCUGUGAUUGGCCAGUGCAGCAUGUGACCCAGGCUCUAUAUAUAAGAUGGAGUCGUGUAGUGCACAUGAGCUCCUAUUAGUGUAGGGAGAGGAUGCUGCAGCUGUUAGGAACAGAUUAGGAAAGAAUUCUGCAAACUAGUAGAUUUGGGGCGUGCUCUUCAUAUCUGAGAGUCAAAUAAAAGCGUCAGUGCAGUUACAGCACAAUUGUAAACAUUCUUAUUUUCUGGGUGCUAAUCUGCUAAAUAGUAAAUUUGGGGCAUGCUCUUCAUAUCUGAAAGUCAAAUAGAAGCGUCAAAUACUGUGUUUACAGCGCACUUUGACAAAUUCCCAUUUUUUUGCUCCUAAGAAGUUCAUUUGGGGCAUGCUCUUCAUAUCUGAGAGUCAUAGAACCGUCAAAUAGUGCUGUGACAUAGCAGUUUUAAACAUUCUUAUUUUCUCGGUGCUAAACUGCUAAAUAGUAAAUUUAGGGCGUGCUCUUUAUAUCUGAGAGUCAAAUAGUGCAGUUGUAAACAUUCUUAUUUUCUGGGUGCUAAUCUGCUAAAUAGUACAUUAGUGGGGUGCACUUCAUAUCUGAGAGUCAAAUACUGCGGUUACAGCGCAGUUGUAAAAAUUUAUUGUUUUGGUGCUAAACUGCUAAAUAGUAAAUUUGGGGCAUGUUCUUCAUAUCUAAGAAUCAAAUAGAACCAUCAAAUAGUGCUGUGACAUAGCAUUUUUAAACAUUCACAUUUUUUGGCUGCUAAAUAGUACAUUUGUGGCCUGCGGUGCACUUCAUAUCUGAAAGUCAAAUAGAACCGUCAAAUAUUGUGCUUACAUUGCAGUUGUAAAAAUUCUAAUUCUUCAGGUGCUAAAAAGUCAAUUUGGUGCCUGCACUUCAUAUCUGAGAGUGAAAUAGAAGCGUCAAAUACUGUGUUUACAGCGCACUUUGACAAAUUCCCAUUUUUUUUGGCUCCUAAGAAGUACAUUUGGGGCGUGCUCUAAAUAUCUGAGAGUCAAAUAGUGCUGUAAAAAUUCUAAUUUUUUAGGUGCUAAAAAGUUUGAUGCCUGCACUUCAUAUCUGACAGUCAAAAAGAACUGUCAAAUACUGUGGUUACAGUGCAGUUUGACCAAUUCGAAUUUUUGUUGGGUGCUAAAUAGAACAUUUGCGGCCUGCACUUAAUAUCGGACAGUCAAAUAGAACCGUCAAAUACCAAUAUAACAAUAUUGUAAUUCGGGGGCAAUACCCUCACAAGUCAAACUGAGAGGUCAGUUUAUAGGGAAAACUGUUGCCUGUAUACAAUUCUAAAACAAUUUCCAUAUGUCCUUUGCAGACUUUACAUGCUGGCAAAACACAGGUGCCAACUUCUGUGGCUUUCUGCAGUGUGCAGACCGGCAAGGAGGGCAGGGUUGAGGAGUGGGUGGAAGAUGAUGUGGAGGAUGAUGAGGUCCUAGACCCCACAUGGAAUCAAGGUCAUGCGAGUGACGUGUGAAGUUUGGAGGAAGAGGCACUGGUCGCACAGAGGCACCAGCACAGCAUAAGAGGGAGCAGGGUGCAAAAGCGGAGCGGCCGUCCCCUAGCGCUCGUUGGCAUGUAUUAGCUCUAGAAUUCACACAGUUAUCCAAGUUAUUCGGCGUUCUCACCCUGCUGCUGCUCGCCUGUCUGCGCUGCAGUGUAACUUUGGCCUUUUUGUAUUGCUCGGGGGUGACCGCAUACCGGGCCAGGAGGAUUUGGGUAAUAAAGGGAUAGUCUCUGAUCUGCUCUUCUGGUACAGCCGGUAAAUAUCCGCUGCCUUCCCCACUAGUUUUCUGGCCAGGAUGGUGACCCAGUCGCUGGGGUCCACGUCUUGGAGUAGGCACUGGCGCUCAAAGUCUUGUAAAUAGUCAUCGAUGUCUUCUUCUGCUUCCUUGAAGUCUUUGAAGGCAUUGUAUGGUAGCUUGUGGGCCAGGGUGGUGGUGCUUCCUGGCGCACUCUGCUCCCUUCUUUCUUCAUCUGGGUUCAUGGAGGUCGCCCUCUGUCUAUUGGCAAGGACAUAGGCUUGCACCUCCAAAAAGGUCCUGCUAACAAUCUCCUCUAAGGGUGGCUCUCAGUAAUAUGCCCGACGCCGUUACACCUCCUUGCGCACUUCCUCCUCAUCUCCGGCCCCUUGCUGGGGUUCGUUGCCUCACUGCAUGCCUGGUCGUCCUCCAUGAGCGCAGCAGUCCUUCGGCCUUGUUACGCCCACCAGGCUUUAUUCCUCUGGCUCCACACAAGUCCUGCAGUGUAGGUCGCUUUAGAGCACUGUAGUCCAUGGGUUUGUUGGCAGGGACAUGGAAUCCCGCCGAUUGCCACCAAUUGAAGCGGGACCUGGGUAACCAAUGGUUAUCCCCUUUGAUUAGAAUAGAAUAGGUCAGACCCAUUUCCCCAGUAACCAGAUGGUUUCCCCAACGUUUGACAAUCUUUAUUUGGGUACACAGCUUUGCCUCCUGUUGCCUCCUCCUACUCCACUUCCUCCUCGUCUACCACCUCCUCAUCCGGUCAGCGUAACACCUUCAUCACCAACUUCAGCACAGCCAGGGGGAAACGACAGCAGGCUGUUUUCAAACUCAUGUGUUUGGGGGGAAAAUCCCACACCGCGCAGGAGCUGUGGACGGGCAUGGAACAACAGACCGAUGAGUGGUUGUUGCCGCUGAGCCUCAAACCCGGCCUGGUGGUGUGUGAUUAUAGGCGAAAUCUCGUAGCAGCGCUGGGCCUAGCCGGUUUGCCGCACAUCCCUUGCAUGGCGCAUGUGCUGAAUUUGGUGGUGCAGAAAUUCCUGAAAAACUACCCAGAUAUAUCAGAGCUGCUGCAGAAAGUGCGGGCCGUCUGUUUGCGCGCUUUUGGCGUUCUCACCCUGCUGCUGCUAGUCUGUCUGCGCUGCAGCGUAACUUCGGCCUUCCCUCUCACCGCCUCAUGAGACUGUGUGAGCAGCAGCAGGCAAUAGUGGAGUUUCAGCUGCAGCACGCACAGGUCAGUCGCUCUACGGAACAGAGUUUUCUUUUUUUUUUAUAUGUUCCAAUAUUUUGGGGGCUACCCCAAUUUAAAAAAAAACAAAAAAAAACAAACAAAUAAAAAACAGUGUUGGCUACCUCCUCCUCCUCCACUGCUGCUUCUUUCUACACCGCCACGGUCAUCGCCUCCUCAACCUAUGGGUCACUUAGUAUAAACUGUACACAAUAGCAGAGGCUUGUGAAGGCCUUUUCUCCAUGCAUCAGGAGUUGAUCUCAGUUUGAAUAAUAAAAGAGAAUACCCUGCACUUCAACCCUCUCUCAAAUGGAUAAUUCUGGUGAUCCUCCUGACGGCCAUGCUUUAGAUUUUGAUUUAUGUCCUUCCAAAGCCAUAAAAUAGCACUAGAUUCCAUCUAGUGCUAUUUUAUGGCUCAGCUGUAUUUUUAAUUUUUAUGUUAUUUUAAGUGAUUUCCCUAUCUACAUUUGUUUGUAGGGCACUUGUCCUACUCUUAUCCCCAUUUUACUUCCUUUUGCAGCCCUCUAGCCCUUUCCAGGAGUUUUUUUAGAGGCAUUUUUGUGCCCAAAAGUUUGGGUCCCCAUUGACUUCAAUGGGGUUCGGGGUCAAUUUCGAUCCCGAACCCGGACUUUUUUUUAAAAGUUCGGCCGAACCCGCCGGACCCGAACAUCCAGGUGUCCGCUCAACUCUAUUUAUGGCUAACGUCCGUAAAAUUCUUGUUUUAUUGUACCUUUUUAAGAAAUGUAAACAUCUACAAUAACCUAUCAGUAAAGAUGGUAAAUACGUACGCAGUGUAAAAUGAAAGAUGUCACAAUGUUCUUCUAAGCAGGGACCUUAAUCAAAUUAAAAACUUUUACUUGAUUGACUCGGCAGACAUGAUUGCUGAGUUUAUUUACAACUGGUGUUAAAAUGUUUUCACAGGUGUUGUAUAGCAAAUAUUUCUAAUGAGGGGUGUAUGUAUAUUCUCACUUUGAGUGUAAUGUUUUUAGAAUGUUGUCAUACAAGUUUUUAAGAUGUUUUAUAAGAUAUUACACAAUUUUUCAACGGCUUUGGAACACGUUUCGAAAAGCUGUUUGACUACAUUUCCUAUAAUUCUCUGCAGAGCUGUAGCUGGCUCAUAUUGCACCACAAGCAAGAACAGAAAGUUGUGCCUCUCCCCCCUAAUUUUAAGAGGUUAUUUUGAAGAAAGUAAUAAUUUCUAUAAUUAUAUAUUUUGAUCCAGGCACAGGUGUUGUACAGUAUAACUCUUAUCUAAUAUUGAUUGAUCUAGACACUGAGGGUGUAGCAUUUCUCUUAUCAUUAUACAUUGAUCCAGAAACUGAAUGGGAGAAUUUCGAACUCGACUACUUUGGCUUUCAGUUUGAAAUUACCAUCUGAAUUCACUCUUUGAGUAGACCCUCUUAUUCAUGGGUCGUAAACAGAUUCCAGGUGGGCAGUAGUGGGUUCUACGGCACAAGCAGAAUCCUCCCUCCAUCCUCUAUUCAUCUCUUGCGCACGAGUUUAAAACACCGGUCGAGGAAGGGAAGGACAACCCCCUUUCCCACCCGCUAGUGUACAACAGAAGCCUCGACCCACUAGCUCGGUACAGUGCCACCAUUGCCAACGCUGGGGACAUUAUAAGAGGGAAUGCCCGCAGCUAAAAGAUCGCUCCACCUUGAUCAGACCCGGACUACCCCCACCACCUCGACAGACAGCCCACUACUACCAAGCAGAGGCAACAAGUCCCUAUGGCACCGCAAUUCCCAUAAACGCAGUGGAACAAUGGGAAGUAUUGCAUGAAGCGGAUCCUGUGCAGGUGAAUGCUGACAACCGCCAGCAUCAUAGACAGUCUGUGUACUUGGAGGGGAAAGCAGUCCAGGGGCUCUGUGAUUCAGGAGCCACCAUCACACUGGUUAAAAGUCACCUGGUACCUGACCAAGCCAAGACCAACAGAACAGUAGCAGUCAGGGUAGCCGGGGGAGCAGUAUACUGGCUACCCACAACACGGGUAUAUUUACAUUGGGGAGCGGGGUUUGGGAAUGUGGAGGUGGGGUUGAUGCCCCAGCUGCCAGCAGAGGUUUUGUCGGGGAACAAUUUGGGCAAAUUGACGUCUGCAUUUGAACCUCAGGCCCCAACAACCGGAGAAGCACACCCAGUGGUUACACGACAACAGCCCCGCAACCAGGACUACAACACACUCCCGGAGGUCCAAGUAAGAGAUCCUUCCCCUACCUUAGAAUGUACCCCUUGGGCUCCCCCUACUGAAUUUGCAGCUGAGGUAGCCACCGACCCCACCUUACAGGUCUAUAGGGACAAAGUCACCUCAGACCAGCCGGGAGGGCGAAAGAUUUGUAUGGGAUAACCAGUUGCUAUACAGGGAGUUUGACAAGCAGGUAGCUGGGUCAGACCCCAUUGUAAUGAGGCAGUUAGUGGUACCCCAACGGUAUCGCGCAGAUUUACUCCGGAUAGCGCAUGAUAUUCCGCUAUCCGGAUAUUUAGGGGUCAGUCGCACCCGGCACCGACUGACCCAAAGUUUCUUUUGGCCGGGGGUUAGUCAGGAAGUCCGCAGGUACUGCAACACGUGUGACACGUGCCAAAGGGUAGGGAAGAGAGGGGACCGGCGGAAGGCAAAAUUGCACCCACUACUCAUAAUCGAGGAGCCCUUCAGCAGAGUGGCAGUAGAUACAAUAGGACCCCUGAAAACACCCAGCCCCUCUGGAAAAAGGUAUAUAUUAACUGUAGUGGAUUAUGCCACCCGAUAUCCAGAGGCAAUUGGCCUGACUAACAUACACGCAGAAACCGUGGCUGAGGCCCUGAUGUGGAUUUUCACUCGGAUGGGGUUACCCAGAGAGAUAAUCUCGGAUCAGGGUACCCAGUUCACUGCGGAAGUCACCCAGAGCCUCUGGAAAUUUUGUGACAUCAAAUCGAUUAUUAGCGCCCCAUACCACCCCCAGACCAAUGGGCUAUGCGAAAGGUUCAAUGGGACCUUGAAGCAAAUGCUGCGCACUUUUGCAGACACCCAUAGGGACUGGGAACGGUUUCUGCCGCAUCUCCUGUUUGCCUAUAGGGAGGUGCCACAGGAAUCGACAGGAUUCUCCCUGUUUGAGCUACUAUUUGGGCGGAGAGUAAGGGGACUCUUGGAUCUUAUCCGGGAACACUGGGAGGGAGACCGGAGUACCGACGGUACCCCUGUCAUACCAUAUGUGCUGGCGUUUCGAGAGCGUUUGGAAGCGUUGACCAAGUCAGUCCGAGAGAACCUCCAGGCAGCUCAAAAGCGCCAUGCACCUGGUAUGAUAGGGGCGCCAGGGACCGCAGCUUCCAGGUUGGGCAGAAAGUUCUAGUUUUGAAACCCGUCCAACAUGACAACAACUCCUGAGCUGAUGCUCCCAACAUCUUCCCUCAAACAGGCAAAUCUGCUAGGUUGCACCAAAUCAGGACUAGCUAGCCCUUUCCUCUUUCCUCCCCCCCUGCUUCCUCGCCCCACUGUCACCCAGCUACAUGGCUGUUCCCAAUCUGUAUUAUCUCCUCCCUCUCCACUACCUGUCCCCACUAAACUCUGCUCAGUGAGCAGCAGACUCCUCUCAAGAUUGUCAAUCUCCCUCAAAGUUGCGAUUUGCUUCUCGAGAUCUCCAAUCUGAGCUUCCAGAGAAGCCACUCGCACACAGCCAUCACAUAGGUAUGGACCCUGGACGUGUACAUCCAGGCAUCCAUACUUUAUGGGGAUAUAAAUCCCACACAGGUGCAAUUAAUGAACACCCCCCCCAAUUAAUCAAGCAACAGCACAAAAGAGGGGGAAAAACCAGAACACAGAAAUUUUUUAUUUUUUUUUAAACACACGCCUAAUGCAAUUUUCCGAGUGAGGCAACUGUCUCAGUCAAAGCUAAAGCUCUUGAAUGAGACAGUUGCCACAAAGUAAUGCAUGCCCCUUUUAAGAAAAUAACGGUCAUUGCUCAGCUAUAAACAUUUUGUUUUAUUCUUAUAAAACAAUUCUAAAUUGUUUGUUUAACAUGGUAGUUCUUAAAGGAACACUCUAGAUUUCAACACAAAGUUCAAUGCAUUUUAUAUUGUGUGUCGUCGUCCCCCCCUCCAUAAAUCAUUGGCAUAGUUGCAACAGUUGUUUUUUGUUUUUUUAAUAUAAUUCUUUAUUUUUCAGUGCAAUGCAUGAAUCAUACUUAAAUAGUAGAUAGGUAGAAGGAUAACAAGGCAGGGGGUGUGUAACAUUGGUAAUCUGCACCAUUUUUAUAUAUGUACAUAACAUGUUAACAGAGGCCUAGGUGCAUCUGUAGGUGAGACAAGGAAAGGUUGAGCAAAAGAUAAAAAGUAUAUAUACAGAUAAUAUCAAUAGUAGAGAUAGUCCUAGUAAGAGAUCCUCUUGUAUAGGUGACUAUAAGAUUCAAAGAUGAGUCAAUAUAAAGUACUUGAUAGAAAAAUUAAAGAUCCUCCGUUCAAACGAUGAGUCAAUUAAUCCGAGCGUUCCGUAUGCAGAUAUAAAAGACAAAAAACUAAGGACAGCAGAUAGUGCAAUAAAUGUGAUUAGAGAUAUGAUAUACGUAGAAAUAAUGGUAGUACACUCACAUUUAUGCGUAAUUGGCGUACAGCAGUAUAAUCCCCAAUUUCUAGGAUAUGCAGCAAGUGUCCACCUCAGGAGCGAUAUCCAAAACUCUGGAAAGGGAUAGAAAGACAACUAAUAGUGCUCUCAAUAUAAAAAUAUAAAUAGAUGAAAUGAGUAAAAACUGCUCUAUGGUAUCGGCAUUGGUGGUAUGAUCCCCACCUAGGAUUGCUUGGAGUACAAGAAAAGUUAAAUCUGUGUAAAAGAAAAGUGAUAAUUGGCACAGGGUAGUGACCAAAAAACCUUUAGUACGCAAUAUUAAAAUAUCCAAACGCGUUUCGCCUAAGGCUUCUUCAAAUGGAUAGAGUAGUAUACAACCUGGCAGUUGGAGUUUAUAUAGGGCUAAAUGGUUAAAAUUGGCGCCAAAAUUAUGUUUGCCAAUUAAAAAUUAACAUAUACAUAGUUGCCAUAAAAGAUGAAAGAAAGACAUAUUUUUAAAUUUAGUACUUGAAUUAAAUGCUUUUUGUAAUAAAACAAAUGAAGGGUUGAAAGGCUAGUAUAAGUGAAAUAAGUAAAGUUGCGUGACAUUAACUUCUCUGGCAGCAUGGGUAAUAUAUUACACGGCAGCCAUAUAUGCCGGCGGGCAUUGUGGGAGUGGCGUUGGGAACUUCUUUGGCUGCAUGGGUUAUAUACUAGAUGGCCAUAUUGUGGUUGGCAGCCGUGUAUGCCGGCAGCCAUAUUGGGAGUGGAGUUGGGAGCUUGAGUUGCAACUUUGGCUGGCCAUUAGAGGGGGCAUUGCGGUGUAUAAAUAAAUUAUGAUUUGGUUAGUUUUUCUUUACAUAAUAAAUUAUGAUUUAGUUAGUAUUUAUUUACAUGUUUGUUUUUUUUGGGGGGGGGGGCUGAAUGAGGGUCUGGGAUUUUAAUUGCUUUCAGGAGAUUAGUAUAUGCAGGGUCGUAUAUAGUAGUGAUCGACUGAUAUAGAUUUUUUUUUUUUUUUUGAGCUGAUACCUAUAAUCUGUGAACUUUUCAGGCCGAUGUUUUACCGAUAUUCUGUACAUUUACCUUUUUUUUUGCAAAUCAUUUUUGUAUUAAGUGGUUAAAGGGAAACUCCAGUGCCAGGAAAACAAUCCGUUUUCCUGGCACUGCAGAUUCCCUCUCCCUCCCACCCCCCAAUCCCCGGUUGCUGAAGUGGUGAAAACCCCUUCAGUAACUUACCUGAGGCAGCGACGAUGUCCCACGUCACUGCUUCUCCCUCCGCAUCGCUCCCCCUCCUGAUUGCGUCGGUCGGUGGGCGAGACUGAUCCCGCCCACCGGCCAGGGAGACCUAAUGCGCAUGCCAACCAGGAAGUGCCCUCUAGUGGCUGUCUAGUAGAGUUAACCCUGCAAUGUAAUUAUUGCAGUUUAUAAAAAAAACUACAAUAAUUACAGUUGUAGGGUUAAGAGUAGUGGGAGUUGGCACCCAGACCACUCCAAUGGGCAGAAGUGGUCUGGGUGCCUGGAGUGUUCCUUUAAUGCACAAAAUAUACAUGCCAGUCAGAUUUUUUUUUUUUAAUGUUUUCAAGAAUAUUUAUAAAUGUGUGUGUAUGUAGUGGAUGCAGUGUGUUUGUUUGUGUAGUGGAUGCAGUGUGUUUGUGUGUAAAUAUGUGUGGUAGAAACUCCCCACCCCUUACCUGUUGCAUGCCCCCCCCCUUACCUGUCUCUUAGUGCCCCCCAAUUCCCCUCCCUUUUCUUUUAGUGGUCCACCCUACCCCAGUGUUCCUUUUCACUUCCCUCCCCUGUACCUUAGUGCCCUCCCUUAAUGUUCCCCUCUCCCCCCAGUGUUCUUCUCUCCCCCUUCCCUGUCCCAUAGUGUUCUUCACCCCCUUCUGUCCAUAGUGUUCUUUCACCUCCCUUCCUGUCCCAUAGUGCUCUCUCCUUGUCCCAUAGUGUUCUUUCACCCCCUUCCCCUGUCCCAUAGUGUUCUUCACCCCUUCCCUGUCCCAUAGUGUUCUUUCACCCCCUUCCCUGUCCCAGGUGUUCUUUCACCCCCUUCCUCUGUCCCACCCCCUUCCCUGUCCCAUAGUGUUCUUCACCCCUCUUCCUGUCCCAUUGUGUUCUUCUUCUCCCCUUCCCUGUCCCAUAGUGUUCUUUCACCCCCUUCCCUGUCCCAUAGUGUUCUUCACCCCUUCCCUGUCCCAUAGUGUUCUUCACCCCCUUCCCUGUCCCAUAGUGUUCUUCACCCCCUCCCUUCCCUGUCCCAUAGUGUUUCACCCCCUUCCUGUCCCAUUGUGUUCUUCCCCCUUCCCUGUCCCAUAGUGUUCUUCACUCCCUUCCCCUGUCCCAUAGUGUUCUUCAUCCCCUUCUCUCUGUCCAUAGUGUUCUUUCUCCCCCUUCCCUGUCCCAUAGUGCUCUUCACCCCCUUCCUGUCCCAUAGUGUUCCCCCUUCCCUGUAACCCUUCCUGUCCUAUAGUGUUCUUCACCCCCUUCCCUGUCCCAUAGUGUUCUUCACCCCCCCGCCUUCCCUGUCCCAUAGUGUUCUUCACCCCCCCGCCUUCCCUGUCCAUAGUGUUCCUUAACUCCCCCCCACAUCCUAUAGUGUGUGUCCCCGUCCCUUAGUGCCCCUCCCUCUCCCCUCCUUGGUCCCCGCUCCCCGGUGUGUCUCCUGGUAGCGUGACUGAGCGGAGCUGUGUGCACCGUGGUACAGGAGAUUGUCACUAGAGAUUCAGCCUCCUGUACAUAAGUUCCUGUACCGCGGUGCGCACUGCUCCGCUCGGCCGCACUACACACAUGGACUUAUGGACGCGGCGGGCCAUUCAUUUAUUAUCGGUAUCAGCCGAUGCCAAUAAUCGGUCGAUCCCUAGUAUAUAGAGUGAGGUUCCUACAGUAUAACCUGUUUCACCAUAGUGACGUAUCCUCUUAAAGGAACACUAUACUAAAUUACUUAAGCUAAAUAAAACCGUUUUAGUGUAUAGAUCAUUCCCCUGCAAUUUCACUGCUCAAUUCACUGUCAUUUAGGAGUUAAAUGACUUUGUUUCUGUUUAUGCAGCCCUAGCCACAUCUCCCCUUGCUAUGAUUGACAGAGCCUGCAUGAAAAAAAAAAAACUGGUUUCACUUUCAAACAGAUGUAAUUUACCUUAAAUAAUUGUAUCUCAAUCUCUAAAUUGAACUUUAAUCACAUACAGGAGGCUCUUGCAGGGUCUAGCAAGCUAUUAACAUAGCAGGGGAUAAGAAAAUCUUAAUUAAACAGAACUUGCAAUAAAGAAAGCCUAAAUAGGGCUCUCUUUACAGGAAGUGUUUAUGGAAGGCUGUGCAAGUCACAUGCAGGGAGGUGUGACUAGGGUUCAUAAACAAAGGGAUUUAACUCCUAAAUGGCAGAGGAUUGAGCAGUGAGGCUGCAGGGGCAUGUUCUAUACACCAAAACUGCUUCAUUAAGCUAAAGUUGUUCAGGUGACUAUAGUGUCCCUUUAAGCUGAAGUUAUUUAGGUGACCAUAGUGUCCCUCUAAUCACUUUCUCCAGAUAACUGACACAAAGCUUGAAAGGCUACUCUACUUUGCUACUCUAUAACAGAAAGUGUAAUUUUACCAAGAGCUUUAAUAUGGCCUUAUAACACAAUGUUAUAAUGGCCCAAUUAUAAAAUCAUUGUGUGUACACUUUAUACAGAUAUAAAGCUCACUACUGCCAUCUGGAGUGCUAGGUUUGUGAAAUAGCACAUAUGUGUAAGCAUUAUUGAAUUGGAAUAGUGAGAUUCCAGCAAAUGUACUUUUUUAUAUGCCAUUUCGUCGUUUUGGUUUUAUAUUCAUAUUUUCUUUUUAUUAAACAUUCUAAAAGUUGUGGUGAGAUCAAAAAGUGAUACAAUCUUCCCACAGAACUGUAAAUUUAAAAACGUGUACAUUUAAACGCACAAAUCUUUGGUUUUUGGUUUUUGGAUGCAGCUAGCUGGUGGGCAGCAGACCCAAGCAACUACUACACCAGGUAUAGGCAACCUUCGGCACGCCAGAUGUUUUGGACUACACCUCCCAUGAUGCUUUGCCAGCAUUAUGAGUUUAAGAGCAUUAUGGGGGAUGUAGUCCAGAACAUCUGGAGUGCCGAAGGUUGCCUAUACCUGUACUACACCAUAGUGCCAACAUCACAAUGUUUCCACUUAUAGGAAGGGGCCCUGCAUUUGACAAGAUGCAUCAAUGACCCCUCAGGGCCACUGUAUUAUGAGUGCAAUCCUUGCCGCUGGAGAAAACACUGUGUUGCAAUUGCCGAAGGUACACUCCACAAUACUCUGGGGCUUUGUAUACAGCUUACAGCUUGGUCGAAGCCAAAGAUUAAGAAACAUAGAAUGUGAUGGCAGAUAAGAACCAUGCGGCCCAUCUAGUCUGCCCAAUUUCCUAAAUACUUGCAUUAGUCCCUAGCCUUAUCUUAUAGUUAGGAUAGCCUUAUGCCUAUCCCACGCAUGCUUAAACUCCUUUACUGUGUUAACCUCUACCACUUCAGCUGGAAGGCUAUUCCAUGCAUCCACUACCCUCUCAGUAAAGUAAUACUUCCUGAUAUUAUUUUUAAACCUUUGUCCCUCUAAUUUAAGACUAUGUCCUCUUGUUGUGGUAGUUUUCUUCUUUUAAAUAUAGUCUCCUCCUUUACUGUGUUGAUUCCCUUUAUGUAUUUAAAUGUUUCUAUCAUAUCCCCCCUGUCUCGUCUUUCCUCCAAUCUAUACAUGUUAAGAUCCUUUAACCUUUCCUGGUAAGUUUUAUCCUGCAAUCCAUGAACCAGUUUAGUAGCCCUUCUCUGAACUCUCUAAGGUAUCAAUAUCCUUCUGAAGAUACGGUCUCCAGUACUGUGUACAAUACUCCCUCUUUCUACUGCUAAUACUGCUAAUCCCUAUACAACCAAGCAUUCUGCUAGAAUUUCCUGCUGCUCUAUUACAUUGUCUGCCUACCUUUAAGUCAUCAGAAAUAAUCACCCCUAAAUCCCUUUCCUCAGAUGUUGAGGUUAGGACUCUAUCAAAUAUUCAGUACUCUGCCCUUGGGUUUUUAUGUCCAAGAUGCAUUAUCUUGCACUUGGAAGGCGAGCUUGCUGGUGCAUGAGCCGAGCAAUGUCAGGCUUAAUUCAGUGUUAUGGGACUGUGCCAUGCCAGUGUGGGGGUGAGAUGAACUCUGAGGCCUUUAGCAUACUAUAUGCUUCAAAGCCGCUAAUUGUGAGGUUACCCAUAUAUUAUCAACUCUUCUAAUUUUGUUAUGGGGUCCAGGGGUCUUUCUUCUGUGCUUACUGUUGCAUGUUAUAAUUACUAAGUUUAUUGUGUAAACAUUUAUUUUCAACAUGCUACAAUUAAGGGCUGUCAUACAUAAUAUAAAUGAGGCCUUGUUCAUCUGUGUACACAUUAUUUUACUAUGCGUUACCUGUGGCAUGCUACUCUAUUGUACACAUGCUCUCAUCAGAAUGUAUUACUUUUAUGCCUCAAAAAUAAACCCAAAAAACCCACAAUUUAGAAUCACAACUAUUGUCUCCUGUAGAGUGUUGUUUAGAGAUACAAUAAAUCACCAGUGACAAGUCCUACAUUCAGGUAUUUAAUUUUGGACUCCGUCAAAAUGAUUGAUUAAAAUCAUCUUUUUUUUGUUUUUUGUUUUUUUAAUAAUGAAAAUUGAAAAUUAAAAAAUAAAUGAAAUUGUAUAUGGACAUAAUGUGCAGGAGACACAAAGAAGGAAAGAUGCUAAUGCAUUUUGUACCAUGCAAGGCACACCGUUACAGAUUAAAUACAUACACAGGCAUGAUAAAAACCAGCCUAUAAAUCAAAACAUCCAGUUAGGGUGUAGAAUCAAUUAAAACUGGGAGAUCCACAAAUAAAUUGUCUGCAAAGUUGGGACUCUCGAAGGAGUGAAAACAAAUAAUGUACUUUCUCAAAAAAUAUACUGAUAGAACCACUGCAUGCACACAGUGUUUUGUAAUUUAAACCAGGCAUUGUAACAAUGUAAGUGGUCAUUUGAAAAGUCGUUAAACCACAUUGUUGUAAUGGAAUAAAUGGCAUGGAAGUUCUUGUUCUGUACGCCCUUUCAACAAGGCAGUCAUGUCCUGCCUUCUACUCCUGUGGUUUUGACAACUUUGGAGAAGCAUGAAAAUUAAAUUUGUAUCAUUAGCUUCUCUUUGUGCCCAGAUAGAUGAGAAAAAUAUUUUUUCAGUACAAGUAUUCGGCAUCCCUGGGAAGAAAUUUAUGUGCUUUAGGAUUAAGUGGUGGAAUUUGACUAACAUAAUGAUUUCUUUUCAUUUACACAGAAUAAAUCCUCACCUCAUUACUCUAGGUUCAUGCCUGCCUGCGCACAGUCAUUCUGCAUUAAUGCUUCUUUACCUCAACGUUGCUUUAACCACUUUAAUGCUGUCAAAUCUUUAUAGCUAGACUUUGGCAACAUCUUUGUGUCAUUUUAGAGGCGUAUCUGAUAAUGUGCUAAUUUUGCUGAAUAUUUUGAACUGGUGUCUUGCCGUAUUCGAAGAUCAGCAGAAGAAAUUUGUAAUGACAAGAACUUAACUUCCCGUAAAGGUUAUGGCACAAAUGUCAUCAAAAAUAAUUUUAUAAAUUAGUGUAUUAAGAAAAAAUUCUAAUUAGUAAGCUAUAUUUUAAUUUAAACCUGGAAGUAUAUAUAUAUAUUGGUCCCCUACUGUUCUCCAUUUAUACUGCCUCCCUUGGUAAACCCAUUAUCUCCUUUAGCUUCCAAUAUCAUUUCUAUGCAGAUGACACGCAAAUCUACCAGUCCUCUCCUGAUCUCUCCUUGUCCCUCUUGACUAGUGUCUCUGACUGUAUUUCUAACUGGAUGGCUACCCACUUCCUUAAACUAAACUUGACCAGCGAGGCUCAUCUUGUCCGCCUGCACCUCCCAUGCCUCACCCUUCUGUUUGUCCCUACAUUGGCUUCCUAUAAAAUAUAGAGCUCAAUUUAAAAUUCGGGUUCCUGCUUUCAAAUUGCUACAUAAUGCUGCUCCCACCUAUCUAUCCUCCCUUAUACACAAGUAUGUCCGUCUAGGCCCUUACGAUCUGCUGAAGACUCACGUCUAUUUUCGGUCCGUACUCCCACCUCUGAUGCUCGCCUUCAAGAAUUCUUGAGGGCUGCACCGUUCCUGUGGAACUUGCUUCCCUUCUCCGUUAGAUGCUCACCCAGUCUCCACUCCUUCAAAAAAUCAUUAAAAACCCACUUCUUCAUAAAAGCGGAUCAAUUAAACUGUGAAUUGCUCCUGACUGAUUCCUUUUCUGCAACUGUCAUUAGUCUAAUACUGUCCUUACCUUUUUGUGUAAUUUUACCCCACUCCCUCUAGCAUGUAAGCUCAUUGAGCAGGGCCCUUAACCCCUCUGUUCCUUUGUGUCCAACUUGUCUGGUUACACCUACAUGUCUGUUCGUCCACCCAUUGUAUAGUGCUGUGGAAUUUGAUGGCGCUAUAUAAAUAACAUAUAUAUAUAUUUUUUUAUUUAUUUAUUUAUUUAUUUUUCUUCAAAAGUUCCUUUCACACAGACUUAAAACAAAAAGCUGCCAUGUGCUUCAAACCAAGGGUUAGUUAUGUAGAAAGAUAUGCAGAAAGGUGAGCACUCAUGGUCUUCAGAAGAAUGUUUUUUGGUCUUAAAGAAAGUCCAGUACAUGCACUGAAACGUUGAUUAAUUAAUCUUCAAUAAACCUAUCAGUUUUAAUCCUUCUGAAGCCUGUGAGUGCUCACCUUCCUGCAUAUCUUAUAUAUAUAUAUAUAUAUAUAUAUAUAUAUAUAUAAUUUUUUUUUUAGGACAGAUGGAUAUCUUCAUACAGAUGUCUUCUGAUACCCUAUAUCCCUAUAUUGUAACCAUCGGCAUGGAAGAUGGCAUGGACUACAAAUCUAAUGCUUUAAUAGCCUUAUGGCUGUAAGAGCAUUAUGGAAAAUGUUGUCAACACAGGGUCAGAUAUACAUGUCCGGUAUCUGUAGGCACAACGUUCUAAAGGCAAUUUCUACUGGAGGACCCGAUUGGUUUUUGAGUGUCAUAGCAAGAGAAUGUAAUGAUUUUUUAUUUUGAUGAUUGUUACUGUUAAGCCAUCGUGCCUGAACUGUCAAGGAUUCAAUAGAAAAUUCCCCGGGUCGAAGAAAAACCUUUUGUAUUUUGUUUAACUUUCAAAUGGAUAUUUAUCUGGUAAUUCAGAGUAGGCAUGUCAAUAGGUACUCGUUUAAUAUUCGUUGGGUGGUCUUAUGCGUUGGAUACAUUUUUAGAAUAUUUUGUUGUAUGGGGUAAGUAGGCAUGAAAGGUCUCUUAUUAGGGAAUUAAGUUAAUAAGUGUUUUAUACCAGCAAUGUAUAGUUUAAUUGUGGUGUGCUUCCUUUAAAUUAAGGGGACAAGAGGCAUAUAGUCACACACAGGGCUCAAACCAUGAGACUUAUGGGAGGGAAAGUGUUUUGUUGUUAAUGCAACUUAUUAGCAAGCCAGAAGCCAACCUCUAUAGUUGCAUUAACAAUAAAACAGCUGUCCAUGGGUGUUUAUCUGGCUUUGCACCUCUUCUUGAGUGGUUUUAAAUCUGUUGUAUAGAGUAGACAUAAACUCAAUAAAAUCCAUGUAUAGAGUAUGAGGAAAAAAUGUGAUUCUUUGUUAAACUCAUUUGCAUGCACUGCAAAUGUCAAAUUUCUGUGGGAAAUGAGUCUUAUGGCUUGACUGGUGUGCAGAUCUGUGUUUAACAAUGUAUUGACUGACUAUAUCUAUUUAUAUGCAGGGGCGGACUGAGCACUCGGGCAAAUCGGUCAUGGACCGAGGGCCCGAGGCUCUGGGGGGCCCGCCCCUGCUGCAGUGCAGUAAUGGCUGAGCUGGGGAGUUAAACAAUCUCCCCAGCCAGCCUGCACUCAGUAAGGGGCCCGCACAGCCUUCCGCGGGCCCCUGCUGCUAAAAAUAUAAUCCCCCGUGCAGGGCACACUGAGGGACAGCUAAAGGGCCUUCCAAAGACCCCACUAGGCUGCCCUUCAGUGUGCCUGUCUCCAAACACAGCCUCACUGAGCUGCCUGUAACACUGUUCAGGGCAGCUCCGUGCGGCUUGUUCUGCAGGAAGUGACAUCAGCAGUCACAGUGCAGAGUGAGGAGCUGCCCUGAGCAGAGUUACAGGCAGCAUGUCAGCAUUGUGUGCCCUCCUUCAGAAGGUUUGGGAGGGGGGCUUUAUUUUUUUUAAUUAAAAUGUUUUAUUAUAUAAUUUCCCCCACUACUGCCCCAUCAGAGCCCAUACCCCCCCUUGCCCCCACUGCAUCUCCUACCCCCCCUGCUCCCAAUGCAUCCCCUACCCCCCUUGCUCCCACUGCAUCCCCUACCUCCCUGCUCCUACUCGUAUCCCCUACCCUGCUCCCACCACGCCCUACCCCCUGCAUCCCCACCCCUCCCACUGCCUCCCCUAUCCCCCACUACAUCCCCUAUCCCACUGCAUCCCCACCCCCCUGCUCCCACAGUGCAUCCCUGCUCCCACCUCCUGCAUCCCCACUCUCCCAGUGCAUGCCUCCUACUCCCCCUGUAUUCCCUACCCCUCCCACUGCAUUCCUCCCCCUGCUCCCACUGCAUCCCCUACCUCCCUGUUCUCAGUGCACUCUCUACCCCCACUGCACCCCCUACCCCCUUGCUCCCAGUGCAUGCUCCUACUCGCUCUGCCUCAGUGUGUCCCUCUCUGCUCCCAGUGCAUCCCCUACCCCUGCUCCCAGUGCAUGCCCUACCCCCCCUGCUCCCAGUGCAUCCCCUACCCCCUGCUCCCAGUGCAUCCCCUACCUCCCUGCUCCCACUGCAUCCCGUACCCCUCUGCUCCCACUGCAGCUCCUGCCCCCUGCACUGUGCGCAAUAGUAGGGUUUCGCUUUUGGUAGUGGCUAGUGGGCUACCCAACUGCUACCACUGCAUCUCCUAUUACCCUUUGCACCCACUACAGUCUGUCCCUCCUCUGCACCUACUACAGCCUCUAAUCCACCCUAUUCCCCCGUACCCUCUACAGUCCCUCCCCUGCAGCCCCUUCCACUCGCACCCUUUACAGCCCCUUCCUUUCGGCACCCUCUGCAGUCCCUACCCCUUUGCACGCACAAACAUAAAGGGACACUAUAGUUACCAGAACAACUACAGCUUAAUUUAUAUUAUACAGCUUAAUGUAUAGUAACAGCUUAAUGUUUAUUAUAUAGCUUAAUGUAGUUGUUCUGGUGAGUAUAGUAUACUACUGCAGGGUUUUUGCUGUAAAGACUGCCUUUUCAGAGAAAAUGCAGUGUUUAUAUCGCUUCCUAGGAACACCUAGGCGCUUCCUGUGUCAGUGUUGCAAAAUGUGCAGCACUGACAUUCAGCAUCUCCAUGCUCUGCAUGUCGACGCUGAACGCUUGUCAUAGAGAAGCACUGAUUCAAUGCAUCUCUAUGAUGGUGAUUGGCACAGCAUUUUGCUGCGCGUGCACAAUAGCCUUCUAGUGCUCUCCUAUGGUAGAGUAUUGGAUUGGCUGAGAUCAUCUAAAUUGAUGAACUCUGCCAAGGAGUUUGGUCGGUGCUGGGAAACAGGUGAGUAAAUCGCAUUUUUAAGGGGGGAAUACACAUUUGUAUUCCUGACACUAUAGUGUUCAUUUAAAGGGACACUCCAGGCACCCAGACCACUUCUGCCCAUUGGAGUGGUCUGGGUGCCAACUCCCACUACCCUUAACCCUGCAAGUGUAGUCAUUGCAGUUUUUAUAAACUGCAAUAAUUACCUUGCAGGGUUAACUCCUCCUCUAGUGGCUGUCUACUAGACAGCCACUAGAGGGCACUUCCUGGUCUAUAGCACAGGAUUUCUGUGCUAUAGUGUCGCUGGACGUCCUCACGCUGUGUGAGGACCUCCAUCGUCGCUAAAAUUCCCAUAGGAAAGCAUUGAAAAGCAUUUUCAAUGCUUUCCUAUGCAGAGGUCUAAUGCGCCUGCGCGGCAUUGCCGCGCAUGCGUAUUAGGUCUCCCCCGACAGCUGACGUGAUGAAGGGGAGGAGCAUGAGUGGAGGAAGAAGCAGCGACGUGGGACAUGUCGCUGCCUCUGGUAAGUCACUGAAGGGGUUUUCACCCCUUCAGCAACCGGGGAUGGAAGGUGGGAGGGAGAGGGGACCUGCAGUGCCAGGAAAACGGAUUGUUUUCCUGGCACUGGAGAGUCCCUUUAAGGUGGCUCGUAACAUUUAACACUUGGUUUCACAAAUACCCCCUUUUACAUACUGCCAUGCUACACAAACACACACAAAAAAAUACUACCCUAUUCACAAAACCAAAAACAUGUAUUCAAAUAUACUAAUAAUCCACAUAUCCUGACACUACACACAAAGACAUACAUAUAUUCACUUACACUAGCGCUCACAGUGAAUAUACACACAGAAACAUGCAUUCACUUUACAUGUACAUACAAUCAAAUAUACGGUACACCUAUACCAGCAUAUAUAUAGGUCUGCUGGGGGGCCCACGUGCUAAUUUUGCCCGAGGGCCCAGGCCACUGUCAGUCCGUCCCUGUUUAUAUGUUAUAUAUAUUUAGUGUAUGUUUGUAUUUGAGUAUAGUCUUUGUAUGCAGCUGUGAAAUUAAGGGUUAAAAUGCUAGAAGUGUGUAGGUUAAUACGGUGCUUAAGAUUUGAGAGGGAUUAAGGUCAGAGUUAGAUUGCAUAGGGUGUUUAUUUUUAAAACGAUUAAAAGCUUGAGGAGUCAUAGUUUUAGUAUUAUUUAACUAAUUAUCCAGCCUCCCAUAUGAUCUCAAAUGCGACAUAGGCCCAGAAAUAUAACAUUGUCAAAUUUCCAAGUUUUAAAUGGGAAUCUAAUGUAAUUUGUUCUUUGACUUACCACAAAUAACUGGAAAACCAGUACAUGGGGCUGUUAUAUUUACAAGACAAUGUUAAUUGUGUUAAUUAAAAAUAUUGAGUCGUUAUUGCACCAAUAUGCCAGGAUUUAGAAAUGUAAUGUAAAACUGGGAUUUGUGUGUUAAAAAAAUUCAAAUAAAAGUAUAACCACUAAAUGUGAUGUGCAUUUUGAUUAAGAGUACUUGUGAGACAUACCUGAACACAAAUGAGUGUUUUACAACAGUAAGCCAUAUAAGGAUAUCAUUGGUGAAAGUGCAAUUUUGUGUGAAAAAUGCAAAAAUAAAAAUAUGAAAGUAUUCAUAUUUGUGUUUUUUUGCAUUUUUCACACAAAAUGGUCAGGGUUUGUGACUAAGUAGCUGUUUAAAAAAAACAAAACCUUAAAAUAGCUCAUUUUGAAUACCCUGGGUUUGUCUUCUUUUGCAAAUGGUAUGCGAUGGGGUAAUUUUCUUUCUUGGGCUUCCAUACAGUCUCAAAGGCAACAUAGGCCCAUAAAAUAAUGUUAUUCAGAUUUCUAUGAAUGAAGGCUGCUGAUCUUAUUUGGCCCUUUAACUUCCAAAAACCCUAGCAUGCCAGUACAUAGGUCAGCAUCCUUGUACUUGUGGGACACCACAAUACAAAUGUGUGUUUGUUUUUAUUGCAGUAAAACAGUUUUAUGACAUUUACAGUUAAAAUGACAUACAUAACUUGGAAAAUAACAUUAUUUCUUAAUUUCUAUCACUUAUUUAGAUUUUUUUAUAAUAAAUACAAUUUCACAUAAAAAAUAUUUGAUGUGAAAUGAAAUCCCUAUUUGUCAUCAGCAUGAUAUAUAAUAAGAGUGGGUGCAGUUAACCCCUUAAGAUCGGAGGGCAUAUUAUUACGCCCUAUUUUAGGCGGCUCUAAACCCUGCCGGGCAUAAUAGUACGCCCUCCGUUUUUUUUUUUUACUUACCCAGUCGCCGGCGAUGGCGGUUGGGGGGACUCCCAGGGAGCCCCCCGCGGCACAUCCGACCUCCUGCAGCCCCCACACCCCCCUGGCCAUGUGAGAGUGAGGUCCUUGCUAGGACCUCACAAUCACAUGGCAGGGUUAGCUGCCUGCCUGUAAUGACAAUUAAGUCCCCCUGCUGGCUGUAAAUAAAAUAAAUUAAUGUUAAUAAGUGUAAAAAAAAAAAUAUAUAUAUAUAUACAUAGAUCAUAUAUAUAUAUAUAUAUAUAUAUAUAUAUAUAUAUAUAUAUAUAUAUAUAUAUAUAUAUAUAUAUUAUAUAUAUAUAUAUUUUUUUUUAUAUAUAUAUAUAUAUAUAUAUAUAUAUAUAAAGUAGAAAAAAACGGCACUCAAAGAAUUUCAACAGCUUUUUACUGUGUAAAGAUAAAUCGACGUUUCAGCUCCUCUAGGGAGCUUUCAUCAGGACAUACCUGGAGGAGCUGAAACGUUGAUUUAUCUUUACACAGUAAAAAGCUGUUAAAAUUCCUUGAGUGCCGGUUUUUUCUACUUUCUACAAUUGAGCCACCAGAGCACCAGGUAAAAUAUACUUUUUUGGAGUGCAGGGGUUUGACAUAUCUUUUGUGUAUAUAUAUAUACAUACACCUACACUGUCUAGGUGUAUUUUACUAUUAAUAUAUAUAAUUAUAUCAAAUUACACGUAUACUGAUUAAAUAUAUAUAAUUAUUGUUAUAUAUAUUUAUAUAUAAUGUAAAAAAAAUGUAAAUAUGUUAAAAAAUAAAAUUAAAAAAAUAAUUAAAAAUAAAUAAUUAAAAAAUAUAUAGAGGUGUUAUUUCGUUCUAACUGUAUUGUGAUAAUAUAUAUAUAUAUUUAUAUCAACAUACACGUAGAACGAAAUAAUAUAUAAAUCUAUAUACAUAAAUAUAUACGUAUAUAUCUAUAUAUAUAUAUAUAUUUUUUUUUAAUUUAUAUAUAUAUAUAUAUAUAUAUAUAUAUAUACACACACAUACGUAUAUAUAUACAUAUAUAUUUAUGUAAUAUUUUUACAUAAUUAGGUAUCUUAAUUAAUUACAAUUAGUGGGACCUGCCUGACAACCCAUGCUGAAAGUAAAGGGAAUUUAAUUUGCUAGCACUAUAUUUAACCCUAUAACUUUCCAAGACACCAUAAAACCAUGUUUACUUUUCUACUCGGGAGACGUCGCUGAACACAAAUAUUAGUGUUUCAAAACAGUAAAAUGUAUUACAACGAUGAUAUCGCCAGUAGAAGACUUUUUUUGCAUUUUUCACGCACAAACAGCACUUACACGGACGAUAUUAUUGCUGCGAUACUUUUUACUGUUUUGAAACACAAAUAUUUGUGUUCAGCGAAGUCUCUCGAGUACAACAGUACCCCUCAUGUACAGGUUUUAUGGUGCUUUCAAAAGUUACAGCAUCAAAUAUAAGGCUUGUGUUUCAUUUUUUUCACAUUAAAAUUCGCCAGAUUGGUUACGUUGCCUUUGAGACCCUAUGGUAGCCCAUGAAUGAAAAUUACCCCUAUGAUGUAAUACCAUUUGCAAUAGUAGACAACCCAAGGUAUUGCAAACAGGGUAUGUCCAGUCUUUUUUAGUAGCCACUUAGUCACAAACACUGGCCAAAAUUGGCAUUUUUUUGCAUUUUUUACACACAAACAAAUACUAACGCUAACUUUGGCCAGUGUUUGUGACCAAAGGGCUACUAAAAAAGACUGGACAUACCCCAUUUGCAAUACCUUGGGUUGUCUACUAUUGCAAAUGGUAUGCCAUUAUGGGUGUAAAUUUCAUUCCUGGGCUACUAUACAGUCUCAAAGGCAACGUAACCUAUCUGGCGAAUUUCAAUUUCAAAUGUAACGUGCUAUAUUUGACCCUGUAACUUUCCAAAACGCCAUAAAACCUGUACAUAGUGGGUACUGUCUUACACGUGAGACUUUGCUGAAUAAAAUGUGUAUUUUAUUGCAGUAAAAGUAAACAGUAUUAUGACAUUGACAGUUAAAAUGUCAUGUAGAACUAAAAAAAUAAAAAUAUAUAUUUUCUCCCAUUUUUUUAAUAUUAAAUUAUGUUUCAUAGCUAAAUAUUUGAUAUUAAAUGAAAGCCCUGUUUCCCUGAAUAAAAUAAAAAAUAAGGGUGGGUGCAUUCACUAUGAAAGAGGUGAAUUACUGUUGGACAGACAUGUCUCGCAAAUGCCAGGUUUUGUUUACAUUUUGUUUUGUUCACAACGUGUACAUUUGGCUCCGUCCUUAAGGGGUUAAUGUGAAAGAGGUAAAUUGUGAUUGAACUAACCUAUAACUCAAAUUCUAGGUUUUGCUUUGGUUAUGAACGUUUGCCAAAAGGAUAAGGAUUCAAUGGAAAACAAAAUACUUAAAUGAACGUGGGUAGAAUAGCAACCUAAAAUGGUCUUACGGACUGGUUGUAGGUCACGGUAGCUGAACCAGUAACAGAUUCUUUGUUGAUAACACUUAGCAGAUAAGUGGUUUAUCCAACGAAUGAGCUCUAAAGAUGACCACCUCUACAAAACAAUGAUAUUCCAAUAGAUACACUGAAGGGUUAUUAGACUUUAUUCAUUAGAAAAUAAUGCAUCGAAAGGCUUUAACACUAUCUUAUUUUCAAUAAUAACAUUUUCAGAUUUCCUUAAAAUUAUGUAUUUUCUUUAGUUUAGUCUGUGUUUAAAGUUCUCCAAUAUUUGGAUGCUUGAGAAUGUUGCAGCAGCUAUUAUACAAUACCACAGGCUAUAAUGACGUUUUGUAACAGAUGAGCAAAAUGUACAAUUUAGCACAGCAAUAGUCCAGGUGAGUGCUAUCCUGGACAGCUUUGAAAAUCUGUGGUUCUCAGGAGUAAUUUGGCCUGAUUAGAUUUGUGCUUCAGCAUAUCUGCCAUUUAAUAUUAUAGCUUAAUCCAGAAUAUGCAUACAUAAUUCCACACUUGCUACACUGUGGCAGUUAUUUAUCUGACAGCUUGACAUUUUACUUGAACAGGGAAAAUAUAUUGAAGUAUGUUGCUGAACAAUUUAUUUUCUUUUUGUCACAUUAGGAACAUGGAAGAUUUUGUGACAUGGGUGGACUCCUCAAAGAUUAAAAAGCAUGUUAUGGAAUAUAAUGAAGAGGUAAGUGUAAAAAAAAAAAAAAAAAAAUUGCAAAUGCAACAUAAAAAUAAAUAAUAAUUAGCCUGUGUUGGUCCAUGGAGUCUUUAGGGACCACUAAACUAAAAGGCCACUCCACACACAAUGAGUUGCUGAAAUACUUUGCGUGUCAGGAGCAUCUUGUGUUAAUUUAAUUUUAUAAGAGUUCAGAUUUCUCUUUAAAAUUGGCACAUUUAUAAAUAAUUGCAGAAAAGCCUGGGAGGUUAUCCUCCAAAUUCCGUUAGCUGCACAGAGCCAAAGUUGUAUUUCCUCCUGCCUACAGGGCUUAUUUUACCUGUGUGUCUCUGAGUGGUCCCUGUAAGCAGCUCAAAAUCAGUGUCUUCUGAUUCUGAUCAGAGGCCUGUUAUAGGUAAUUUUCUUGGUACAUACUGAAAGUCUUUGUCAAUGUAAAAAGGGAGACAAAAGAUCUGAACUUUUUCCAAGCUGUUUUUACAUAUACCCCCAAUGAAAAACUGCUUACAAGCAAUUUCCCCUUCAUUGUCUCCUUACCUCAGAGGUCAAUACCUCCAUCAAUAUAUUACAAGAACAGCUCCCACAUUAGAGCAGUUGUCUACCAUAAUUUUUUUAUGGAAUCCAUUUUAGUUCAUCUUAAACAUAACAGAAUUAUUUUCUGCUGGUCAUUGAUGUCAUUUCAUAUGCUAAAAGAACUAAACUGGUUGUCGCUGUAAUCCAGACGCACCUCUCAUCUUUCCAACCUUGUGUUUAAGAGCUUUUCUGGGAAACUCCCACCCUACCUGAGCCAAAUGCUCUCCCCGGCUGUUCCCGCCUCCUAUAAUUUCCAAUCAAAUACCAGCACUUUCUUUAGUCUACCUCAAUACAAAAAGAAAGCAGCCUGAUCCUCCUCUUCCUUGAGAGCAUCACAAUUAUGGAACAACUUUCCGCACACUUUGAAAUCUUCCUCAAGCUUAAAGUCCUUUAAGAGAUCCCUCUCUAGAUACCUCAAAACAGAAUGCACAUGUCAUGGUAGAUUAUAGAUUUCCUACUUGUUCUAUGUUAAAUUUUGUAUAUAUUGUGUAUUAAUAUUGUUUUUAUAUUUUAUUGUACCCUAUUGUAUCAAUGCAAUGUUUUGUGGACCCAGGACAGACUUGAAAACAAGAGAAAUAUCAAUGUAUCUUUCCUGGUAAAAUAUUUAAUAAAUAUAAAAUAUUUUAUAAAUAUAUUUUAGAAGCCAACAAGUCAUAUUCUCAGAGGCUGAGAAGAGUCUCUCCUUUAAUUUCUGUCCUCCUGAAUUUAGACAUGUAUUUAUUACUGGCUUUUAUAAACCGCCAACAUAUUCCGCAGUGAUAUAGGGAAGAACGUACAAUAUACAGGUCCCUUCCUGUGAGCUGGGAUGUAGCCAUUACACUUUUUUUAUACAGAGUGCUUAGUUAGAAAGCCGUCGAGCUUACAACCUAAAAGUUAUAAUGGGGACGAGGUGGGGAACAGGGGUGGGCUGGGACGGGGCCGCCCUUAAUUAUUUUAAAAAUGUCCGCAGACGGCUCUCUGUGGUUUAGGCGGCUGCCUAAGGCCUCGCGGCCGCCUUAACCACCUUAGGGCAGACAGUGUCGGGUCCUCUGUCAGUGACCAAGGACCCAACACCGGGAGGGGGCCCGGAGGCUUGUUCAGUAUGCCGCCUAUGGCCGCUGGUCUGCAGCUCCGCAGUGUGCAGAGCUGCAGACAAUGUGUCUCGCGAGAUCUGGCCAAUCAGAGCAUUGCUGCGGGUUACCACAGCAACGCUCUGACCGGGUCACGUGAGACAUAUGGUCUGCAGCUCUGCCCACUGUGGAGCUGCAGACCGGAUAUCACCACCGGACCACCAGGGAGCCCACACUGGACCACCAGGGAAUGAGAGAAGGUAUGUAGUCCCCCUCCCUCUCGCCAUCACACCCCCUCCCUCUCGCCAUCACACCCCCUCCCUCUCGCCAUCACACCACCUCCCUCUCGCCAUCACACCCCUUCCCUCUCGCCAUCACACCCCUUCCCUCUCGCCAUCACACCCCUUCCCUCUCGCCAUCACACCCUCCUCUCGCCAUCACACCCCUCCUCCUCUCAUCACACCCUCCCUCCCUCGCCUCUCUCUCUUCUAUCACACCCUCCCUCUCUCGCCACACCCUCCUCGCCAUCACACCCUCCCUCUCGCGUCACCCCCCCUCCCUCUCGCGUCACCCCACCACCCUCUCGGAAAGCUUCUAUUGCACAUUAAAAACCAAAACAUAAAAACAAAUUUAUUUAUUUUUAAGUUUUUUUGCAUGUUUUAUAUUCAAAUAUAUGCCAUUCCUUAAUACUGGUUGUUUGUCUUCAUGAUUUAAUCAAUAAGAAAAAAAAAACUAAAAAAAAAACAUGUAUUUUUCAUCUUUUUAGUAAAGAUCUUCUGUUCUGAUAUCAUGCUGACAUUUUGUCAUGAGGUACAACAAAAGUCUGCAUUCUGAUUUAAAUGAGACCUUUAAACUAAAAAAUAAAUAAAGGUAAUCGCUCGUGUAGUGGUUCUUGUCCAGAUGCUUCGAAAUGGUGCUUUUCAGUGGUUUCAUGCCCUAAUCACAUUUAUCUAAUCAUUGCGGCCCAGGUUGGGCUUAUCAGUGCGGCCAGGUAGGAGAGUGGUCUCCAGAAUAAACUCUGGUAGUAUGAAGUAUUCUUGUUGCAAAAAGUGGCUGCUCUAGUCACUUUAAAUUUAGUAUAGAUAUGGACUGUGGAUUGUUAGAAAAUAGAUGAAUAACUGAACAUGUGUAGAUAUUAUUUAAAUUGUGUCCUUUUUUUUCUUCCCCAGAGAGAUGAUUUUGACCUUGGCUUAUAGAAGUGGAGAGAUUUUGAUCUUCCGUCAGACUCACCAGUAUUCUUUUUCGAAGGCCAGUUGUGACCCCAUUGCAUCAAUAAUUAAAACAUACAAGUAUAAGUUUCUGCAGCCUCUUCUUUUGUAUUGACACAAUAAAUACCAAACUGAAAUAAAUCUGGAAAAGUUUAAAUUAAAUAUUGUAUUUUGAAAAUCAAAAUCGAAAUUUUUAAAGGGUUACACCAGCCAAAAAAUAGUGUUUUCAUAAAACACUGUUUUUGGUUAUAGUAACUACUUCUGUGGAUUUCCCCAGCUCCACCCUCCUCAACCUCCCCAAACAAAUCUAUACAUUUUUACCAACUCCAAGUCCAGUUUUUCCCAAAGCCUGAUCUUCUUCCAGCUGAUAGGACAUUGGCAGUACGGAGGGGAUGUGCCAUUCGCCAGUCUGGAACUUUGUUCCGGGCUGGCUAAUCAUGCUGCCGGCAGCUAAGGGGGUUAAUCUAAGUAUGCACAGCAUUUCAAAACCCAACGCUGCACAUACAGACAUAAGGCACCAUGACCACUUCAAAUCAAUGAAGUGGUCAUGGUGCUUGGAGUAAAUCUUUAAUAUGCUUUUGGUCAAAAUCUCGGCACAAUAUUUGUAUCUUUAAAAGAUUUAAAAAUCUGUGAAAUACUCAAAUAUUGGACAUAAACAGUCCUCCUUUCAUAAACUGUAAAUUGUUAAAUUGUCUUUUGUAGGAAAAUAAUGGGACAUUUAACUAAAAAUGUUGCCCCCUUUUAACACUUCUCUUGUUUAUAUAAAAACAAUAAAAAAUACUUUUUUUAAGAUACAGCCUGUAUUUUCUGUUUUAGAUGUCUGGUCCUAUUAUUUCCCAUUUUACAAUAACCGCUUUUCUCAGUGAACUGAUGGAAUGCCUAACUGACAAUUUGUUCAGCAUUGUAAGCAGUUAAAGAGAAACGCAAUCCUCCCAGGAAUUUUUUAUAUUAGGUUUACUUUUACAUAUAUUUCACAAAUAUAUAUUUGAAUGAAAAAAAUUAAACUAGAGUUUAGAAAUCCACACCUCUUUAUUCACUGGGCAUCUUCAUGGUGCUGAUAUCUAUCAAUUUUGGACCAAGAUCUAGUUUUUCCUCUUUAUAAAUCUUGGGUAAGACCACACCUUGAAUAUUUUGGGCACCUGUUCUAAAGAAGUAUAUCAUAGCACUAGAAAAAGUGCAAAGACAAGCUACAAAAUUGAUAAAAGGAAUGGAGCAUUUUAGUUAUGAAGAAAGGUUAAAAAAUUUAAAUCUCUUUAGUUUAGAAGAACCGUGCCUCAGAGGGGACAUGAUAACUUUAUACAAAU